AUGGCUGUGAAAGGCAAGACAACAUGGCACAGUUUUAAUGAAAUUGUUCUCAACAGCUGCACUUGUCUGAGACUAAGAGUCAAGGUUAAAAGAUAAGUUAUGUCACUUUGUAGCUAUUAGGUUUAGCCCUGAUGGAAUCAAAUGUAGUUUGUUGCAAUGCACGGAACACCCCUUCCUGAAAAAGCUAGCAGCUCUGUUUUGAUGAGCAUUCUCAAGAAAGUCCUGGGCUUCAGCAGGUUAUAAAUCAGGGUGGUCAGUUACUGGCCAUUUUUUAGUUGAUUAAGGGUGGGUGUGGAUCUCUCCCACACCUUCAAGACUAGUGGAUCCCAAUGUGUGGGGCAUCAAUAAUGAAGAAAGCUAGUUCUCAUGGCAGAGAAUUCACAAAUCAUACCAAAUAGUUCACACACACACCAAUUAAAAUGAAAGAACAUGUGCAAUUUUUUGAAACAAAUAUUUUCUAAAGUCAGAUACAUUCCAACUAACAAGUCUUCUUCAGUGGUAGAUCAAGAAUGCAGAGCACCAAUAUGAACAUAUUUUCAGAAGGUAUAAUUAUUUUUUAUGAUAUGCUGCAACAAAAAAAUAUAUAUUUUGAAAUGGAUUUUAAUGUGUAUUCAAUUUUGUCAAUGUCAUUACAUAUAGAGAGGAUUUAUUUAUUUGUUUGUUUGUUUGUUUUGCAUCCCACCCUUCAUCCAAAGAUCUCAGGGCAGUUCACAGCAUGUAAAUUCAAAAAUAAAAUAAAAUAACAAAACAAAAACACAAGUUACAUAAUAUAAACAAGAACAAAAACAAAACAAAAAGCCCCUAAUUAUGCUAGUAUUAUUUUUAUAAAAUUAUCAUUUUAAAGUUGUUUUAUGUAUGUAAUAGAUUCAUAUGCUACCUUUUCUUUUUCUUUUGUAUCCAUCAUUCCAUCCAUUCAUCCCCAAAAAGGAUAUUGUAGGACUAGCAAAGGUUCAGAAAAGAGGUUCCAAGGGGUUGCAGCAACUCCCCUAUGGGGAAACGUUAGGGUUCGGGCGUAUGCAAUUUUUGCCCCCAACUUUUAGUGUGCACUUAAGUUGAGGAGAUAGCAACAGAAGUUAGAGUGCUGCUGCUACCCACAAAUAUUUCACUGUAUAUUUCCUUGGGUGCUCUCUGCUGUAUUUUGGAUCUAUAGUGGUUACCAUGGUCACCAUAUGCUAACUGUUUCAGACUAUAUUGAUGUUUAAGAGAAUUCAUUAACUAAGUGCUAUCUGGUCUGCUCUAAAAUGUGGAAUGUUUAACUGUAUUUUUUGGGGGGUGGGUGGGUUGUAUUUAAUUUGUGAUAUUUUAGGAAGCUUGGAGAUUUUCUCUGAAAUACGAAGUGGUGUAAAAAUUGCCUAAAUAAAUCAAUUAACAGUGACUGCUAUGUGGAGUGUUGACACCACCAGCAAGAAUAAGACUUUUGAAAGAGAGAGACAGAGAGAGUAACAAACUAUGGAGAAGCCUGUCAAUAGCUAUUAGUCAUUCUGGCUAUGCUCUACUUCCACAGUUGAAAGCAGUGGUUGCUUCUAACUACCAUAGAACCAUGGAAUUGUAGAGCUGCAAGGGACCACCAUCUGGUCUACCCCCUGAAAUUCAAGAAUCUUUGACUCAACUUGGGCCUUGAACCCACAACCCUGGGAUUAAGAGUCUCAUGCUUUGCCAGCUAAAUUAUCCAGCCUCCAGUUGCUGGAAACACAGGAGUGGAGAGUGUUCUUGUGUUCAGGUUCUGCUUGAGGGUUUCCCACAGGUAUCUGGUUGGCCACUGUGAGAACUGGGUGCUGGACUAAAGGGGCCACCAGCCUGAUCCAGCAUAAGGCUCUUCUUAUGUUCUUAUUUCCAUUGUUCACCUACAUCAGUACGACCCUCUGAAAUCUAUAACAUUUUGCCUACUGUAACAAUCCUCCACCUCAUUUUGGGUGCCCCCAUGAAAUAUGCUCAGAGUCGAGAGUGGAUUUCAUGCUCUUUAUUCAGCUCAUAGUGGUGAGGAGGAAUGAAAGUUCCCCCCAAAGUAUCUGCUUUAUAUACAUUAUUUACACAAUGGGCUGCAUGUGAUUGGCUAAUUCUGGAAUUCUCCUGUAGGCCAAUCAGGUUGUGGAUUCACUUCCAUCUGGAGCUGGAUUGGGUGGCUCCUGCAGACCAAUCAUACUGCUGCAUUGUUCUAGGACCAAUCAGACUGCUGCAUUCUGAAUCCUAUUUUUCUAGGACCAAUCAGAUUGCUGCAUUUUGGAUCCUAUUCAACUUAGUACAUAAUACCCCGCCAAGCUAAAAGUUCAGCUCAGACAUAUUGUACCUGAAACAAAUAAAGAAGGGACAUAUAAGAAAGCUGGGGAGAAGGGAAAAUGGGGCCAAAUUGAAAGAGAGGAAUGCUUAUGAUCAGAACCAGAGAAAUGUACCAUUCCUUUGUAUUUACUAAGACAUUUAUUUGUGUGCUUCUCCCAAUUUGGUACACUUUAAGUUUCUGCAGAGCUGUGAAAAUGCAGGUUUAUCUACUCAGUGCUUCUGUUGUCACAGGUCUUUAAAUAUCUUUAUUUUUUCCCCUCCUGUUUCGAAAGAGAAGGAAAAUAUUGCAGACCAGGCUCUGAUUAUUACUCACUUUCAUUUUGCUUUGCUACAUAAACGAUGAAUCAUGUACUAUCGCCAAAACAAGCAAGCACUUUGGAAAUAAUGCUCUGGUAUCGCUUACGCCGCAGGUGGUGAGAGACAAAGGCUUUCAUUUUGGGUGAUGCUUCUUAAGAUAAAUCUCUUACCCUUUGGAAUAAAUAGUGUUCCCAUUCAUUUCGUGCAAUUUUUAAAGAAUGCUUCCCACCGAGUGCCAGCUAAUGUUUCUCUGGCUGGUUUGAGUAUAAUGGCAGAGUCAGGCAUAAGCAGUUCUUCAGGGAGAGCGAGGAGAAAUUAUUUCACCCACAUGAUGCCACUGUGAAGCAUCACUAAUGGCAGCACUCUCAAUUGCACAUGAAUGGAUUAGUCAAUUUCAUCUUCUUAUUUUCCAAUCUUAAUUUCAGAUCACCACACCAGUUUGCAUCAAAAUUAGUCAGCAUUUUAAUGUGCAUUUCUAUAAAUAUAUACAUUUUGUGUGCAAUUUUGUCCAAUGUACACAUUUUUAUAUGCCAUUUUCCCAUAUAUAAUGUAUUUUGCAUAUUAUUUUCGCAAAAGUUUGCAGUUCUGUGCAUAUUUUUUGCCGAACAAGACUCCUUAUUGAACACUUUUAAAAAAUGGAAAUUUUUACCACAACUUCUGUAGAAGUGUUGAUUUUGAAGGCUAGUUGCAUUGGAGUUCACUGUAGAUGCAGAAUGUGUGAAUUAGGUAUUGCAUUAAAAUGCAAAUUGAACCAACACCCCCUGCCAUACCUCCUGUCAAUGUAUAUGAUGAUGAUCCAUGGUUGUAUCACUAGUUGCACAAAGACACACAGGCAAGAACGAUGAUUUACCAGGGAUGGAUGCAAGAAAACAGAAGAUUUCCCUUGCCUCUAAGGACAUUGAAUACUACCUUAGUUUCAUUUUUGGAUGAGGUCUAUGCAGUUAAGUUCAAAGCUUCAGGGGAAAAUGAGUUUUGUAGAGGGUAUGAAAGAUGUUGAAAGCCCCCUUCCCAAUUUACAUAACGGGACGCAGGGCCAUAUCAUUGGUGUCGCAUCCAGCAUCAUGCGCCUGUUGGUUUCUGCUUUCGUUCACUGUGCAGCUAACUUGUCACGAGACAGGUGUUUACAUUCCACAGUCUGUACUGUUGGAGUUUCUCACGGGAAAGGGAGACUGGAUGUGACGUACACUGGUUUCCUGUUUUUCACUGUGUGAUUCUCUCCGAGCUGUCGAGGAGAGAGGAUGCAUUUUCUGCUCCGGCAGAGGCAAGAUGUCUUUCUGUAAUAUACCAGCUUUGAACUGUAAAUAAAGCAAUAUAGAGUAUGCAGCACGUAUUCCUCAUCCUUCCGCUGGGCACGACAGACUCUGCUUAAAUCAACACGUGGUUAUGGGCUCCAGAAGUCGAAUCGGAGUGCCGGCAAAGGAUCGGAAUGCAGAGGAACAGAUCGGAACGGAAUCUGCUCUGCGCGUAGAGGUGAUUGAUGAGGUAUGUGCUACUGCUCCGGGCAGCCUGCCAGCUUCAAGUUAAUGGCUUUAUGGCUGGACUUUGAACUUUUAAAGCCGGUUUUGCCGGGAAUAGGCAAAAGGCUCCCAGGCACAAGUCACUAUGCUGGGGAAAUCGAAGUAACUUUUAAGUGUGCCUUUGUAAUAAAGCAGCUGCAGCAGUGACGCAGCAAGAUUUAAAGCAGCAUAUAUGACGCUGAAGGCUAAUGCCAGAGUCAUGAUGGCCCUUCAGGAUGCUUGUGGGAUUCCUAAGCUCAACAAGAAAAAUUAUGCCGACUGGGUUCAGUAUGCAGAGGCAAUUCUGCGGAAAGAGGGUUUGUUUGAGGUGAUUACAGAAACCCCCCCAGUUCCAGUUACAGAUGCAUGGAAAGCUAAGGAUUCCAAAGCAAGGGGAACUCUUACAUUGAUAGUAUCCCCAGAAGAGCUCUGUCUAUUGCGUGAUAAGACCUCAGCCAGAGAAAUUUGGGACGCUUUGAGAGAGGCUCACUUAAGGACAGAAGCUGGAUCCACUAUGUUUUACUUUAACAAGCUGCAUAAUAUGGCUCUUGCUGAAGGUGGAGAUGUGCGUUUACAUCUGAUGGAGAUGCAAAAUCUGAGACAUGAGCUGCAACAGAGAGGACUCAACUUUCCAGAGGCUGUGUAUUCUUUCAUGAUACUACAAUCUUUGGGUUCAGGUUGGGAGUCUGUUGCAACCCAGAUUGCUGUGCAACCAACUGCUCAGCUGACAGUGGACUUUGUUACUGCCGUGAUUUUAAAUGAAGCAGAUCGCCGGGGUGCUAGCUGCAUGGGCAAGGGGAGUCUUCACAGACGUCAUCCCAUAGUGCAGUGGAACCACCAGAUGGCGCCAAAGCUUUGAAGGCAGUGAAAUGCUACUCGUGUGGACGUCUAGGCCAUAUGAAGAGGGAAUGCAGACAUCCCAGGGCCAAGACAGAGCAGCGCAGCGAAAGCUCAUCGCGCGGAAAAGGCCGAGGCAAAGGCAAAGGUCCGGUGUCUAGGACAACGCAGCACAAGGCUAUGGUUUCACGCUUCACUCCAAAGGUUGCAGAGGUCCAGAAGACGUCUAGAUCUUUCUUCGUUGUUGAUUCAGCGGCGACCCACCACAUGUGCAAUGAUAAGAAACUGUUUGUGUCUUUUACACCGCAGGAAGGUGCGAUUCACCAGGCGGAUGACCACACUAUUCCCAGUAAAGGCUACGGAACUGUUGUUCUUCACAGUUUGGACUUAUCGAUACAGAAUGUGCUUUACGUGCCAGACGCCAAACAUAAUCUGCUCAGCGUUGGACAGCUGAAUGAGCGAAACAUUGACGUUUCCUUCAAGAACAAGAAGUGCAUCAUCACAAAGAAAAAUGAUUAUGUAUUGCAUGCAGAAUAUGUUGAUCAUUUGUUUGUUUUGUAUUAUGAUGAUGUGGUGCAGGAUGACACUUGUUGCACUGCAGGUUCUAACAAAAGUUUGCAUGCAGAAUGUAUUCACGAUUUUCAUCGAAAAUUUGGUCAUUUGCAUUUUGAGGCAGUAUCUAAAAUGCCUGCCUUGGUUGAAGGUAUGACUAUUAAACCCUGCAGGUACCACAUGAAGUGCAAAGCAUGCGCAGCAAACAAGGUGAAAAUGGCUGCGAAAGGUAAGGUGUCUAGUAGGAAAGCUACAGAACCAUACCAGGUUGUUCAUGCUGAUUUGGUUGGACCACUAGCGCCCUCUUUGGGUGGAAAUAGAUACUUCAUGGUUCUCAUUGAUGCAUUUUCUAGAUAUAUUUUUGUGUACAAUCUCAAGCAGAAAUCGGAGGCUUUUCCUAGGUUCAAGGAAUUCUGUGCUUGGUUGGAAAAUGUGCAUGGUAAGAAGAUAAAGACUCUUUUCAGUGAUCGCGGGGGGGAAUCACUUCUCAGCAGUUUGAAGCUUUUCUGACUGAGAAAGGAAUUCAACACGAUUUGUCUAGUCCUCGCUCGCCAUGGCAGAAUGGACUUGCGGAACGGGCAAAUCAGACAUUGCUUCAAGGGUUAAAGACCUUGCUGCAUGAUGCCAAUCUUCCAGAGAGUUAUUGGGCCGAAUCUCUCUCGUGUUUUGUUUACAGUUACAAUCGCAGGUUAUCUUCAGCGAUUGGUUGUACUCCUAUGAGAAGAUGUUUGGCAAGAAGCCAUACAUCAAACACAUGAAGAUUUUGGUUCUGACAUGUGGGUUCGCUCACCACAAAACUCCAAGUUAGACAAGCGUGGAUUGCAUGGUAUCUUUCUAGGUUAUCAGAAAGGGUCUUACAGAAUAAUGAUGACUGACUCUAAGACAAUUAAGCUCACGAGAAGUGUUGAGUACAAUGCAAAGUGGGGGAGAAUGUGGGAAUUUUCCAAUGUUAUCCUGAUGACGGUGAUGAGACUGAGGAUAGUCAAAAGCAACCACAACAGCCCACACCCACUGAUGAAGGUUCUGAGUCUGAAUCUGAAACUGAAUCGGGUGAUUCAGAGGAUUUCAAGGUGCGAAAGCCUCUAUGCGACCCUCUGAAAGCUCUGAUCAAGAAUUGGAGGAACCAUUGUUCACAAUAGGUCGUUUUUCUCCUAAGAAGGAAGAGGAGAGUGUUGAAGACUUAAGGCUAAUUCGUAGGUCACAGAGAGCCACAAAAGGCAAACCUCCAAAGAGAUUUGCUGAUGAGUUUGCUACGAUAGCAGUAACAGCUGUUAAAAGCUCCAAGAAGGUAUUUGAACCUUCAAGUUUCCAAGAAAUCCAGGGUUUGGAUUCAAAGGAAGCUGAGCCAUGGUUAAAUGCCAUGAAGGCUGAGCUUGAUUCCUUAGAAAGGAACAAAACAUGGGAGCUAGUUCCAGUAGUUCCAGGAAUGAAACUGCUUGGAAGCAAAUGGGUCUUCAAAGCGAAGACAGAUCAAAAUGGCAAGAUAGUCAGACACAAAGCCAGAUUGGUAGCCAGAGGUUUUGCACAGGUACCAGGUCAAGACUAUCACGAGACCUAUUCACCCACAGUGAGAUAUGAAAGCAUUAGGCUUAUGCUUAAGCUAGCUGCAGAAGAAAAUCUACACAUUAGUCACCAUGAUAUUAAUACAGCUUUUCUGUACGGAUCUCUAGAUGAAUCACUUUAUAUGCUUCCACCUGAUGGCGUACAGGUAAAACAGGGAUUUGUUUGUGCUCUGAAGAAAUCCCUUUAUGGUCUCAAACAAAGUGCAUGGUGUUGGCACACAAAACUCACUGAAGUAUUGUUUUCUCUAGGUUUUCAGCAAGGGAAAGCUGAUCCAUGUGUAUUUGUCAAGAGGAGGGCAAAAGAAACUGUACUGUUUGUUUUAUGUUGAUGAUUUAUUAUUCUUUUGGAAAGAUGUUGCAAUGUACAAUAGCGCCCUAGCUCAACUGAAAGAGCACUUUGACAUGAAAGAUCUUGGUGAGGUAAACAACUACCUAUCUCUGGAAAUAGAGAGAGAUCAAGAUGGUAACAUUCUAGUACACCAGUCACGGAAAAUUGCUGAUGUGUUAAGCAAACUAAAUCUGAUGGAUGCUAACCCUGUAGACACACCGAUGACAACAGGUUAUCAGGUAGAUGACACUGAAGAAGCAUUUUCUGACACUACACUGUACAGGAGUGUGCUAGGCAAGCUAAACUUCAUUGCCAGAUGUUCAAGACCAGACAUUGCUGUUAGCUGUAAUUUGCUAAGCAGACAAGUCGACAAUCCUAGUGUCAAGGAUUGGAAAGCUCUGAAACGCAUAGCGCGGUAUUUGAAAGGCACUAUGCAUUACAGACUGAGAUUUAACAAUCAGAAGUCUGGUGGUCUUGAGAUAUUUGCAGAUGCAAGUUUUGGAAGUGACGCUACAGACAGGAAAAGUACGUCUGGAGUUUGCUACAUGUACAAUCAGAGUCUGUUUGAUUGGUCAUGCAAGAAGCAAACAACAGUUAGCUUAAGUACUUGUGAAGCCGAACUGAAUGCACUGUCUUAUUCACUUAAGGAUUGUGAAUGGUUAGUACAAUUGUGCAAAGAUAUGAAAAUUCCUGUCAAAUGUCCAAUCCAGGUUUACCAGGACAACAAAGCAUGUUUGGCUUUGCUGAAGUCUGAAGGUUGUAAGCAAAGCACAAAGCACUUGCAAUUAAAGUUGCAGCAUGCUAGGGAAUGUAUUCAGAAGGGACUCGUAACGGUGUCCUAUAUGCCAGGUAAUGAAAUUCCUGCUGAUGUAUUGUCCAAGAUUGUAUCAAGGGAUCAACACUGUACCUAUGUGCAGAAGUUGGGUUUGUACUGAUAUUGUGCAAACACGCUGCCCAGUGAUGUUCACAGAAAUGGGGAGGAUGUUGGUUUCUGCUUUCCUUCACUGUGCAGCUCUUCUUGUCACGAGACAGGUGUUUACAUUCCACAGUCUGUACUGUUGGAGUUUCUCACGGGAAAGGGAGACUGGAUGUGACGUACACUGGUUUCCUGUUUUUCACUGUGUGAUUCUCUCCGAGCUGUCGAGGAGAGAGGAUGCAUUUUCUGCUCCGGCAGAGGCAAGAUGUCUUUCUGUAAUAUACCAGCUUUGAACUGUAAAUAAAGCAAUAUAGAGUAUGCAGCACGUAUUCCUCAUCCUUCCGCUGGGCACGACAGACUCUGCUUAAAUCAACAGCGCCUACCCACUUUCAUCCUCCAAUGUCUGUGCAUUAAGCAUUGAUGUUUGAAGAAGGAGAGCCUACAAAUAACACAUGAUCUGGAACCUUGCACAAUCAGGGUUUCAUGUUUUAUGAAGAAACAUGGUGUAGGCCCCCCUAACAGCUUGGGACCAGUUUACUUCUCAGAUCACCUUACCCCAUCUUUGCCUACUUGACUGCUUCAACUGCUUUACUCUGCAGAGUUGACACUCACUGAACAUUAUAUGUAAAUAACCAUAUGAGUGUAUGGUUCAACUAUUUGUGAACACAGAUUGCACACUCAUUGAAUGUAACGUGCAAAUAUUCCUCAAGGGUUGAGUAAUCGAAUGAUGCACAUCUCUAAUACAGUGACCUUGACAGUGACUUAAACUGCAGACCAAAGUUUAUGGGAGAGGAUUUAAAAAGAAACCCAAUGCCUGCCCUAGUGUAAAUUAUCUGGCAAACAAAACCCAGUUGAUUUUUGUUCUCAGAAAGCUUGGGAAGCAUAUUGAAAGCUACAAAAAGCUAUAGUUUUCUGCAGUGUGGUUUGCAGGUGUUGUCCAGGUAUGCCUGUCCUUACAUUUUGGUGAUAGGCUGCAGGUGCUAGACUGUGAGGUUCUGGUUCCUUCUGCUGAUCUAGUUUUAAAUUUUUUUUAAGGGAAGUUAGAUGUAAAAUAUAUAAAUAAUGAAGAAGAAGCCGAUGAGAUGAUGGGCUCCAGUUUGUUUGCUAUGAACCAGUUGCUUCUGCUUUUGCAGCAUAUCCAGCACAAUUGCAAGUAAGACUUUCAAAAUAAAGUGGAAUUAAUAUCCAUAAAUUUGGAAUAGAAGAAGCUGCCUUAUACUGAAUUGUACCAUCUAGGCCUGGCCAAGGGCGCUGGCUGCUAGGGUCUUGGAGACUGUGGAGGACCCCCCUUUUUUAAGGGGCCAGAACCCCUCAAUGUUCAGAGGACUCCCCACAUGACAUCAGGACAUUUCACAGAGUUGCAUGUGGGCCCCCUCAUUCCUCCAGAGAAGGUGGCACCUCUGAUAUUGGCCGAUAUCGUUCACAAUGCCUGGCAGCUGCCAUGAGAUUGAUGGGAUGUAGGAGGCCUUCCCAGCACUUAGGGGAGAGACUAGGGAUUUAAGCUAGUGCUUCUGCCUACAAACCAUGAUUUCUACUGCUGAGCUACACCCCUUCCCCAAGUUUGCUGUGCACCACAGCCUUAAUCCUUAGGGAGCUGAAUCAAAGGGCAAAUAUCCACUGCUACAAACACAAAUCAGUGUUAAAGUGUUCUAACUGUCAGGGACAUAGAGUCUUUGAGAAUGUUAAGGUUUUAUUUUUGCUUGCUUGCUUGAAUAUUCAUUGGAAGCUCUAAAGAAGAUUCAGGGUGGUGAAACCUAAACUUUGCAGUAUGUCAGACAAAGUUUCUGACCACCACAUCCUUAGCUCAUGGCUGACAGUAGCCCAUAUUUCAAGUCCUUUCCAUGAAUUUCUGAACAAUGAUCAGAAAACAAAGUACAAUGUUUGUGUAUCAGCUCUCUGGACCUGGAGAAUUGACCUGUAUUUUAUUUCAAUGUAUCUGUAUGUUGUUGCUGCUUUUGUCAUGUUUUUUUAUGUUGUUGCUGCUUUUGUUUUGUUUUUUAAUGAUUAUUUGGGUCAGACGUGGGAAGACUUAGAAUUCCCUUUUCUUUUGAGGUUUUUCAGCUCCAUGGGAGAGCUGUGAUUAAAUUUGUAGUACACAUAAUGUCAACUGGCAGACAAAAACACAUACCACACACACACACACACACACACUGUAGAAUACAGAUAUAAAAAGUUUCUUGAAGGACCUGACGCUGAACAUAAUGCCAACAGACUGGUAAAGGAGCAACAGGAUGAAUGAAAUAUAGCUUGUUUUUCAUUGGAAGAUGCUUGGCACAGACUCUGUUCUCCUCAUGCUGAGUUUUGGAGCCUUUUCUUAGCCAUACGGCAUAUUAAACAUAAUAAAGAUGUUCACUUGGCAGAGGCAGCAUGACUAGGGGUAUCAGAAGAGCCAUACAGAAGAUAUCAAUAAAUAAAUAACUUUGCACAGAAAUAAAAGUUUGAAUAUAUACACAUCAGAGUGUUUUAUGGAAGUGAAAAAUAAGUGGGUGGAGUGAUGUGAUGGGUGUUCAAAUGGUUGAGCGAUUUUGUUUUUGGGAUUGUGGUUUUUGUGGUUCAUAAUUGUUUUACUUAGUGCAUUGUUUUAGAGGCAUUUAUUUAAUUGCAUUACUUGAACUGUAUUACUUAAAAUGUGGAAUUAUCAUGAUGAUUAGUAAUUGUAGGGAGAAAAAAAAACAUUGGUUCUGAAGAUGAACUGUGCAUUGUAGCCCUUACAUUAUUUCCUUUCCAUUGGGAUUUAUAAUCUCACUUGGAGGUUUUGAUUGAAAUAUGACAUGCUAUAUAAAUUAACUAAACAGAUAGAUCGAGUCAUCUGGAUAUGACUGGUAGAUUUUUAAAAAUAUGUAUUUUCAUUGGGGAUAAUGAUGGGAAUUGGUAAGAUGAUAUAUUAAUUAUAUUUAAUCUUCUAAAGACCCAUGUAUGUGGGUUAACAACAAAGGGAAAAUGGAUAGGUGCCUGGAUUCAAAACAUAGGGUUAGCACACAGAUAGCCCCAGUAGUAGAGUAUUGAGUCCCAUCAUUAGGCAGGUUCAUGAAGCAUAUAAAUAGGCUAUUGAACCUUAUUUAUUCCAUUCAUCUGUGUGAAGCAGCUGACCCCCCUUUUACCCCUAUUUCAACUAAUGCAAUGUAAUUUUAAAAUGUUAUACUUACAGUUUCUAGGUCUCAGGCAUGCAUUUUCCUUAUGUAACAGCAAUGAAAUAAUACAAAUUCUAUAGUUGUUAACUGAAGCAAAGUAGCUUCAGAUACGUGGGAGCCAGCAGCAGCUCACUGGCAUGAUAUGUCAAGGGUGCACAGACAUUUUCACUAUACACCAAUGUAACGGUGCCCAGGGCCUCUGCUGUACUAGUAUAGGAUCUUGGCGCAGCAUUGGGCCAGGAGGCCAAAAAUUUCUCUCUAGUGGCAGAACUGAGAAGUAUUUUUUUCCCAGGAAGCUGUGCUUUGCUGCCUCUGCAUCGCCCUGAAUGGUAAAUUGGUCCUCUGCACUGUGUGUGUGUGUGUGUGUGUGUGUAUAUAUGUAUAUAAUGGGUGUCCAUUUAUAUUUUUUAUUUGCAUUAUUGAUUUUUUCCAGAAUAAUAUCAGUUCAAUAAAAAAAGACACUGAAUUACAAGGUGUGGAGAAAUAGCAAGUCCCACUUUAUCUAAUCAAUAUCUCCUCAUCUCCCUGAAUAGCGAAUUUCCCUCACGGGCAUUACAUUUCCAGCAUGCCAUUGUUAAGGCUUGUCAAAUUACAAAAAAAGGAAUUAAUUGCAUUGUCUUACUUAAAUGUGUGUAUUGUUGCUAUUUUGACAUUUAAAUGAUUGCUGGUGAUACAGACUCCCAUCGCUGAUGGGAGAGGAUGUUGAUGGCUGUUUGAAAGCCUCAUGGAAAGUCUUCCUUCUCAAUCUAGGCAAAAACAGCAAGGGGAGCAAAAUAUUGGUUCUUAUUCUUCCAGAAAAGUACUUGUGCAUAACACUCCAAUUGCAUGACUGCUACAUAGCUUCUAUGCUGCUGCCAAUCUUUCAAUCUGUCAAGGGGCAUAUGAAUGGCGUCCCCAAACUGACAGCUGAAUUCCUCCGCAGAACCAAUGCAUGUAGGGGUCUUUCUCUGUCACUCUCACUGUCUCUCUUUCUCUCUGCCAGGAGUGGCUAAUAUGGUACCCUCCAGAAGUUUUUAGAUCACAUCUCCCAUCAUCCCUGACAAUUCCUGUUGGGGCUGAUGGAAGUUGGAGUUCCCAUGAUCUAGAGGGCACCAGGUUGAGGAAUGGCUGGUUUAGCAGGAAGCGGGUCUUGCUCUUUUAUUUCAAUAAAUGCCCUGAGAUCAUAACUUCUGCAUUAAAAAUAUAUAUGGUGCAUUUGCAUCUAAUGAAACAGAGAGCUUCACAGAUCAGCAGCCUAUUAGAGAUGGAUCUCAAUUCCAUAAAUAUGAAAAGCUUUCCAUAAGAAAAAGCCCAUGCUGAACAUAAUUACAGUGGUCUACACAAUAACAAUUAUGGCACUGUUGAAGUGUGGAAAUUCAUAUAUUCAGGGAGGCGCUUUGAUAGUCAAACCAAUCAUCCUACAGUAAUUUCCAUCAAACAAACAGAAUUGGUUCUUAAUAUGAAACAGAAUUAUUACCCAGCACUGUGUUGUUAGCCUUAAGGAUUUUAGAUGCCCAGGCCAAGCCCGGGAUGAUUACUAUAUCAUUAUUAACUGAAAACAUUUUGUUCUUGCCUGCUGUUUCUCACAUUAUAAACCUGGGGUAACUGCUCCCAAAGUAGAUGCUUAUAUUUCAAGUUUGUUUAACUCUGCUUCUGAUUAUAUUUUGGUGAAUAAAUUUCACUCUGGACAAAUAGUAGAAAAUAGUUCACUUCUUUGGACUUCACUAUGUGAAAGAUACCUAGUAUUUUUGUCCUAGAGUGUCAAGAGGGCUCAUUUGGGAAUCCUGUAAACCAUUAGGGUGACCACCUAUGCAUCACUCAAAGAGAGGACAAACAAGGGCAUAAAUUUGCAUACAUUUUGCAUAUGCUAAUAGAUGCAACUUGAGAGAAAAAAUUAUAAUUUAAAUAUAAAUACUGAGCCUACUCAUUCUACCAUUUAGGGUAAUUUCAAGGCUCCUAUACUCAAUUCUUAGGAUCCUUUAUCUUUAAACUGGACUUGCACUCGACCACCCUUCAAAUAUAGGACUUUUUCAGAUAGCAAAUUGUCCUCUGUAAAGUCUGAAAUGUACCCACCCUAUAUAAGAUUGCCCCAUCUUGCCAAAAGGAUAUUGUAGUCCUGGAAAAAAGGUAUAGAACCAAUCAUCCUGCAAAGAAAAGUGAAUGACAUCUGGGUUGUUUUUUUCAUUUAGGAAAAUAAAGAUGGCUAUAGGUAGUGGUGAGCAUGAGGAUAGAAGUUUAUCAAAUGUUGUGUAUAAUGUGGCAUGUAUAGCAAUGCAGGAAUUGAUAUUGUUUAGCAAAACGAGUGCUGUUGGGGAACUUGCUUCUCACUGAAAUUAGGGAGCAAGGUGGAAAUUAGAAGAAAUCUGUGUGGAUAAACUUGACAUUGAGAUUUUCAGAAAAUUCUACCCUUUUGUUCAAAGAGUUCUUUGGAUCGUGAAAAAAGUCCACAGUCACUUUGACUCCCACAGCCAUCCUGCAUGAACUAUCAUGAAGCUGUUAAGACCUAGCUACCCCGGUGCUCAGAACUUAAGCCCUCACUGUCAUAGCCCUUUUGACAGAUAAACAUAAACUUUGUGAAUUCAGAUUGUAUUUCAGUGCCAAAAGUUCCCUCAAAAUUUGGCCCUGUCAUCCUGUUUUGCCCUGUCGUCCUGUCGUCAAUUUAGCCCUGUCGUCCUGUCAUCCAUUUUGUUCACUGACAGCAGGUACAAGAAACCAACCAAGUAUGAUAUACCCAUUAGGUCACUGCAGUGCAUUAAAAAGCCUCUGCGUCAAGAAUGCUGCUACGAAGUAACCUGGAGCAGGGCUUUUAAGUGUGGCUGCCCCUUUUCUGUGGAAUAGCUGUCCUGUUGAGAUAGCUGUGCUUCCCAGAAACAAAUGAAGUCAUUUUGGUUCUAACAAGCUUUCCCUGCAAACAGUUCUCUGCCAGGGUGAUAUUCUGCAGGGGUCCUGCUUGAGAGUUCCCACAGGCCACUGUGAGAACAGAAUGUUGGACUGAAGGAGCCUUUUGCAGAUCCAGCAGGAUCUCCUUAUAUCCUUAUGUUCCUAUUGUUUUAAAUUUAUCUGCUUUUAGUUUUUGUGUAGUUUUGAACUGUGUCUUUGCUGUUUUAUUACAUUCUGUGUAUAGCCUUGAGAUAUGUGUGGAAGGAUUAAUAAUAAUAAUAAUAAUAAUAAUAAUAAUAGAUAUUUAAUGGACACUUAUGCUCUUGUUUCUAUCUCUUUCCCCCCCUUUUGCCUCUCUCUAGUGGUAUUUGAUGAUUGUCAAGGAAAUCACAAAUUGAACUUUGAAGUUUCAAACCCAGGCUUCAAGGUGGAACCAAAUGGGGUUUUAGUUGCACUGAGAAAUUUAUCGGACACUGGCAGAGCCUUAUUCAUUCAUGCCCGGUCAGCUCAGGCUGAAGAUACAGCAGAAGUAUUGCUCGUCGACAGAAAAGAGAAACAAGGUUCUUUAAAGGUAAGACUAAAACAAAUGUAAAUCAAAAGUUUUCCUGCCGCUAGGGCAGAUUACUCGGGACUAGCAGUUAAAUGGGGAUGUCCUUUAGCCAUUUUAACAGAGAAUAGUCACUUCAGCUUGAUGUUAUUUUCCAAAGACUAUUAAUAAUAUUUUAUGCUCUGCAUUGUGAAAGAACAUUUGAAAGGAAAACAGUAUAGUUCAUAUUGCUAGAUCACAUGCAUUUUUCUGAACUACGUAGUCAUGAAUCUUGUCAAAGGCAUCAAUCCAGGUCCACACUCCAUACUUAACUACUCCAAAGCGGUCUGACUGAAUGCAUUGAGAUAGCCCCAGCGGGUAUGUCAUUUGGGAAUAUUCCAUGCUUGUGUUGCUUCCAGUUUAUCCCUUUCAGGACAGACAAAAGGAACUACUUCUUCAAAGAAUAUAUACUCAAGCCAUGCCAUUUGCUUCCUUGAGAUGCUGUGAUAGUCAUUGAGCUAGAUGGCUUUUAAAAAAGAAAAAAGAAAUAGACAAUCCCUGGCUACUAGUCAUGAUGGCUAUAGAGGCCUUGUUGCUUGUUGCUGGGGAACAAGAGUAGGGAAGGGUCAUUGUCAUCAUGUCUUGCUGCUCUUUCCAGAGGCAGCUGGUUGCCCAUGUCAGGAAACAGGGUUCUGGAAUAGAUCAACCUUUGGUCUGAUCCAGCCGGGCUCUUCUUAUGUCCUUUCAUAUCCAACUCCUUUCAUAUUUUGCAAUUUUACUCUAAAUCCAGCCUUGGCAUACAAUGAAGGAGGCGGCAGAGAAUCGAGGUCCUUUUGCAAACUGAUCGAAAUGUUUACAGCACAUUCAACCACAUAACAAAGGAAUAUCUGAGAUAGCCUUCAUUUCUGCACCAUGGCAUUUAGCAAAGAGGCAGUCACGACAAUGACUUACAAGACAAUUACGCCAGGUACCUUUUUUUACAGACCUAUAAUUUAGGAUGACAAAGAAGCCAUAAUGAGGAGGUUAUAAAGGAUGACUGAUCCAUUGUCUCUCUCCACUAUUUAGCUCAUCAGGCAGGCAGCAGUUUCAUCACUGUAAUGGUUCUAGGGGUUGCUCGUGCGUAAGCCAGUGCAAACACCUGGCUGGAUUGCCUGAGUGAACCUUUUCUGUCCGGACAGCCACUCACCCGUGGCUGUCUCAAUCGCUGGCAGAAUCCGUCAGUGGGCGUUUCUUAAACUUCUUCCAGCAAAGAAGCUCUUUGACGCCUAGUCUCCUCCUACUCUCUCUGCGCGAAAGCCUUCUGCGCAAGGAGGGCGUAGUCAGCGGAGGACCUCUACUCUCCCCGCUGGUGCCUGGCAAGGAGUCAUGGGACCGCCUCGCCGCUUCCCCCAUCUGCCCCCCUUCUCCACUGGUGCUACACUGAUUCUCUUCCCCAGAGGAUGGGCUGCCUCUCCCAAUCCCGGGACGCUCUCCGGAAUCCCUCUGGAUUUUGCUCUCUCCCUCCGGCACUGAUGGCAGUUCCCUGACAUCCACCUCCUCAGGACCCCCACCCCACCCCUGGCGCAAUUUUCCGGUACAACCUCCUCUCUCUCCUCUGUCGACGAUGCGGGGAAUCCCCUGAAGGAACUGUCAUAAUCUUCUGAGGAUUCAAAACCAGCCUCCCAUCCACUCGGACUUCUCCCCGCUGGUUGAACCUCCCAGUCUGAUCCUUCUCCCUCGGACACCUCCCCUCCCUCCUCUUCGGAGGCAGGGAAACCCACAAAGUACCCUUUGUCAUCUGUGGGUCCAAAUUGUUCCUCCCAGAAUCUAGCUAAUGGUUUGGGUUUCUCUGGGAACAAACCGUGGAAUUCUUCCACCAGAUACCUGUCAGUGAUUGAUUCAGCCGGGACCCAAGUGUUUUCAGACCUAGGUUCCCCCUCCCAGGCUACCAAGUACUCUACCUGGCGACCUCGCCACCUUGAAUCGAGUAUUUCUGUGGCUUCGUUACAGUGUUCCCUCUCCUCUACCCGCGGGUGGGUGGUAACCCCUCCCUCCCGUCCCGGGAAUUCCCGCCCCUCCCUGUAAGGUGAAAGUAGGGACCUAUGGAACACCGGAUGUAUCUUCAUGCUGUCAGGCAACUUGAGUUUAAAUGCCAUGGGGUUAACCUGCUGCAUUACCUCAAACGGCCCCAGCCACCUAGGCUGCAACUUCUUGCACCCUCCCUUAAGGGGUAACCCUUGGGAUGACAACCACACCCGGUCUCCCACCCGUAUGGCCUCCCCCUCCCGACGGUGCCUGUCUGCCUGCCUCUUGUAGACUUCCUUGGCCCGCUCCAAGUUCAGCCUGAGUUGCUGGUGUAAGGCCUCCAUUUCCUCCACAAAUUGCUCAGCCGCAGGUACACUCCAUCCUUCCUCUCCCCACCCCGGGAAGGCCCUAGGGUGACACCCGUAAUUGGCCAUGAAAGUGCUCAUUCCCGUGGACACGUGUUCAGCGUUAUUGUACGCAAAUUCAGCCAAAGCUAAUUUCUCUACCCAAUCGUUCUGCCUCUCGCUGACAUAGCAGCGCAGGUACUGCUGGAGUAUGCCGUUUGCUCUUUCGGCUUGUCCGUUGGUUUCUGGAUGCCUCGCUGUCGAGAAGCUCACCUCGACCUGUAGCAAGCUCAUGAGUCUCCGCCAGAACCAGGAAGUAAAUUGUUUCCUGCGAUCUGAGAUUACCCUCAAUGGAGCUCCAUGCAGUCUGAAAAUGUGAUCCACAAACAGCCUGGCUGUCUCCUCUGCCGUUGCUGCAUGUGAGCAAGCUACGAAAUGGCACAUUUUAGUCAGUAGAUCGACCACUACCAUGACUGUUGUCUUUCCCCUUGACUUGGGCAGAUCUGUCAUAAAAUCAAUGGACACCACCUCCCAGGGCCUUUCCGGUGUAGGCAAGGGUUCCAGUAGCCCCGUGGGGGCAGCCCUUUCCCCCUUUGCCCUCUGGCAUCAGUCGCACCCUCGUACAUAUUCUCUUACGUCUUCCCUCACCUUUGGCCACCAGAACUGCCUGGUGACAAGUAGCAUGGUCUUGUGCUGUCCAAAGUGCCCAGCUGUUGGGUUGUCAUGGAGUUGUCUAAGUACCUCCCCCCUCAAAGUCUCCCCAGGUACAUACAGCGCCCCCUUAUAGUACAGUAGUCCUUCCUUUUCCUCAAACCCUCCAUUGACUUCCUUCCCGUCCCUGAGUUCCCUGAUUUUUGUCUGAGCAAACUCAUCAUCUCUGGUGAGCCCUGCCAGUUCUCGUUUCCCAACCAACGCUCCCCCACCCACCCACCGGUCCUCGGGGAACACGUGCCUGGUCUCUGGUGGCCCCUCUCCUUCCAUGUACUCCGGUUUCCGAGAGAGAGCAUCUGCCCUUACGUUUUCCUCUCCCGGCACGUAUCGGAUCUCGAAGAAAAACUUGACGAACUCCUGAGACCACCUUAUCUGCCUCUGGUUGAGCACCCGCGCGGUCCGCCAAUAUUCCAAGUUCUUGUGGUCAGUUCGGACCUGGAUCUUGUGCCGCACCCCUAUCAAUAGAUGUCUCCAUUGCCGAAAUGCCAUAUAGAUCACAAGCAGUUCUCGGUCAUACACCGUGUAGUUUUGCUCCGACUUGCUCAGCUUCCUAGAGAAAAAGGCACACGGCAUCCAGUUCUGCUUGGCCCCGGAAUGCAAAAGGACCACUCCGAUCACGCGGUCAGACGCGUCCGUCUCCAGUCUCAUGGGCUUCUCCGGAUCCACGUGCAGGAGCUGCUCUUCCGAGGCGAACGCCUUCUUCAGUUUUUCAAAGGAUUGCUGCGCAUCCUUUGUCCACGCGAACUUCUUUUUGCUACUAAGACAAUCCGUUAUGGGCGCUGUCAAGUGAGCAAAGUUCUUUAUGAACUUCCUGUAGAAGGUGCUGAAGCCUAGGAACCUCUGCACAUCCUUUCUGUUUUUGGGGGGCUUCCAUUCCAGCACUGCCUUCACCUUGCCCGGAUCCAUGGCUAGUCCUUUGUCUGACAACCUGUACCCCAGGAACUUGACCUCCCUGGCAUGGAAUUGGCAUUUUUCCAGUUUGACCCACAACUGAUGCUUCUUCAAUCUCUGUAGCACCUCCCUGACGUCUCUGACGUGUUGCUUUUCGUUGUCCGAAUAGAUUAAGACAUCAUCCAGAAAGGCUACGCAAUUCUUGUACAGCAGGGGCCCCAACACAUGGUGCAUGAAUGCUUGAAAGCAGGCGGACCCCGUUUGUAAUCCAAAUGGCAUGACUAAGUACUCAAAAGCCCCCAGGGGGGUGAACAUGGUCGUUUUCCAUUCGUCCCCCUCCCUUAUCCUAAUCAGAUUGUAUGCUCCCCUGAGGUCCAGCUUGGUAAAAAUCUUCCCCUGCCUCACACGUGUCAAAAUAUCGUCAAUCCUGGGCAUUGGGAAAGUCACGGGUUCUGACACCAGGUUUAGGGCCCUGUAAUCCACGGCUAAUCUGGGCUGAUUAGUCUCUUUUUUGUCCACAAAGAACACUGGACUGCCUCCCACCGCCUUUGAUUCCCUUAUGAAACCCCUCUUCAGGUUCUUGUCAAUAAACUGCCGCAACUCCUGCAUCUCCCGGUCGGACAUGGCAUACAGCUUACCCACCGGUAACUGAGCCCCUGGAAGCAGGUUGAUUUGGCAGUCAAAUGGCCUGUGGCUGGCUGAAGGGAAACUGAGGCUGGUGAGGCAGUACCCCAUUUACUCUAAUGGCCCAGUUUUAUGUGUCUAUCUGGAGAUUCAUAUUUAAGUACAUAUAAAACCAUUGCCAUAAUAUUGUUUUCAGUUAUCUGCAUAGAGUAUGUCUCCAUUUGACAUCUAAGGCCCUCUUAUCUAUUAAGGUAUAGUGGGUGGGCUCAAGGAACAGGGUCUUUUCAGUUGUGGUGCCAAUGCACUCAAAGGUUCUCCUCAGAGAGGCCUAUAUGGCUCAUUUCCCGACUUAAAAAGGGGGCCUUUGAGUGAGGCCAAACCAAUGUAGGGGUUUGUAGUUGGGUUUUUUGGGGUGUUUGUUUUUGUUUUGCUGCUACUGAGUUUGCUGCUAAGUUUGCUAUCUGCUCUAACUGCUGAUUUCUUAUUGCUACUGUUUUUAUUAUUGCUGAUGCUGUCACUAUUGCUAUUGUUGGUGCUUUUAUUGUAUUGCAAGCAUUAUGAUUAAUUUUGCUUUCUAUGAUUAACUGAUUUGAGUUUUCUAGUGGAAGACAAAUGAUGUCUAGGCAUCAGGCAAAAAUGUUUCUCUAUAACCAGGCCCUUGCACCGAUUAAACAAUCUAUGGUCUUUUAAGGAAAGUACAGUGGUGCCCCGCAAGACGAAUGCCUCGCAAGACGAAAAACUCGCUAGACGAAAGAGUUUUCCGUUUUUUGAGUCGUUCCGCAAGACGAAUUUCCCUAUGGGCUUGCUUCGCAAGACAAAACGUCUUGCGAGUUCUUGCAAGUUUGUUUCCUUUUUCUUAAAGCCGCUAAGCCGUUAAUAGCCGCUAAGCCGCUAAUAGCCGCUAAGCUGCUAAGCCACUAAUAGCUGUGCUUCGCAAGACGAAGAGACUCGCGGAACGGAUUAAUUUCGUCUUGCGAGGCACCACUGUAUGGCAGAAAUCCUGCACCCUACCCAUGAGAAUUUCACCCAAAUGUUAUCUCCCAUGUGAUCAUUUUCAAAUGCAAUUCAUUUUCUCAUUAACUGAUGGAGAUUGGUUUGCGGGGGGGACAUGACAGAAAAAAUUCCCCUAAUUUUAAGACAGAUGUCUCCACUUGCUGGCACUCUAGCUUGUACAUCUAGGCUAAAAGCUUUGCCAGACACACAUUCUCGAUAUGGUCUGUUCCCAGCCUCUCAAACUUCAAUCCGGUGUGAUUUUACAAGAAGCUUGGCUGCUUUUAUUUAUGCUUUGUAGCCAGAACAUGUCAGCCGGCAAACAGUGCCACGUCUCCAUCUGUGGGCAAGAUGAAUCUUGGCUAAGAAUAGCUCUGCUUGGAACCUUAGCUUGUUAGUAAAAUUGUGUAGGGUUAAGAAUAGGCAUAUGCUGCUUUGCUGCUUAGCGUUUCAAUCUGCAGAUGCAGUGGAAUCUCAUUUAACGAGAGCGUAAGUACGCUUUAAAACCUUUCCCCACUGACUGUGACUCUUGCUCCUCUUUGGAAUGCUGUAGCUGACACCUGUGAAAUCCUGUUGUUAAAUUGCCCUAUUUGCGGGAAACCUGACAUAUCUGGGAAUGACUGAUGGCUCAACGGUCUCUUAAUACGUGGGCUGCCAUUUGGGGGAAACUUUGCUCUGGAGAACAACACAUCAAAUGGUCCUGAGGCACAUGAUGCAGGUUUUUUUGGUUGAAGCUAAGUGGACUUGAUCCUGACAAUUGUUUGCAUGGCAGAUAAUUUGGAAACCAUGGACACAAUUGGGUGCAGAGUUAAGCACAUGAGCAGUGCAAUUCCAUCUUUAAAUUUGCAGUGUGUGAAUCUACUACAGAUCAGCCACUACUGAUGUAAUGUGCUUUAUGUGGGUCUUGUAUCAGAUCUGGAUCCGGAACUGUUAUAUUGCCAUGGUAAAUAUAAUGCUUGACUCUUGAGCAUCUUGGCAGACUGUAAAAGUGGUGUGCAGUGGCCAGACGACUCACAGGAGUAUAUGGCUGUCAUCAAGCUACCCCUCUGCUGAGAGUUGUUCACAGGUUGCCAGUUAACGCCCAGCCAGGUUGUAGGUUCUUGUGUUAAUUCGCAAGGCCCUAAACAACUGGCCCCAAAGAACCUCAAGGACCACCUAAUUCCUUAUGCUCCACCCAGAUCACUGAGAUCCUCUGAUGGAGCACUUCUGCUGGUUUUCCACACCCCUAAGAUUUGGUUGGCCUUUCCUAGGGACUCAGCCUUUAGUGUGGCUGGCCCAGCCCUGUGUAACUCUCUGCCAGUAGGUACCAUCCCUGUUUUACCCCAACAGCAACCAUGCUUGAAAGAGAGAGAGAGAGAGACUUCAUAACUGAUCUAACUAUAGGAAUGAAGCAGGGCUUGUCCCCCCUCGUAGGGGAUUGCCAUUCCAUCAGAACAGAGGAGAGAAGGGAAGCAGGGCUGUCCCAUCUGAGUGACCAUCUGCCUUGGUCUCUCCUGAACUGACUCCUAGAGGCCAGCUACCUGAACUGUUUCCAUCUCAGCUGCUUAUUAAACUGUAACUUUAACGAACUGGUGCCAGACCUUCCUCCCCCCCCCCCCAUCCUUCUUCCCUCUUCCUCACUUUUUCCUUGUGUGCCAUGUCUUGUAAGAUUGUAAGCCUGAGGUCAGGGACUAUUUUGCUGUUGAUCUUUACAAGCUGCUCCAGAAGCCUUUUACGUUAAAAAGUGGGGCAAAUCUUGUUUAAAUAUAUACAUGAAACCAAUUCAGAUCCAGGUCUUACAAAUCACAGCCCAAACAACAACUGCAAACUUCUAACCAACACACCACACUCUCAUGAUUUCCACUCUGCAUACAACAAAUGUGAACUUCGCAAUAAUCAAACCUCGUAAUAAAUCAAACCUCAACACACAAUUUGCUUUUAUUCCAUUUAGCCUUCGUGCUUUUGUAUAAUGUUUUUCCUUAUGAAGCAGUCCAAACGCUGAGCUCUGUAAUUUAUUGGGGCAGUGGAGACACAGCACCCUAGCAUGGGGUUUUUCUCAUCAGCAUAGCUUUACCAUAUUUGGCUCUCACUGAGCUCCACUUUGAAAGCUCCAGUUUGUUCUGAGUCACAACCUUGGGCGAAUAAAUCAUCACCUCUAAGCAAGGAGGGAAAUAUGUUUAAUCAACAAUUAGGCUUAUGCAGCUAGAGAGCUACCUCAGUUGCAUCUAGAAAGCUGAAACGUAUCCCUCUGUCAAUAUAUAAUUGGGGCAACGUUGCUUAGUGUUUUUUGAACAGUGAGAGAAUACAGCAGGGAUACAGAACUCUUUUCAACCUGAGGGCCACACUUCUUUCUGGACAACCUUCCAGCGGCUGCAUGCUAGGGGUGAACGGAGCAAUAGAUAUAUUUUUUUACCUGUGUACAGUAGACUGGCAGCAACACAUUGGAUGGGAUUAAUCAUUGACAUUAAUGAACUUAAAUUCAGUGAGUCUACUCUGAGUAAGACUAGUGUUGAAUACCACAAUACUCCUCUCUGACCUCCAUUUAGGUAAGCAAGAGUUGUUUUCAGAGUUCACAGUCAUUUUCCAGCCAGGCAAAUGUGAAAGGUGGGGCUGGUGAGGGGUGGGGUCUAAAGGGAGUACUAAGGGCUCAGCUGAAGCAAACAGAAAUUUGGGUUUUCUCUGAAUUGACAAUUGUUCCGAUUUAGCACAAAAGAGCAGGUUUUCCCUGAGAAAGGAGAAGGGCAAGGGGGGAAAUUCUCAGAGCCAUGCUUUCUAGGCAUGGGACAAGUGGCAGUAUUGACAAGUCCACAGUGUCCUUAGGAACAUAGGAAGCUGCUUUAUACUGAGACAAUCCAUUGAUUGGUCCAUCCAGUGCAGCAUUGUUGACACAAACUGUGCCAUGGCUCACUGAUAGAGCAUCUGUCUUGCAUACAGCAGGUCCCUGGUUCAAUCCUCAGAUAGGAAUGGAAAAUACCCCUCUUUGAUAUGCUGUAAAGCUGCUGCCAGUCAUUAUGGGCAGCAUUGAGCUAGAUCAGGCAUAGGCUAAUUCCAGCCCUCCAGAUGUUUGGGACUACAAUUCCCAUCAUCCACGACCACUGGUCCUGUUAUCUAGAGAUGAUGGGAGUUGUAGUCCCAAACAUCUGGAGGGCCGGAGUUUGCCUAUGCCUGAGCUAGAUGAACCAAUGGUCUGAUUCAGUAGGAAGAAGCUUCUAAUAUUCCCAUGACUGGCAGCACCUCUACAGUCCUCGAUCUGCAGCCCUAAUCUGGAGAUGCUGGGGACUGCAUGAAAAGCAGCCACUUUGCCCUGGGCAUGCACCUGGCAACCCCAUAACUGUUGCAUUUCCACAUUCACAACAAUACCACUUAUGGGAAGCUUGGCUCAACUUAUUUGCAUCUUUUGCCCAACAGGGCUGUAUUUAUAGGAACAUGUUUUUUUGAUUGAUUAGUCCCUCAUACGUUCCUGUAAUCUGUUGGUGAUGGACAUGCUUUCUGCCAGUUCUACGUAAGUCCUCCUUGUCAAGGGGUCAAGAUUAAUAGCUCCUUUCUUCUCCAUCCUGAGUGCUUUGAGAAAAGACUUAAUUGCAACACUUACACCAACUCAUAAUCAUCUUGAAAUGCGUUUUUCAAUUAAUAAACCAAUCUUCAAAUGCAGUGAACACACUGUGUGAUGAAUAAUACUUGAUAACAACAAACCGAGCUAGAAUCUAAUCUAGAUCUAUAUCAUCUAUAUCUAUAUCUAUAUCUAUAUCUAUAUCUGAAUGAGAGAGAUCUAUAUAUAUUGGUGCAUUUUGCAGGACAAUGAAAUGAGAAUAGCUUGAUUCUUAGUGAAGACUUGCCAAUAACAGUGAAUGGAGCACUGAUCCACCAACCUCAGUCUGCCCCCAGCUAGCAUGCAUGCCUUUUUACUUACAAAUAGUCAGGGGAUGGCUCUGCCUAUUAUUGUCUCUGGUUCCACCUACUGUUGAUCUCCCUGCCUUCUGCCCUACCUGUCCCAGUGGGCACCGGCCACCACCGUUGACUUUUGAUGUGCCCCCCCACUCCAUUUCAACUAGCACCUCUGCUUUCUAAGGCAGCUUUGUGCUUCAAAUUAGCAACACUCUAGCACACCUAUCCCAACCUGGCACCCUCCCAAGGUAAUUUGACACCAAUUCCCAUCACCCCCGACCAUGGGUCAUGAUGACAGGUUGAUGAGAAUUCAAGUUAUGCAGCAUAGAAUCACACCAUAGGAUCAUUUCAUGGGAUCACAUCUGGACGACACCUGGCUGAGAGAGCUGUUCUAACAAACAGUUUUGUCACCCUUUGAUACCUAUAAGCAGGAGUCAUUGGGAACUGCUGAAAGGCCAACAGGGAAAACACAAGAGGAAAAUCUCUUCCAAAUGCCUUAGCUUUCUUUAUGUGGGGUGAUUUUGGUGCCUGUAGAUGUGUGUGCAUGUUUGUGCACAUGCUUUCAAAAGAGCCACACACCCAGGAGAACCUUUUAUCAUCUUUAAUAAGUAUGAUCAAGACACAUGUGGGUGGAAUUACGCUGUCCAUUUUUGGUUAAUUAUAGAGUCUGGUAGAUUACACUGCUGGUGGAAGCCUGCAUCAGGGAUAGGGAAUCUGUGGCCCUCACUCCAGAUGUUGUCAGCCAGCUCCUCUCAGGUAUGGGUAAUACAGCCAAUGGUCAGGCAUGAUGGGAGCUUUAGUCCAGCAACUUCUAAAUAGCGGGCAACAGAUUUCCCUUCCCAUCUUACUGGGGGGGGGGGGAGGAAUCCAGCAUAAAAAGUCUCCUAGAUGCAAAACUGAAACAAAACUUGGGAGGUUAUUAGGCUGGAAACUUUUGUCCCUCUGGCAUGGUAUAUCUGUGUGAAAGAAAGAAAGAAAGAAAGAAAGAAAGAAAGAAAGAAAGAUGACACAUCCACCCCUCCUUUUAUUUUGUUUUUUUACCUGCUUUCAAUGACUUGUAAUCCAAAUUGUUCUGCAGAAUAUGUGCCCAUUCCCUUUCAAAACUAGGCUUGAACAUUUUUGUGGGGAAUAAACAGCAGUAGUUGAUGCAAAAUAAAAAAUGCUGCCAAUAUGAGAUUUUUCAAAACCUAUUUAAAACAACAACCUCUGACCAGCCAAGUUUUAAAAUAUUGGAGAACCAAACUUGGCCGUUUAGACGGUCACCUACAUAAUUUGGUUCCAGCAUUUGCAAAACAGCAACUAAUGGAGUCCCAGCACUCUCUUGAUUCUCAGGUCAUGACACAACUAGGCACCAAUCAGUCAUGCAUUGUAUGACAAGCCCUAUUAAAUAUUCAGCUGUUCUCCGUGGUGAUUAGCAACCAUUGUUUAAAAUGCUUCUGCUACAAUGAAGUAAAACAUCCAAGCUCAGUUUGAUUGGUGAUGCAAACACACAGUCCUUUUUAAGCACCUUGGAGAACUGUAUCAUGCUAGGAUCUGAUGGUAUGAAUCCAAAAGAAGGCAAAAUACACAACAGACAAAAUCUGUGAAUUUAUUUUUGAGAGAGAGAGAGAGAGAAAAUUAAUUUUUGCCAAGUUAUUUUCUUCAGCAACUGCAAGCACAGAAUCCAAGGCUUAUUAAGAAUGAACCAUAAUGUUUAGUAGGAGAAAAUAUUUGAUUAUAUUUCUAUGCUGCUUUUCAUUCAAAUGAAUUCCAAAGUGGCUUACAAACAAUAAAUAAGAAUAGCAUGAUAGAGCAUCACAGAACAUCAAAACUAUAUCACAUAUCAUAUAGAAUAAUUAACAAAUCAUCAGUGAAGCAAUUACAAUCUAUAAAACAGUUGACAAAGCAGGAACUAAAAAUAAGCUAAACAUCACAAUUAAAAGCAAAUGUCAUGUUAUAUGGUUAACAAAUCAAUACGGCAUUUAUAAGCUAUAAAACAAUAUUAACAACAUUAACAAAAUAGCAGCCAAAAAUAAACUAAGCAACUACGGAGGUGGGAAAUGUGGGAAAUCAUUCAAAAUUUCUGCCAAAUUCUGCUGGCAGCACAUUCUAGAAUUGUUGGGUCCAUUCACUGAACUGUAGAGGAAAAAUCAUGUUUAUCAUCUAUUUAUUUUAUGAAAUCAGAAUUUAUAGAAGUGGCUGAACUCUGAAACAGGCUAUGACAGGGUCAAGAUUGCUGCACAAGACCUGUAGUCUAGGUCAGUGGUAGAUGGUGAGAUGGUUCACUAAGCAAAACUGCUAGCUGCAUUGGGGAAAGAGCCCUGUAGCUCAGUGGUAUAGCAUCUGGUUUGCAUGCAGAAGGUCUUAGGUUCAACCUCUGACAUCUCCUGGUAUGGUUUGCAAAAACACUUAUCUGAAACCCUGGAGAGCCACUACCAGUUAAUGUGGUGCUGAGCUAGAUGGACCAAUGGUCCAACUCAAUUUAAGGCAGCUUCCUCCUUUUUUUAUGUGUGGCGGUAGAACAUAGGGAGGAACCCUCUCAACCAUUGCCUUUCCUAAUCUGACGGUGGUGUAGGUGGGGAGGGAUAUAAAAAGCAGAACUGUGCAAGCAGACAGUUAUUAUUUGAAUGGUUGUCUCUGCUGACGUCAGUGACCUGAAUCCAAUUCCCAGAAUGGUUUAACAGCCCAUCCCUCUUUCCAGUGAACUUUGAGAAGAUGGGGCUUAAAAAACAAAUAAACACUUGAGCUUUCUUCUUCACCUGCUAUUCAACUUGCUUGGUCAGGUUUUGGUUUCUGGAUCACAGCUGUGUUCAGCUAUAACCCCCAAGGCAUAACCGCAGUAAUGUGGGAAGCUCUGAGCCACUCAGGAGCCCCUGGGUGGUGGAAUCUGUGAGUUCUCCAACUGUUUUAUGCCAUAUCAAGCUGCCACAGGGGGUGGGAUAGGAUCUGACAGCUAUGUUCCACAUAAAGCGAUAUGCAGCAUGGGGGAAGAAUGGAGGGGGAGAGAAGAUUUCCGAGGUGAAUCAGCAACAGUAUUUGUUUCUCAUUCGUAUAAAAGUUGCAGAAAAUAGCUCUCAGACAUGUGCCAGGACUUUCUUGAGGUCAAAUCUAGCUGGGAGCUUCAUGGGGGUGAAUAGGAAAGAAAGUUCAGAGUAAUAUAAGCAGUGUAAACAGUAUGUACAGCCAUCCAAGAAGGUUUGCUGGAGUAAUUGACAUGACCUAAGGUGACUUCCUCUCUGUCUCUUUUUCUUCCAUCUACAAUACAACACAAUGUGACAGUAUUUUUUCUCCACCAACAGUAUUUAUCUCUGUGUUGCUGCUGUGUGUGCAUGUUGCUUGCUGCGUGCAUGUGUGUGGAUGUGUGCAUCUGGGGUAGUUAAUAAUGUGCCCUUCAGAUGUUCUGAGCCCUAGCCAGCAUGGCCUAUGGUAAUAAGAACAUAAGAAGUUUGUGCUAGAUCAGGGCAGUUUCCCAUCUAGGCUAGCAUCCUGUUCUCACAGUGGCCAACUAGUGGUAAACCACAAGCAGGACCCAAGCACAAUAUCACACUCCCUUCCUGCAAUUUCCAGCAGCUGAUAAUCAGAAGCAUCACUGCCUCUGACUGUGGAGCCACCACUACAGAGGCAUUGUGGCUAGUGACCAUUGAUAGCUUUCUCCCCCAUGAAUUUAUCCAGUCUUCUUUUAAAGCCACCCAAGUUGGUUGCCAUCAGUGCAUCAUAUUGUAGUGAGUUCCAUGGUUUAACCAUGUGGUCUGAGAUGAUAGGAAUCGUAGUUUGGUUGGCACCAAGUUGGCUGCUAUUACUAUUUAUUAAAUUUGUAUACCACCCAUCACCCACAGAUCUCAGGGUAGUCCACAAGAAGAAGAAGAAGAAGAAGAGUUUGGAUUUGAUAUCCCGCCUUUCACUCCCUUUCAGGAGUCUCAAAGCGGCUAACAUUCUCCUUUCCCCUCCUCCCCCACAACAAACACUCUGUGAGGUGAGUGGGGCUGAGAGACUUCAAAGAAGUAUGACAAGCCCAAGGUCACCCAGCAGCUGCAUGUGGAGGAGCAGAGACGCGAACCUGGAUCCCCAGAUUACGAGACUACCGCUCUUAACCACUACACCACACUGGCUCUCACAACAUAAAAAUGCAAGAUAAAUAGCACAAAACGCAUAACAAAAACAAACCAAUAAUCUCCCCUCCCGUCCCACAAACUCAUUUAAAAGGGUAUUGGAUGUUAAUCAGCCAAAGGCCUGGUUUAGGAUACUGGGGACAUGCUAUGUGGUUGGAAUCAAUAUGGCCAAUGUCUGUCUAGCUACCUCCAUGUGUGACUGCUGUUGUAUGUUUGUGGAACAUGUGCUGUGUGGAGUGGAGUCCAAAUUAGCUCCCUGCUGAGACUGGUGAUGUGCAAACGCCCCUUAGCUGAAUUUGGAAAUGGCUCAAGAGCUACAUUCACUUUUGGAGAGCUAUCAGAAGAAGGAAAAACAAUUCAUUUCCCUCAUUGGAGUUCAAAAAAGACAUGUAAUAAGGACUGGUGUCAGGAGUCACCACCCUCUGGCACAGGUAUAGGCAAAGUCGGCCCUCCAGAUGUUUUGGGACUACAACCCCCAUCAUCCCUAGCUAACAGGACCUGCGGUCAGGGAUGAUGGGAAUUGUAGUCUCAAAACAUCUGGAGGGCCGAGUUUGCCUGUGCCUGCUCUGGCACUUGCUAAGGCCUAUGCAAUAGUUGCCAAUCUCUAGCUCAGCAAUUCUAUUUCCCUUUGGAGAGCUCUCAGAACAAUCUAAUUCCAUCCCCUCUAGACAGAGAUGUGAUCAAGGCUGGUGUUGAGGUCAGCAGUGUCAGACAUGAUAGGUCAGCAUCAUCAGGCUCCAUCCACCCUGUUGGGAUGUCCUGCAUGCUUCCAGCCAAAGAAUGCAUACAACAGAUAAUUAUUACUUUAUUGUCAAAGCAAGCACUUACAGCAGCUCCUACAGGGCUCCCAAUACACGGGCACACAUAUUCUAGUGCCUGGGCAACUGUUCCCAGGUUGGUGCCCUACGGAGAAGGUGUGGCAGCAUGGGCGGCCACACUCCUCCACCAACUUAUGUACCCUCCCCUGAUGGGUUGUGCUCAUGCAACUGGAAAUUUCUCUGCGGAAGUCAUCACUGCUCUUCCCACUUCAAGCUUCUCCUGGUUCUAGGAGACACCAGGGCAGGGAAUGGAGGGCAUUCUCCCAAUCCUGCCCUGAUGAGCCUUUUCCUCCUCCUCUGUUGUGUCCUGUGCCCCCUUCCAUCCCUGAUAGCUCCAACCCCUCCUCUUGCCCAGGCUCCUGCCUCUGAGGUGGCACAGAACCCCCCCCAAAACACUGACUCCCUCUCCCAGUCUGCACCUCCCUUGCCUGCAGCACACUUUUGCCAGAGCCCUGCCAGUUCCUGACAUGGGGCCUACUACCAAUCACUAAAGCCUCCUUGACAUGGUCCUCCAUGCUGAUGUUAUCGGCUCAUCUGUCUUCACCCAGCGACCAAACAAUGACAGGGGGAGCAGCAGCUGCCUUUGCUCUCCUUGAACUUGGCUCUUUUGGGAGCAGGUGUGGAUUGGGUCCAGUGAGGAAGGCAACUGAAUAGGCAGCAGCAACAGUGGCAAAGAGGAGGAGGAGACUUUAUUCAAGGAGGGGGAUCCACUGGAAACACGGCUAACUAAAAAAAGAUGAAACAACAACCCUGGAACUUGCACGGUGCAUAAUGUUCUUAUACUAUAUUAGAUUGUUUAUAAUUUCAUCUAUUGCUUUUCUGAAUUACUGCUUACACAGAGCUAGACAAGUGACUGAAAGGAAGGAUUUGUAAGACCCUCUGGUCUCUGGGGCCUUUGAAAUCCUCUUUUGGACAGUGGGUCUUUGUUUAGCUCCACGGAAACACUAAUUAGUGUCCAAUAUUAUGACUAAAAGUGGAUUUAAGUUUUAAUCAUGUGCAGGAACUCGUUUGUUUUUAUUCCAGACUGCAAAGGAGCUUUUGGGACUGUCAUGUUUCAGUGGUUGUUUUGUCUUGCCAUGUUCAAGACAGAUAUUUUGCUUAAUAUCAUUGGGCCUUUCUGGUUACAACUGCAGCAAGCAGGAAAGUGAAAAAAGAACAGCAAUAGGCAGCCCAGGAAGAUCACAUAGGAAAAAUGGCAUCUGUUCCUAGGUACCAUUUGGUUGCUUUUGCAAAGAGCUAUUUAAAAUAAUAAUAAUCAUACAGUGGAUGUUAAUUAGGAUUGGCAAAUCUGUUAAUUCUGGAUCCUCUCUGUUUCUUAUUUUUCCAGUCUUCAGUUCUUUACAUUUCUACGUCAGUUUGUGAUGUUUUUCACUUUAAGUCCUCUUGAAAGUUUAUCAGCAAAUUUUCCCUAAUAUACCAUUCAAUAAUUAAUUUAACUUGCUAGAUUUUUAUUUAUUUCUUCUUCUUUUUUACAAAAAGCAACUCCAAAUGACCUACAACAAUACCCGUGUUAUUUGUUUAAUAUGCACAUUUUCGCAAAGCAUUUUCCCCUAAUAUAAUGCAUUUUUUUCUUUUUUCUUUUCACGUGUGUGUGUAUAUAUAUAUAUCUCACAAUAGUUGGAUGGAAGACUGCAUUGCAAAAUUCAGAAAAGUGCAUAUUUUGAAGGAUGGCUCUGUUUCCAAUUAUGUGUUAGUUCAGAAAGUGUGAGUUGUGUGAGUUUAGCUUUAAAUGCAGAGGGAAUAGAAUUUAUCCCCCAUCCCUCGGAUGCUAUAGAGAUGCAUGGUGUAAGCAUUGCUGAGAAAGAACCUGGUGAAUUUGACUAAACUCAAUGAAAGACUGUUAACAUUGGCUUGCACAUUCCUGGCAGUUGCAAGUUAGACUUCUAAAGUUUUGCUGUCAAUGUUAAAUCAUCAAGAAAGAUUACUCCAGGUAACUCUUCCACAGCUCCCAUCAAUAAUGCCUGGUCGAGCUCCGUCCUUUAGAGACUUAAAAUUUACAGUGAGCCUAACAUGCUUUUGUGGCCACAUAAUUAUUUUUAUUAUGCUCUGUCGCGGUGUUGGCUGCCAAAAGAGGUUGUCCUAAAAUCCCAAUGUGACAAAAAUCAAUUUUCAGAUGCAAAUUAGGGUGCCAUAGGUGACAUUUUUCAUACCCAAUAAAUUGCUUGUCUGUGGCUUUGAACUAAUGGCCACAUAAACAAGAGAGAUUGGUGGUGAGGCGUUGCAUUAUAAUAUCUACCUAUGUGACUUGUGCUACACCAAACUACAAAGGACCUCACAAGGGUUGCUGUAUUCUUUCCUACAUUCUCCCUCUAAAUUUAGCCUGCAUGUGAAUUGAAUCAUCUCUCCUGUCCCUCCAGAACAGCCUAACACAACGUUGGCUAGAUGCUGUUGGACUUCAACCAUCAUCAUCUCCAGCCAUCAUGGCCAUUGGUCAAGGACAAUGGCAGCAGUAGUCCAACAACAUUCCCCCAAAUUUGGGAAGGUUGCUUUGGGCAGGGUUGGAGGAAAACUCAGGUUGAAUGCAGCCUUCCAUGCUUUGAUAUAUGCCCCUCCUCCUUAGCCACACCCACCCUCCGGAGACCACGUCCUUCACUGGCCUGGAUUCAUACCCUCCUAGAGUGUUUUUGCCUGGCUGGAAUGUGUCUUUGUACUCUGGUAAUGCUCCUUGCUUUAAUGGAAUGAGCACUGAAGUGUGUGGGGGAGGGGGACUAGCCUACUGUACAAAGGCAAAUUGCACAUUUUUCACUCCACACAUCAUUAGAAUUCAAAUACUAUGAUCCAACUCACUGCUAUGUUCGCUUGCGUUUGGUCCAGAAGUUGCAGGUAACACAGAAUGCAGCAGCCUGGCUUUUGAUGGAGCAUCCCAUGAACCACUGCUUAAUGACCUGAACUGGGUGCACACAGCCAACUUCAAUGCCUUAUUGUCAAAUCUGACCCUCCUGACCUCCCACACCUUGCACGUCUUUGCUUUAACUCUGAUAAUGCCUCCUGCUUGUCUGAAUGAAGGAUAGAGAGGUGUGUGUAGAAACCAGCCCACUGUACAUAAGUAAAAUUCACGUUAAUUCCUCCACCUACAUUUGCCUCUGGCCCUGUCCAUGACUGGCAUGUGCUCCUAGAUGGCUGCCCUUCUGGAACUGCAAUCUGGGGGGGAAACGUUUCCUCACCUUUGCUACAGAGCCUUGCUUAGCCCUGAUCCUCAGUCUUUCUUUCCCUGUUAACUGCCGUACUCUCAGUGACACCCUCUGUCUGGCACAAUUUUUUGCUUCUUUGUUCAAUGCCGCUCUCCGUGCCUCUCACUGGAAAGCUGUCUUCAAAGAAAAAAGAAACUUGUCUUUGUUACAUUCCAGGAGAUUUCACUGAGAAAAGCCUGAAAAGGUACGUCGUGACAAGAUAUCAUUUGAAGCCCCCUUGAGGAUGGCUGAUGUGAUGAGCCAGCUUGGUCUGAGUAACUUUUGAUUCAAAUGUGUAAUAUAGAGAACAGAAGUGGCAGUAUGAAGGAGGGCUUGGUGAUGGUGUUUCUUUGGAAUCCAAUAUUUUCGGAGGCCUGCCUCGGAUAUAAAGAUCUAAAUGCCUUUGAAACUCAGAAGGGGGUGAAAAAAAGCGGAGGGAAAGCAGAGUGUCUGAAUUUUUAAAACAGAAUCUCUUUUAUUACAUCCAUCUGUUAGGAGAUGAACCAGAAAUACUGGAUGCUGCAAAGUAACUUCAGUCUUUACUGUAUUCAUUAUCUGCCCACGAGUGAGAGGACUACUUCUCCUUCUCUUUGCCACCAUGCACACUCCUGGUUUAAACCUCUUUCUAAUUAAGAGGCCAUAAUAAGCACAAAGGGAUAACUCUUGAUUAGUUAUCACAGCUGUGUUUCCCUGAAUUGCAAACACAACAGCUUGGAUACUAGGCUACAGGGGAAAUGUCUGCUUUUGUUGAGCCACAACAACAUAACUCAUCUUCUUGUGGGUGAAACACACUCUACAGCAUGUGCACCAAAAGAACUGAGUCCAAUCUGGGCGGGAUGCUACAGCUACCUAUGAUUUUGUCUUAAAACAAGAGCAGCAAUAGCAAAACAGAAUCAAAAUUCUAAAUAAUCUCAUUUAAAUAAAGAGGGAGAAAGCUGGGUGUUCAGCUAUUGUUGGAACAAAGGAAGCUGCCUUAUGCUGAGUCAGACCAAUGCUUCAUCUAGCGUAGUAUUGCCUACACUGAGUGACAGCAACUCUCCAGGAUUUCAGAGAAGUUUGUCUCCCAACCCUACCUGGAGGUACUGGAGAUUGAAUCUGGGCUGCAAGGCAGAUGCUCUACCACUGAUAUAUGGGGCUUCCCCUUGUAGAUAUCCAUCCUGGGCUAUUUACUUCUCUGAGUUUUACCGGUUGCUGCUUUGAAAUGGGGAUUGGGAGGAGUGAGACCAAUUUCCCUUUCAGGUGUUUGGGAAAUUCCAUCCAAUGCUCCCGCCAUUCUGCAAUGUAAAGCAGAUGUAGAGGUGGAAAAGGACAUAGAAAAGGUACAACAACAAGGAAAAAGGUGCUGUCCCACCAUCUAUUGCUUGCAUACUCCCUUCUUGACCUCUCCAAUCAUUUCUUACUUGGAGAAAGGAAAAGGUACUAGAGAUGGAGCACACGAUAGUAAGAAUAGUUUCUCAUUGGCCAACAAACCACCAAUGACUGACGAGCUAGUAAUUGAUGAAUGAGCACCUGGGUGGGGGGGACAAAUGUCAGUUGUGGCUACAUCAACAGACAUGACUUUCAUCUCUGAGUAGCAGCCUGCAGUUGAGCCAUGCACAAGGCAGAGCUUCCUACAUGCACAUGUUUCCAUCUGGGCAAGCUAGAGACAGGAAUAAUUACUGUUUGCUGGCCAGGCAGAGAAACGGGAGCAGGGCCAGUGAAAGGUGUGACCUGAGAAAGAGGAAGUAUGGCCUGGGGAGAGUCUGGAUUCCGGAGGGCCACAUUUACUCUCUAGGUCUGAGGUUUACAAUCUCAGGAGCAAUAUGAAGAAGGUGGCUGCUAUGAGUUGAGAGCAGUCACUGCAACAAAUAUUUUUAUGGGCAAAUGGUUCCAGGCAAUGCCAAGUGAAUCAAGUGAUACAUAUGAUUUUCUAGUGUACACUCGCCCUAUAUGGCAGAGAGAGCACCAUUGUUAAAAAGGAAGGAAGGAAGGAAGGAAGGAAGGAAGGAAGGAAGGAAGGAUUCAAAGACUGCAACUCCCAACUUCCCUGCUGGUUGGGACUGAUGAGAGUUAUAGUCCAAAACAGCUAACAAUCAGUUAUUAUGAUCAACAGACCUGAAAGAAGAGCAAAAAGAAAAUCAUAUAAAGCAACAUAAUCUUAAGUACAGAGGAAAAUACAAAAGAAAAUGUGUAUAUAGUAUGCAUAUACACAAGAGAGCAAAUGGUCUAAGUUGCCCCCUGCAGCUUUGCAUGGUUAAUUAUCCCCUUGUUCUCACUGUCACUGAUAAAAUUUGGCCACUACUGAUCACACCUAAUGUAUCCUCCUAGUUUGAAAACAUAAUAAAAGUCAGAAAAACAAGUCUGUCCAUCCAUCUAGCCAGUCUUCCUAUCUGAUCUGCUCAGUGGGUUGCCUAAUUUGCAUUUUGCCCUAUUCAAUUAUGAAUGUUUCUGCUGCCAACAUCAACCAUUUUUAAUUGUGAGGGGGUCUUUGAUGCAUGCUUUCCUUUCUUGAAACACCCUGAACAAUUGUCUGGUUCCAAACCAUCCAGUGUCUGCCUUUUAAGCAGAUGAAAUACAAACCAACAACUCUUGUUAUCUUGGCUUUUCCACUGCAAUAAUGAAGGUAUCACAGACUCUUAAAAGCAAACCAUUUCAUGUUUUGCUUAUGCCACUCCAAUGGGCGAGUUGCAUGGGAUGGUCCAGCUUUUCCUCUUUCCCACAGCAGCUCCUUGAUGAAAAUCAGCGGACAGAAUUUUGGGCUGUGAACCAAUGUGUACUCCACCCUGUUCUCUUGGCAAGAGGUGUAGAGAUGGAAAAUAUGGAGAGUGAUGUUCCCUUUCCUUUAAAGGGCAUGGCAAAAUAUUCCCCAAGCCAGCUGUGCAGUCCAGCAAUCUGGAUGCCCGAAUAACCUCUGGCUCAUUUGUUGGAAAUAUUUUGCAAAUAGCUAUGUGGCAAGCACUCAGGCUGAGAAACAUAGAGUUAUGCAGUCCAAGAUAUCUCUCUCCAUCUGCAAAUCAAUUGUUUAUAUGCUCAGUUUACUUGUGAUUAUAUUUGGAAAGGUUCAAAGUUGAAAGCAACUUUACAAAUUGUGCAUGUUUCCUAGACCACAGUUCCAACAGAGGGAACAGUGUCAGUUGCACGAUACAUUUUGACUCAUAGUUACUCAAAUGUUUGUGCACUUUUGGCUCCGUCUAAACUAACUUUGUCCCCUGAGCCUAUCAUUGCCCAGGUAGCUCUCUCUUCAGCAAGCAAAAUGUGCAGAUUCCUCUCAUGUACAUGCAUGCUGUUCACACCUACCUGUGUAAAGCAGGGGUCACCAUGGUGGUGCCCUCCCAAUGUUGGAUUACAGGUCUCAUCUGGCAUGGUCAGUGUUUGGGGAUGUUGUGAGCUGUAGUCAUCUGGAGAGUUCCACCUUGUCUAUCCUGGGUGUAAAAAAUCUAUGUAUUAUGGUGCUAAACUUGUCUUACACUGGCAUUAGAAGAAUAGAGUAUCUCUGACCUGUUUCUAGGCCUAGCCAGCCAGAGAAGACAGUGGAAGGGGUCGAUACAGUUGCUAUCACCAGGAGCUUCCAUAGAUUCCUUUGUCCAUGAUGCUGGCAUGGAAGCUUUGGUGACUACAAUGCUAAAUCUCUGUGAUUAGAAUGAAUGUGCCCAUCUGCUGCAGGUCUUUAUACACACAGUGGUCCAUUGGUUUAGCUUGGCCAAUAGAUAGCUGGAUAAUGAUAGGCAUGCUCAGUAUGGAAAGUGUCACAUGAACAUCAUUAUUGUUCCUCUUAUGUUUCUGAAAUGUAUAUAUCAGUUGGGGCUGUCAUAAUACAUUUCUCAGUGGAGCACUGCUCAUGGUGCUAUGCUGGGAGAACCUAGUUUAUUUGCUACCAAUGCAUGGUUAUGUGGUACAUUAUAGUGGUACAUAGUAGCUUGUACUUCAAAGGUUUCAGAAGAAGUCACAUGCCCCACCCAGGCAACCUCCAUCCAGGCAGAGCUUAGAUUUGCAGCCAGACUGUAGCCUGUGCUGUCAGAACAAACUAGGCCAAAUCCAUUAUCUUGCUUACCUUCACAAAUCCUUAAAAGCAGCCAGUCUCUGAGCCCAUCUGCAGCUCCUUGGGCUUCCUCUGAAUGGAAGAACCUAUAAUCUUAAACUGUAUUCAGAUUCCCAUUUACUGUGCCCUCCCUGAAUUUCCAGGGCUGGGCUUUUAAUCCAUUUUCUCACACCAUUAUCGUAAAUGGAUAUGUAUUGUAUAUUUUGUGCUAAGGUAGCACUGUCUGUGAUGUGUCCUUUCUCACAACAGCUUCACGCCACUUGCAGUUCAUGAUAAGCCAUUCCUAAUUUGUUUCUAGCCAAGGUGUAAACACCUUUGCAUAAGGUUAACAAUAUCCCCAUCCCAUCAGUGCCCCCUGGUGUGUUCACAACAGAAACAGAUCUGACACUAAUUAAGCCCUGAUGAUAGGAACAGCUGGGGGGGCGGGCUGUGAAACACACCAUGGAGAUGGACAGGAGCUCCACUGUGCCUAAGGCAGUAAUGUGAACACACCCUUAGUCACCAACUGCCCAUGGUCAGAAGAAACAGCAACAUCACCUUGUGUUUGUGUACAUAAACACCAAUAUAUUCCUAAUCAUAAUAUACAUUUCUCUCCCCCUCCCAGUUCAUAAGGACCAAACAGCCAUGCUGUUUACUGUUAUCUGUUUAGAGAUCUCCUCCCAUUGGAAAUACCUCAAAGGUUCGUCUCUGAUGGGAUGGCAAGGGGAAGUUUGGGAUCUGGCUCUUUCUCAGCAUCUAAUGCAACACAGAAAGGUUGUUAGAGAUCAAACUAAACAUGAUCAUUUUGACAAGGUAUGGCUCCCAUACAUCAGCUAUGUAAAUAGAAGUGAAGUCAAUGUCAGACCUCCAGCCACUCCUGCUUAUUUAUGGAGAGGCUAUGUCAUGGCCAACUGAAGCCUUAGCAAUGCAUUCAAUGAUUUAGUUACUUGCUGCCCCCUGCUCAGUUUUCCUUCUUAUGUGUGACUGGUUUUGCUGAAGUUGAUCAAUGCCAUUUUAUUAUUAUUUCUUAAAAAUCUACUCCCUAAAAUUCAUAAUGUACAUUUGUAUGGAUUUUAUAUCUAAGACACUUAGGGAGUCAAUCUUGGUUGAAAAGCUGGGUCUAAAUAAAUACAUUUAGCCUGCAUAUCACAUUCUCAACAAUUUGAGAAGCAGGUUGUGUCUGAGGAUCCUCCAUGGAGCAGUUUGGUUGCCCACAUUUGUUCCUUCUUUGGCAGAGCAAGUGCAUAGCAGAGAGAGUGGGAACAUUUUAAAAAUGCAGUCAGGGUAGAGGAGAGAAUUCUGAGUCAGGAAAUAUAUUCAAUGAUACACCAUUAGGCAUUUUAGCACUGUAAGAAAUGUUAAUGCAUAGCAGGCACAUGGGAUUUGAUGCUCAGGCUGGGGUUUAGCAUUGCUCAUGGCAAAAGACCAGUCUUCUUCUUUUUUUUGAAAAGGACUUAGAAAAUGCCAUAGUUACAUAAACUGCCCUAAAAUAACUUUUUUUUUCUUUUUUAAGGAAGAAGCUCCACAAGUUAGAGAAAUUCUGUCUGCAUUGCAGUCCAUGUUUAAAUCCAAGAAAUCGUGGGUUACAAAUUUGUUUAGCAUAGUUACAAUCUUGGAAGCUGGAGAUACUGCCUCAUUCUGUCUCAUUCACACAUCACUAAUAUAAAACACGCAGAUUCCAUUAAUGAAGAAAAAAUGUCAGUUACUCACAGCUUCUUCAUAUUUAGAAGAAUGGCUUUGGAUUCUAAGCUCACAUGGUAGGAAUCAGUUUUGUUAGGAACCAUGUUAGGAACCAUGAAGGGGAGGAGUGUAUAGGGUUCCGUAAACAGCAAUUGGUGAGGUGAUAAGCGUUCUGUUUGCAGACAGUAAUAUGGAGAGGAGACUUUCCAGGUUCCUUCCCUCCCUUCACCACCUCUUGUAGCGAUCAAGAAACAUUCACCUAAGCAAGGCCUCAAGUGAUUAGAACACGGCAGGUGCUAAACCCAUCCCUGAGCUUAUCUUUGUGUUUUGUAGCUGGAGUUCAUUAACUUGUCAGCACUGAUUCCUUUUGAGCAAUGUGGAGAAAUGAAAGCAGUGGGUGGGUAUGGAGGAGAAAGAUGAUGAAGCAAAUCAAUACUGGCUCUUAAGCAAGUGCCCUGCUUUGAGUCUGAAGCCAUGCAGAUGCAAGCUCAAAAUGGGCUUCCAUAAGGCAACAUGGUUGCAUCAUGACAUUAUAGCAUAGGUUAGUGGUUUUCAGAGUCUGGUCCUAGGAAGCUUGAGAUUCUUGGGUUUGCUCAUGAGCAGGGGUGGGUGGAGGUAAUUACUUCCCUGAAAGGCAGCUUCACAUGCACUAGCUAUUUAUGAGAGACGGUCCAUGUCUUCUAUUAAGUUGGACCAUUCUCGAAUGAUGAGGGUGAAGUUUUUGUUAGGAAAAACGCAGGGAAGGCCACCAACUUCCCAAGACACCGGGGCGGCUCUCCCAGUCAUUCUCUGACUGUAAAUCUCCCUCAGUCCAGAGAGACUGGUGAUAAGUGACCCCUCCAUCCUGAGAGGAGCACACUUGUCUUCUGACAUCUCAUUGCAGAAGAAAGAGACAGUCAGUAGCCCUAAACUACUUCAUUUUACAGUCUAUAUACAAAGAAUCCAUCAGCGUGUCUGUGCUCUCUCAGCAGCAGUAUAGAAAAGCAUCACACACAGAAGUGAAACUAAAGUUCCAGCAGUAUUGAGACUUCCUGUCUCACAGACACUCACAUGAUAUAAAGAACAUAGUGCUACGUACUGGAGCAGCAUGGGUGGAUAAAAAUCCUAACAGUUUUCACAUGCUUGCGAAUUGCAUCCAAUUCUGAGAAAAGAAUUAAAUAAAAAAAUUGUCCAGUAGCACAUUAGAGACCAACUAAGUUUGUUCUGGGUAUAAGCUUUUGUGUGCAUGCACACUUCUUCAGAUACACUGAAACAGAAGUCACCAGACCCUUAUACUGUAUAUAUAGUGGGAGGAUGGGGUGAAGUUUUUCUCAGAAGGGUAGUAGGAGAUGGGUGAUUGACUCUAUGGGUAUGGUAAACUUGUUGACGACUGUUAAUGACUGCAAUUAGUCCUCCAGGAAAAAGCAAGGGAUAGUAUGCAGAUGACCAAAAAUAGCUUUAGCAUAUAUAAUGAGACAAGAAUCCAAUAUCUUUAUUCAGACUAGGUCUCACCAUAGUUUUCAGUUUAGUAAUAAGUUGUAAUUCAGCAACUUCUCUUUCAAGUCUAUUUCUUAAAUUCUUUUGUAAUAAGACAGCUACUUUGAGAUCCUGUAUUGAAUGUCCUGGGUGAUUGAAGUGUUCUCCUACUGACUUCUCUGUCUUGUGAUUCCUGAUGUCAGAUUUAUGUCCAUUUAUCCUUUGGCAUAGGAUUUGGUCUGUUUGUCCAAUACAGCCUACCUGAAUCAGAGAAAAAAAGAAGAAAAAAAGAAAAGAAAAGAAGAAGAAGAGUGUAGUUUUGUUGUAGAUCUGCAAAAUUGCCCAAAGAGUAGUUUGCAGCACAUUUGGAAGAUCCUUCUCAUGCAUAUGUUCUAAGAAAAUAUUUAAGAAAGCCAAAUGAUUAUUUGGGUGCAUUCUAAUAUGGGAGAUAUUUCAUUAUUUUUCCUGAUUAUAAUGCUAGUGGUUCUGUGUCAUUUUCUAAGGUUCCUUUCACAUUGCAGUUCCUGUUGCGUCAUAGAACUGUGGCUUUUUGACAGAUAGACUGGCAUGUCACACUAAAUUUAAUUCACACUAAUGGACAUGCUGUGACACAACAAUGAAUGUCAUUGGACAAUGUCAUCCCUCCUCCACCCUUUCUGCACAUGCGUGCUCCUGUUCCUGCAUAAUGCUCCCGUGAAAACAGCAAAUGCAUAUUCAGCCCCAAAUUUCUUCACUUUGCUCCCACAUUUUCUGGGUUAAGGGAGCUGGAAAUUGAUUGUUUUCUGGAAUCAAAUCAUGUGGAAAUGAAUAGUAAACAUGCACUACCUUCCAUUAGCUUACUGGAAGUGGCUUCCACAUCAUGUGGAAGUUCAAAUGUGAUGCAGAAAUUAACACUUAGCCGAACAUCAGGGAAAUGGAAUAAACUGUGUGAACAAAGCCUUCAAGGAAAAUAAAAGCAAGAGUCUUCUUUGCACAUCCCUGUUGGAGUAUGUCUGCAGUGAAGCAUCCAUCUCUCAGACCAAGCCUUUGCAUCUGGCCAGCAUGUUAUCCAGACUGUGUGAUGCAAAGUUGCACCCAAUCUCUUUGCCAACAUUUGCCCUUUUUUGUAUCCCCGAGCAGAAUUGCUAAGCUCUUAGCACCAAGCAGUUAAUGCCCGUUAAUUAAUUUGGAUAGAGGAGUAAAUGUGUGAAGUGUGAAGUGGAUUGAUGCACUUACAUUUCCUAGCUCUUUGGAUUCUGUUUCAGAGUUUAGCUUGUUUCAAAACGAGCAGUUUGGCCUUGGCCUCCUUCUAUGUGAGCAUUUUGUCUUCAUCACGGACCACCACUUCAACUGUCAGCCCUGGCAGGCUUGGCUUAGAGAGGGAAUACAGGAGCACCGCGAUGAGCAUUCAUUCCUUACGACCCUCUUCUCAAAGGCUGUUUUUGGCAGAUGCCAGUGGCUAAAGUAGAGAAGGUCAGGAUCCUCUCUCGAUUACUAGACCUCCUUUACGACUCGACAUUCAGACUGCAGCAUGGAGGAGUUUGAACAAGAGCUCUUCCACUCAGGGCCCUUUUCAGAGAAUGCCUAUGAACUCUGACAAAAUGAGCCUUUCACAGAAAAUUUGACAUUUGUAUGCAUUGCAGUGAGCAUGCUUAAAAGAAACAGCAUUAAGUUUGUGGCUGGGAUGAAACGAACUUCAGGGUGCAACGAGGACCAGUAGCAAUGGUAUCCUACUUGAACACACACACACACACACACACACACACACACACACAGAGGAUUGGUUCAGAAGACCCUUCUUUGAAUAAAUGAUUUAGUCCACAAUCUGAAACACACUUACAAGGGAGCAAACACAAUUGAAUACAGCAGUACUUAAUUGCCAAGUAUCCAUAUAUCAGAAUGAGUUUUUAUUUAGCAGUGCUGCCAGAUUUUUCAUUUGCUGGCUCAGAAACAGCCAUCUCAGUGGUUUGGAAUAUUUGCCCCAAAUAUUGGACACAGGCUCUAUGAGGCUGUUUCAUGCCAAAUCAGCCCAUUGGUCCAUCUAGUCCAGAUUGGUCUGCUUGGACCAGCAAAGUCUCUCAAGCAGAAGUAGGUCUUUCUCAGCUGUACUACAUGGAAUCUUUUUAAUUGAGGGGGAUGGAUACUGAACCUGAGCUCUGAUGAGGCCAAAGGAUGUGACAAAGCACCAACCCCAUCUUCCCUGCCCUUGCCACCAUCUCUACACAGAAGCUGUGUGUCUCAUCCUUUUUGUCAAUUCCUGGGCAUAAUACUGUGCAAAAACAGACUCUGCCAAAUAAGUGAGAGAGAAAAUGAAGGGCAGGGGGCAUAAAUCACUGCUAUUACUGGUUGAGUUUUAGGGUACUAAAACUGAUUUUUCACCAAAGGCAGGGAGCUGGGUACACCACUGUGACUUCAGGGAUACAAUCGUUCACUUCACCUCACCCGUCUAACCUGCAAGUUGAUGCCACUUGUUAUAUCUUGCUGUGUUCCUUUGUUUAGAGAUGGGGAUAUUUCUGGUCGCAAGCUAUCCAUCGAACACCAGAAGGAAUUUGCAAAGUGCACCCGCUGCGUGCAUGAACUUCUCUUCUCAUUAUAUUUGUUUAAAGUGGCUUCCCUGUGCACAGAUGCCAGCAGUGCAUCAAUAGACCCAGAUGCAUCAUUUUUAUUUCAGCACAGACCUAGAGUACCAGGGCCCUGUAUGGCAGAGCCAAUAAAAUAUCUAAAAGUAAUUUUUACAUGCUGCACUAUUGCUUAAGGGAAACAAGAAAUUGCUUUUGUGCUUCAUUCUCAUAAUGGAAUGAGAUCCAUAUUGAACAAUGCACACACAUUUAUAUUUACUUUUUUAACAUAUAUAUAUAUAUAUAUAUAUAUAUAUAUAUAUAUAUAGUGUGUGUGUGUGUGGAAGGCACAGUCAGUUUAUUUAUAUAUGACAUUCUCCACAUAUACAGGUGUGCUCAAAGUAGUUUGCAAAAACACACACAUACAAUAGGGCACACCUUACUUUGUAAUUUUGUUUUAAAGUUUUUAAAUAUUGUGUAAUAUUGCAUUUGAAUAUGAAUGUUGUGUUUUAAUUAUUCUACCCCCACCUGGGACUUUAAGGUGGAGGUUGGGAAAUUAAUUGCAAGAAGAAGAAGAAGAAGAAGAGUUCAGUUAAAAUAUAUUCAAAGGAAAUUCAUUAGCAUAAAGCUUACCAUGAAGUCAGUUAACAGUCUCCCAAAGUUGGCCUAAAGGGGGGGUGUCAAUAACAAUUAUUAGAUUCCCCCAUUAUACUGAAUGGGGUCUAGAGGACUUCAUAGUAAUGCAGUAGGGUAAAGGUAAAGGGACCCCUGACCAUUAGGUCCAGUCAUGGCCGACUCUGGGGUUGCGGCGCUCAUCUCGAUUUAUUGGCUGAGGGAGCCGGCGUACAGCUUCCGGGUCAUGUGGCCAGCAUGACUAAGCUGCUUCUGGCGAACCAGAGCAGUGCAUGGAAAUGCUGUUUACCUUCCUGCCGGAGUGAUACCUAUUUAUCUACUUACACUUUGACCUGCUUUCGAACUGCUAGGUUGGCAGGAGCAGGGACCAAGCAAUGGGAGCUCACCCCGUCACGGGGAUUCAAACCGCCGACCUUCUGAUCGGCAAGUCCUAGGCUCUGUGGUUUAACCCACAGCACCACCCGCGUCCCUAGUAAUGCAGUAACAGGUUGCAUUUUUUAAAACACUGCGAAGGAGGUGGGGGGUGGCCUGAGAAGAGUCCCAAGGGACCUGGAGGGCUACAGUUGUCCUGCUGGCCUGAGCUCCUCACCACUACCCAGCAUUUCAUUUCAUUUAUUUAUUUUAUAUAACCCACCUUUCAGCAUUCAUGGAGUCAAAGGCAUCAUACAUGUGCUUCCCAGGUGGCCACCCAUUCAAGCACUGUCCCAGACCAAACACAAACCCAGACCUGCUUAGCAUCAUCAAAGGAGCAGCCUCAUGCACUUUCAAACCAUACCCUGUGGCCAUCUCCCUACUGUCUAAUCUAUUAGAAUUUCCAAUAAAUGUUUCUAAAUAAUCUCUAAACUUCUGGUUCUUGGAGAUACUUCACUGGGACAUAUGGAAUCAAGAAGCAAAGAGAAUUUAUCUGAAAGCCAGUGCUAACAUUCCCAGUGAGGAAAUUAAUUGCUGCGGUAUAUUUUUUCAGGGAAAUAACCUAUAUCUACAGUUUAAGGAAAGAAUAUGAGAGCAAUAGGAGGCGUGAAACUGAUUGACUGAUCACAUUUCUUUCUCCAGAGCUUCAGACAAUGAAGCUGCUUGGAAACUAAUGAAUUUGAGCUGAAACUGCAUUCUAUUGAGAUGUAUGCGGCCAUGGCAUUAUGACUAAUGGCAUGAGACUGACAAGAUGUAAAUCAUUUACUGUGCUGUGUAAUGCUCAAGUCUCAUUCAGCUUGCCUUACAGAUAUGAAUCAUUUUUAACUAGACUAGGGAAUGCCCCCAUGAAACAUUGAUUAAGGGUAGAAAGAUCUGAGAUCCUGACCUACGUUUUAUACCAAAGUACGGAAAGACCUGGAGUGAUUCCAGUUGACAUUUUGGUUGGUGAGAUUCCAUGACAGAAUCCUGAGAAAUAAGCUGGGUUUUACUGCUCUGUGACCAUUGGACCACUAGAACCGUUGGAUGUGAAAACCUUAGAACAUUCAGAAAAGGGUGGAAGAUUGUUGUGCCAUAAAAAGAAUCAUUAGAGACUUCACUCUCUUAAGCAUCCUGUGAAUGGAGACGGACCAUCUUACUAACUUGUGUGUCUGAUCUGCAUGUGUGUGUUUGUGUGUCUCCACAAGACUUCUGUGUAUCUCUGUUGGGUCUCAACUUCAGAUUGCUUGUUGUAGUAUCUGGAGUAUCAAAGUAACAGAUUGUUUGGAUGCUGUCUUUCCAUCUUUUAUGACAUGGGUGGAUAAUGGUAGUGCUCUUGUAUACACUCAUCAGAUCCAGACACCAUGGCCCUUGGGAAUUGGAUUCUAACAUAUGGAGGAUGAUAGGUUAACCACCUCUGCUUUAUGGCUAGCCUUCUCCUAUAUCUGUUGGGAGUUGUAAUUCAGCAACAUAUGGAGGGCUGAAGCUUCCCCAAACCUGUUUUAGAGGAUGGUCCAGAGUCCUUCAACUAGUUCUAACAGGGCAGAAUCUUUCAAAUCUAAUUAAUUAUCAAGUUUAUUUUCUUAUCUUGGGGGGGUGGGUAUGGGGAGGUCUGGGAGUGUGAGGUGAUUGUACCUGAGUAAGAUUUCUGUAGAUAGGUCUGGAUUUAUUUAUUUAUUUAUUUAUUUAAAAAAAACUUUAUUCAUUGAUCUGAGAUUUAUUUGAACAGCUGUUCUUUUUGCUCAGUUAUGAAGCCCGGAGCACUGCAGAGUCUUUGAGAGGGCUGUUAAUAAGAACAAAGAUUUUUAAUGAUUUGGCAAACAUUUUUGAAAGUAUUAACUGCCAAUAUAGAGUCUAUGAUAACAAUCAAGUGGUGCUUGGGAUAAUUUGUACUUGGCACACUUGACAGAUAUUAAUUAUGUCCGACAGGAUCCGUGUGAACUCCUGGCAGGCAGGGAAGGUAUUGCGACACAGACAAGAUGAUUUCCCAGUCAUCCAAUACAAAAUCCUCCUCCGGAACUGCACUGAUAGAAUGUGUGUGUGUGUGUGUGUGUGUGUGUGUGAGAGAGAGAGAGAGAGAGAGAGAGAGAGAGAGAGACACUGGUCCAUCUAGCUUUCAGGUUGGUACAGAGAAGAAGCAGGUGCUGAAGAGUCCUCCAGAAGUAAUUUAUCCAAAUCUUAGUCUUCCUUGUGGUGACCAGAAGCAGGGGAAAUGACAAAUAUUGUCUACACUGACUGGCAAUGGUCCUCUAGGGUUUCUUGCCUCUCUCCCUCUAUAUCACUAGUCUCCCAUUCUCCUUCUCCUGCCAGUGGGCACCACAACCUGCUGGGCCCUUCCCUGGGAUCAUCUUUUCCCCAUUCUGUGCUCCCCCAGGCUCAUCCUGCUCCUGGCUCUGCCAGCCCCUGACAUCCCACACAUGAUGUUAGCUGUAAAGCAGGUGGGCAUGGCUUGGUUGAAAUGGCAUUGUGGGUCAAAUGAGGAGGCCUUGAAUGAUUAAUUAAGCUCCCUAGCCCUGCUGUAGACUCUUCAACUAACAUCAUGAAUAUUAGUUUCCACUUUGCAAUUUCAAUGGGUUUUUUUUUUUUUUGCUUGCAGCUAUUUCAUAAACUUAUGGGGAAGGAGCCAUGUUCCUCCUGCAGAUCUACACAAUCAAAUCUAAUAUAUAGCUAAUCAACAUGGAACACAGCUUCCUGGUCAGCCAUAAUAGGUUACCGAUUGCCACGCCAAUGAUGAUUCCAACUCUUAUUGUGACAAAUAGGCAACGGCCCAGCUGUCUGACUCAUACCCAUGACGGCUUCUAAUGAAGUUUUCCUUGCUAAGACUAAUGGUGUCUGCUACCAGGAAGUGGCCAGGUCAUUCAUUCAAAUUUUGAAUGUGGUAGGAUCCCAAAGGGACUUUUCCCAGCAAAAAAUAAAGAAACAAACAGAAUGGAGAAUUCUACAGCAAGGGGAAAAAACAUUAUGCCCAAGCAGCAUUCCACUUUAGAUGGACCUUAAAUCUAUUUAGUUGGAGUCCACAAAAACAAUUUCUGUGUCACUGUGAGCUUGAGCCAUGAUGACAGACAAGUUAUUGCUCAUUUUCAGUAGGAAAUCAAACACCUUGAUACUAUGGUGUUGGAGCGAAAAUGUUUCUUUUGAAAAGUGCUAUGUGAUUAGCAUGAUAGUCAAAGGAUAUGUGUUUAUAGUAUGUGCAAAAUGUAUGAAGAUACAUUGAACCAUUAAUCUGUCUAGUCCAGAGCUGCAUCUCUCCAAGAUAUUAGAGGGGCCUUUUUCAGCCCUCUUGAUUGAGACUUUUCCCCUGCCAAAUUUGGAGUGCUAGGAACUGAAUGUAUGUACUCUUCCACUGAGCUAUGCCCCUUGACUUUUGAUAAGAUUUGUGUGGGACACAGGUCCUUGGUAUCCAGAAGGACUUCUUUUGUUAAAAGGGGGAUUUUUGGUAAUUUUUUGUCAUCACUUAUGCUGGUGCUGCAAUCUUGUUUAGGUAAUUAGUAUUACAUACAUGCAAGUGGUCCUGGAUUGACUCCCAGGAAUCCACAAGGGUGGAUGUUGUUGUUGUUCCUACUGUUUUUAAUACAGAAGUCUGAUUCAUGUAAGUCUUCUAACCUCUGCCACAGAUACAUGGCAGCUGGGCCCCUCUGUCUGUCUUCACUUUCAAAGUGGAUUUGAAAGCUCACUUCUGCUGCAUCACACAUUUUGCCUUUUCGACAGACUUCAGUUUUCCUUGACACAUCAACUGUGUGUCUUUGCAUGUGUGUGGACUCUCUCUCUCUCUUACACACACACACACACACCCUCUUUGGAGAGAGUGAAAUUAAAAUGCAAGGCAUUGCAGUGCUCAAGAUCCUCAAUAUUCCAUACAAUGAAAGGCUAAAGAACCAAGGCAACUGUCUGAGGAUGGAGGCAAAUUCAAUAUUAGCAUGAAUCUUUCAUAAAUAAUGGAAGGUGAUAUAUGAUGGCAAGAGAAGAUUGUGCCUGUGCAGUUCUCAUGACCAGUGGUGCAGCUAAGGUUGGAUUUGGGGGCUAAAACCGAGCACCAGGAUCUAGGCUAAAAUAGAUAUGCUGGGACCUAUUAAUGCUGAUUAUUACUAGGAGUUGGGACCUUGGUUAUUACUAGGAGUUGUCAAAUAUGUCAAUGUUGUUUCUCUCUGUUUCUCUUUUUCUAGUCAUAAAUUUAGUUCUUCAUGUUUCUGGAGCACUUUGUGAUUAUUAUUUAAAAAUAAACCUCAUAGAAAUUUGUCAGUGUUUUGGUGCAAACUUCUGCUAAUAAAAACAUUUCUGCAUGCAUAUUUGACUAAUAUACACAUUAUUGCAAGCAGUUUCACCUAAUAUAAUGCAUUUUUGUAUGUUAUUCUCACUAACAUAUGCAUUCAUAUGCACACUUUCUCAUAACAUACGCAUUUAUGUGCACAUAAAUUUUGUUUUGACUGGAGAAGUGCAUCUAUUCUGCGUAGAAUUAGCACUGAAUCCAACCCUUGCUUCAGAAAGUAAUGGCAAGUUCCAACAUACAGUGUGGGACAUCAUUAGACACCCUCUUUUGAGACAUCCUGAUACAUGAACACCCAUCCAGGAUGCAGCCAACACCAACAUCCUGUGUUCCUGCAGGCACAGUUGUACUCUUACUUCAGAAAUGUGACCCACACAUUUCUGCAAUCAGAUCAAACAGGCUGACAGUCUCAGUCACUUAUGCUGGCAUUUCUCUUCCCAUACCUUCCUUCAGCAGAAAUGGAGAGCUGCUAAUAUAAUCUCUACUGCUUUUUUGACACAAUGUGGUUAUAGGGAUGCAGGGUGAAGCAUGAAUUAUCUGUCAUUAUUGACAUUCUCAUAAAUAGGCCGAUCCUGAAGAUUUCACUUGAAGAAGCUUAAUAAUGAUCUUCAUUAAUCAGAAGCCUGAUCCUGUGUCUUGAACUAACAAUACUUCUACAGCUAAUGAAGGUUGAUAAAGUCUAUUAGUAGGACUCUGGCUCAUGGAUGCUUUUAUUCAGAAGUAAAAAAUAUGUGCAAGAUGGAUAAUAAAUUAUGCUGUCCUAAGAAGCCUUGGGCUAAUUAAUCUCAUUAUUCUUUCCUUCUUUCUUUAGGAAAUCUUUAAGGCAGAAGGCAGCCUUGGAAUUGUAAGGCAAAGAAGGUCCAUUGUGGCAACUCCAAUCUUAAUUCCUGAAAACCAGAGAUCUCCAUUCCCAAGGCCCGUGGGCAAGGUGAGUGAUAAAAUCUGCUGGCCUUAACCUAAAUUGAUUGUUACCAUUUGCGUUUGCAGAGUUAUCCAUGGCCACCACCAAUGUGAUUGAGUAGAUCUUUCUUUUUUUAGUGUAUUUGGAUUAGUGGUGCUUCUGAAAUUCCUCCAAUCCAAUUUAUCUCUGAAUUUUAAAGUACUGAAUGACCCAGUCUUACUUUCAGACUGAAAUCAGUGCAUUAGAAUCCUCUAUAUUAUACUUAUAUCAAAAUGUUGGGGAGAACAUGUGCAAGAAUAGUUUGCUACAGAUUUAUUUCCUUCAAUUUAUUCAUAACUUCUUCUACUUUCCCUGCUUUUCUGGUUCUAGUUCAGUGGUAGGGUAUAUGUCUUGCAUGCAUAAGAUCCUAAGCUCAAUUUCUGGAAUCUAGGACUAAGAAGUAUCCCAGUGUGAGUUACUGGAGAGCCACCAAAAACCAUAGUGGUCUAAUUAGUACAAUGAAAUUCCUUGUGUUAACAUGUAAAUAUAAUAAAUAAAUAAAUAAACAAAAACCACCACUACCAAAAAAGCAAUAUUGAUGGAAUUACAUGCAUGCUGAAUUCCUUUUGUGUGCUGGCUUACCAUCAUCCACUUGUAGUUGUGCAUCAUGAUUAAAACUACAAAAAGCCCUAUUCAUGUGGUUGUCUAGCUGGUUGUGUUAAAUUCUUUUUGAAUUUUGUUUUGCUGGUCAUAGGAGCUCAUGUGAACAUCAGUAAAGCACCAUACAAAAAGAAUAUUGAUCUAGUCCUAGGUAUGGGCUCACCAAAAUGGUUUUUUUGCAGUGUUUUAUAUACGGGCAUCAGUAAUGUGGAAGAUAAAAAAAAAGGUGAGGUGAAGGGAAACUGCAAUUAACUGCAUGUGUUUCAGUACCAAAAUUGAUUUUAGAAAUUCUUUCAUCAAACUGGAAUAAAGGAGAAGGUAAAACAUUGGCAAAAGUGAGUCUACAGAAUAAUAAAUAAAUGGAAUGCGAUAAAUUGACUCUUGCCUUAUUUUGGAGAGAGAAGCCUGGUGUUUGUUUGUGGAAUGGAUAGAUUUUUUCAUUGGAACAUCUAAUUUGGUACAGAAAGUAAUUUCCACUAAUUGAGAUGGGUUCCAUUUGCCAUAUCUAAAGCCACACUAGCACACUUACCUCUAAAAUUCCUAUAUGUGGUUGCAAUGGUUUGUGUUUUCAAGAUGUGGGGGCAGAGUUCUUGUGUGCACUAGAGCACUUAACAGAUUUGUAAGAAGGAAUUGUUUUAUAUAUAUAUGCACAUCUGGCAGUAAAUAUGGGAAGGUGCCUCAUUUGACCUUUUUCACAGUUGCAUUACAUUUCAAGGGCAAAGCACUUAUGAGAUGUUUAUCAGCAGCUCUAUAUUCAUCCACCACACCCCCCUCCCUUUUUGUCAAAUUCAGGAAAAGGUUGCUUGGAAUACCCCUAACAUUUCAAGUGGCAAACUCAGCCCUUGAAUCACAAUACUUAUUGUUGGAUCAACUGAAUCAGAUGCGGGCUAAGGUGACAUUGCAACAUUGCCCAUACUUAAAUAGCUGAAUGUAAUAGGGAAGAGUUUUAGACUUGGUUAUUUCUGUAUUCAGUAGGAUUUUAACCCUGAUGCAUGUUACAUUGCUGUGAGAGCUGGUGGACUUUAAGAACAUAUGAAGCCCCCUGCUAGAUCAUAAAGUAUUGUCUUCCAAGAAGAGCUGAAGACAAGAGGUCUUCCCCCUUGUUGCUCUACCCCAGAUACUGAUACUCACCAACAUUCCUCUUGAUGUGGGUCCCACUGGGCAAUUGGUUUAAACUAGGUUUACCUAACUUUGGUCUCCAGCUGUUUUCGGACUACAACUCCCAUCAUCCCUAGCUAGCAGGACCAGUGGUCAGGCAUGAUGGGAAUUGUAGUCCAGGUUUGGGAAACACUGGUUUAAACUGUCUUUGUACAUAAAAAAGACCAUGACUCCUGCUCAGUCAGGUCAAGAGACUCUCUUGUCUGGCAUCCUGUUUCCCAUAGAGGCCAACCAGAUGCCUCAGAUUAAUCUGCAUGCAGGAUGUGAAGUCUUCAUGAGAACAUGGACAGUAUGAGAACCCAGGAUGAAGUGCUUUGCUUUAAAUGAAAGCAGUUAGAGGGGAAAGUGUGAUACUAUCAGUGUCCUGGUCUUUGAGAGGCCAUGGCUCAGAAGAAGCCUAGCCAGAUAUCAUCAAGAGGCCAAGUCAAUUGGGAAUCCAGAUCCCCUGCAGCUCCUUGGGGAGAUCCCAGGGUAGCUAUACCAAACCUUGUCUCUGUAAACACCUGAAUCCAACUGAAGUCUUCUAUGUGCUGAUUGAGCUUCAGUUUAGUAAUCCCCACCUCCCCAGGAAAGCUCACCGGCUGGCUUUUAAAAUAGGCAUCACCUGAUUUUGCAAUGUUUGGCUCCUGUGAGUGUGGGAAGAUUGGGUACUGUGGAAGACAGCUCCACUGAAUCAGUUGAUGGCAGCAAGGGUUUGUCUUCUGGCUGGAAGGAGCCUUAAAAAAGUGCUUUGGUCAGAUACCAAAGUGGUAUUGAAUAUCUUCUGCAGGGGAAAAAGAAAACCCACGUGGGGGAUGAAACAGUCCCAGGAUGCAUGAUAACACAGGUUUGCUGAACUUACAUGAAGUUAUGCAGGUAUUGGGAUAGGGCUAUGCACUUGUGAAGUGUUAGCUUUUUUACUCGCUUUCCUUUCUAGCAGGCCCGUUUGCUUCAUUUUCCACUUGAUAUUGUGGAAAUUGUUUUCUUUUGUUACUGUUUCAUAAAUGUUUAAUUUGUUUUGCUUUGGCACUGAUUACAAUGGAGACCUGGCCAAUCUCUACAACUUUGGAAUUUACCACCCAGAUGGCAUGUAGCUUGCAGCAUUCCCCAAAGGAGUGUUGCGCUGCUCCUGAAGGAACCAGACUUGCCAAAUGCAAAUAAUUCAUAUUAUAUAAGCAAAUGAAAAGGGUGGGGUGGGGUGGAGGUGAGGGUAUCCUCUAAGUUUCAUGUAACUGCCAGGGACUGCUGGGGAUACAAGGAAUGCGUAAUAGAGGCAGGAUGGCCAAGGCUGAUCAAGAGGAAGAGGGUUAACAAUUUAUGGGGAUUUGUGCCACCAGCAAGGAAGGAGCCAGGGCUGGUGGAAGGGAAAGAGAUUGGAGAGGUGUAGGAUGUGUCAGGAGCCAGUUACUUAGUCAACAGAAACGUGUGUUUGUGUGUGUUCAGUGCACCUUAGGAGCUACUGUAAGUGUGUGCUCUGUCAAUAAAGAAUUAAACUACCAGCCAUUUGUCCUCCUCAGACUGAGUGUACUCAGGACAAAAACCUUGUAACUGGAGAGUUGGAAGGGAUAUUGGAGGUCAUAUAACGAAACCCUCUGUUCAACAAUGGAGCUACAUUGCCACAUGAAACAGCAUUAUGUCUGUCAGAUGGCUGGUCAGCCUCUGUUUAAAUACCUCCAGGAAAGGCAACCCCAUCUCCUCUCUUGACAAUUCGAAGCUACUGUCAAACAGUUCUUACAGUUCAAAAUUCCAACUACUGCUUAGCUGUAAUCUACUUCUAUACUAUUUCCACUCCCUGGAUAGGAGGAGAAACGGGGGACAAAUCUGCCCCAUCUUCUGAAAUGUAGUUCGUUUGAGAAACAGCUACCAUGUCCCCGCUUAAUCUUAAGAACAGAGGAACUGCCUUGUACCAAGGGAAAUCAUUGGGCCAUCUAGCUCAGUAUUGUCUACACUGACUGGCAGCAGCUCUGGGGUAUUAGACAGGGAGUCUCUCUCCCAACCCCACCUGGAACCUCCUGCAUGCAAAGCACAUGCUGUGCUGCUGAACCACAGGCCACCACCACAUUCUUCUGAGCAACCCAUCUUGGCAGGCUACCCACCUGAGCAGAAACUUUACAUUUUGAGGAUAACAUAGGAAUAAAGGAAGCUGCCUUAUACUGAGUUAGACCAUUUGUCCUUCUAGCGCUGAAUGGAAGCAGCUCUCCAAAGUUUCAGGUAGGGUCUCUCUCAGCCCUACCUAGACAUGUUGAGGAUUGAACAUGAGAGCUUCUGCAUGCAAAACAGAAGCUCUAACUAUAGAACUAUGGUCCUUCUUACCUGCCUAGGAUAGUGUUUGAACAGUUAAACCUGCCUUAUGUUGAGUGACACUCAUGGUUUAUUAAGCCCGGUGUGGUCUACAGUAGCAGUAGCUUACUAAGGUUGCUAGCAGCGGUCUUCCAUAGACAUAUUUGGAGAUGCUGGGGAUUGAACCUGAGGCCUUCUGCACACAAAUCAGAUGUUUUGCUAUUGUCCUCAUUGUUUUCUUGUCUAAACAAAUCUAUUUCUUCAAACCAUUCCUCAAAGGACUUGGUAUCAGACCCCUCACCAUUCUGGUUGCCCCACUAUGGACCUGAUCUAGUAUGUCAGUGCCCUUUUAACACAAUGCCCAGUAAUGGACUUAAUACUCCAGUUGUGACCUCAACCAUUGCUUCAUGCUUCAUAUUGGAGAAUGUUCAUGCCUCACCACAUUCAGAACACUCGAAGAUCCCCCCUCCUGUAGAAUUUUCUAGGAAUGUAUCAACCUUCAUUCCUAAUAAACCUAAUGCUGCGCCUUUUGGCAGUUUCAGGAAAUCUCUCCUAUGAGGAAAUAAUGGGGAAACAAAAUGAAAUGACAUUUGCUUCUACCAUUCAUGUCUUUAUUUCCAUUCACUUGUCAUAAAAAGACAUCGGGAAGGAAUGGGGAUUCAUCUAUCAUUAUUAAUUUGCUUUACAAGUAAAUAACUAUCAAUGGUGUGCCCAGGCCACAAGUGUUUACUUGUACUGUACCUGUGAAUGUAGCUUUGGGAAGCAGCUCAAUCUGUUUCAGAGCCACAACAUUUCUUUACAAUUUGACUUGUUAUUUGGGACCAAAUUACAUUUGUUAAAAAUGAAACUCUGCCUCCCCAUUCACUAUAAUGGGGGAACUACAAAUGGCUAUAUUUUUUAAAUUUUUUGCUUUUACAGAAGUGAAUGAAAUUUGCAGGCACAGCAGUCCCUCCACAGUCAACUGAGCCUGCUAAAUUGUAGGCAGGUAGAUAGAACAAUUUUAUUACAGGACAUCUUUAAAGUUCUAUACUAUAUAUUAUUCUCAAAUGCAGAAACUGGGGUGGAGUGGGGCAUUCCACUAAUUAUUUUUUGAUCAGGAAGACUGAAAUUCUCCAACAGUUCAGUCAAGUCCUGAAAAAGCACUCUCAAAUUUUCAACCAAAAUUAUUUUCAUAGCAAAUUCAGUCCAGCUUUAAUUUGCUUUUAUUUGCAUUUCUGGGCUGCUUCAAUGUAGCUGAUUGUUGAAAGAUUCUGGACAGGCAAAAGAAAGUACUUCUUCACACAGUAGAUAAAUUAUGGAAGCUGUAUAACUCUGAAUGCCAAUUGCUGGGAAUCACAAGUUUUAAGAGGUAGUAGUGCUCAGGUUAUGCUUGCAAGCUUCCCAUGGACAUCUAGUGGACCACUUUGUGAACAGGAUGCUGAACUUGAUGGGUCUUUGGCCUGGUCAGGUAGGACUCUCCUCCUUGUCUUGUGUUCUUAGACUGCAGGCAGCUGAUUGAGUGAACACUAGACUGCAAAAGUUUGUCUUUAGUACAGUGAUGUGUUGUAUGUUUCAAUUUGAGAAUGGGGGCAUUUGCUUUUGUUUUGUUUUCUGCACUGGCAGAAUCUCAGAGAAACCAAAGAAGAAAAAAUGUGCAGGCGAGCCAAGCAGCUUGGGUGUAAUAAAAAUGUAAUAUUGAGUGUUAUUGAGCUUGCUCCCUAUAAGGACGUACACAGCUGAGCUGAUCAAUAAAAUGCUAUAAUGAGUUAUAGUCAUCAGAUUGGAGUGGGGAAAAUGAAUUAGCUAUAACUUCAUACGGUCAUUUUCAGAGAAGUUACUUGUCUGGAAAAGCUACUUGCUGGCAAUCUGUGCUCCUCCGGCAGGAAUGCAGUUACAAACCACUUCUGUGUCAACAAGGAAUAAAGACAGAGCAUCUCUUGUUCCUGAGCAUGUGGCAAUGUGACAGAAAGCUACGGCCCGUGUCCUCGUGUAACUGGAGACUGAUUUGAGCUGCCAGUGGCUGAAGGUCUCUUCCUCUAGGGAAUUGGACACGAAGCUGCCUUUGCUAGCGCCGUGACUAUGAAUACAAAUUGCACGGUCGAGCUACCUAGUGUUGUAAGAAGAAAUGUAUUGCACAGUGGGCUAAUGGCAAGUCAUUGGCUGGAUUCAGACAUAUCAAUAUCAGUCUGACAAACCAUGGUUUAUUGGAUGGAAAAGAAUUGUUGUGCAUUGGUAUUUCAGCCUCUUGCAUGCCUUAACACAGGCAUAGGCAAAGUCAGCCCUCCGGAUGUUUUGGGAAUACAACUCCCAUCAUCCCUGACCACUGGUCCUGUUAGCUAGGGAUGAUGGGAGUUGUAGUCCCAAAACAUCUGGAGGACCGAGUUUGCUUAUGCCUUCCUUAACACGUUGCUUCUGCAUAUUGCUAGAUGUUUGAACUCUGAAAUUGUGGCUUAAGCCUCUGGUUGGUAUACAGAUUGCUCAGAGUAGACACAUUAGAAUUAACAAGCAUGAUUAAGCAGCUUUCUGAUGAGGAAAGGCUGCAGCAUUUGGAGCUUUUUAGUUUGCAGAAAAGGUACUUUAAGAGGUGACAUGAUAGAAGUGUAUAAAAUGAUACAUGGCAUGGAGACGGUGGAUAGCUUCCUAUGUUCCUAUAGCUAAAUGGGCAAAUAGUCCGACAGGAUAGAAGGCAGUUUCCUUUGUUCCUGUAACAAAACAAAGUACUCUUUGGCAUAUCUACUCUUCUGAGUUUUCAGGUGUUUUGACUUGCAUGUUGAUGCACAGCUCUGGGCUCAAACCUAUAAUGCUCUGAUGCCUGGGUCCAGGAUAUGCUUAUUACUGAUGAAUCUCAUCCCUAUAGCUUCUUCCAACAUUAGCCAUAUGUGUGUGGAUGAUACACAAGCCUAAGGCAUGUGCUUCUGCUAAAAACUGGAGAGCUGUGCCUUAAAAGCUGACAUGCUUGAGUGCUCUGCUAGAUGAGGCUAGAGCGUGCAAUACCUUGCAUGACUGAAUCUUACAUGAGUACAACUUGAUUUGUGCUUGCAAUUUCCUCACUAAUAAACAUACAACAUGUCCAAACUUAGCUAGGACUAAUUUACGACUGUUUUGAUGAACUGAACCACUGCAUCAAAUCCAGCUGACGAUACAAUGUUUGGGAAUGGCCUUUCUUCCUUUAAAUAAUGCAGCCUAGAGACUAUGGACUGGAGGAGAAAUUCAAUUCGGUUUGCAUUUAAAGACACUUUUGCACUUUCUGAAACAAUGUGAGAAUGGAAGCACAACUGUCCUUUGAAAUUUGCACUUAUCUGAAUUUCGUGAUGGAGUUCUCUGACCUACCAGCGUUUACAGAAAUGCACUGUAUUGCUUGUGAAAUGUGUACAAAAUACAAACAUGUCUUUACUAGAAGAAGCUCACAGAAAUGCUGAAUAAUUUUCAUGAGAUUUUUUAAAGAAAUGCAAAUUACUGCAGAAAUGUGGAGAACUGAAUAACUUGGAAAACUGAGAGAAGCUAAAACUGAGGGAUAAUAAUAAAAUUAAUAAUACCAUUUAAUGCCAAAAUAAGCAUCUAAGCAGUUUACAAGUAUAAAAUCAAAUUCUAUUAAAAUAUAAACCAUAAUUUAAAUACACAAUGUAUGCAAUAAAACAAUUCAAUUAAAACAAUAGUAAUUAAAACAGGACCCACAGCUCCAAAGAUCAAGGGAACACAUAUGUAAACAAGUGCAACUUCAAAAGUUGGUGGAAUACCAAGUAGGAUAUAAUUCAACAGGGUGCAUUCUAUAACACUGGUGCCACCAUAGAUAAGGUCCACCUCUUCAUCGCCACACCGAUAAUAAUUGUGGUGAUUUUUUAUUGAAUGUUGCAAUAUUGGACUGUUGGUUUCUGCAUAACUCCUCUGCACUUGAACACUUUGAGUUUGUCUUCACUCCCUGAAGCUGUUCUUUAGUUCUGCCAUGUUUCCUGUGGCAAAAUGAAGAAGACGUUUCCUUACACCAGGAGUGGUCAACAUGGUCCCCCCAGAUGUUGUUGCCUACAGCUCCCAUCACAUCUCAAUUGGCCAUGCUGGCUGGAGCUGACAAGAAUGGGAGUCCAGCAAUAUCAGGGCCUCACGUUUCCCCAGACCUGAUCUAAACAUUCUGAAGAACAGCCUGAUUUCUUAUCCAAAUGCAAGUUCACCACAAGAAACAUUCUUGUUGCAUCAUUCCUGGCUGGUCACAUUUGCUUUGGGACUUUUCCAACCCUCCGUUAAUCACUGUAAAUGGGAAUAACUAAGCAUCUGCCUUUUUGAAAGCACAGAGGCAACACUUUCAUAAGCGAGAUGGACAUUUGUGUUCUUUAAUUAUUAAAAAAGAAAACUUCUAAUUAGGCAGCACAACAAAGACACAAUGCAGAGAUCCAUUUCCUCCUUUAUAUUAUUGCCGGCCUCUCCUGUCCGCCUGGGAGCCUGCUUAUUGCUUGUAACUGACUACCCCCUUCCUCAGUAUCUCUUAAUUAAAUAGCUAUCAGACACCAAGCAUGAGCCUGCGUUGAUGGGCCUGGCCGUUUAGCAGACCUUACACUUCUGCAUGUGAGGCAGCAUUCUUGUGGGAAAACAAUGAGAUUAAAAUAUUUUAAUACACUCUUGGCAGCGCUUCCGCUCGACGUCCAGAUGGCCUGGGUUACCAAUGUUGACGGGUAUUAUUGAUGCAUUUCCUCACAUUCUCUUGCUGAUACAAGCAGAGGGAUGUCAUAUUUGGGGGCUGGCAAUUUUUUUGGUCUCCAUCCAUAUGCUACUGUUACAAUUUAUUUGUCUGCCUCAAGUCGGAUGAAGUAUGGAAUAAUGGGAUGCACCGUACCCUUUAAUUACUGGGAUUGUUUAUUUGUCAGUUGGUCAUGAAGAAUGACAGAUAUUUAUCCUAUGACGAAUGGAAGGACGGUGGUUUUAUCUGCUUUACCUGGUGGAAUUGUGUUUUGCCAAUUUCUUUUUAUAGUCUAUUGAAUGCAGUUAGAAUCAGACGCUGACAGUUAUGUCAGUCAAGAGCUGGAUGUCUCAACUUGAUGCUGGAGUCAUUUGAGCAUAGGAAGAGCACAAUGCCCUUCUCCAAAUGUUGUUGGACUGCAUCUCCCAUCAUGUAUGUGUGACAUUAUGCAUGCAAUGUGCACACAUCACAUCGCCAGGUGGAGGCCAAAUGGAGAGCCCAGCGUGGCAUGGCUCAAUGGCUGGCUCCUCCUGUGAGAGAGGAAGAUGCACUGCACUGGGCUCCCUGCUUGGCUGCCUCCGGAUGAUGCAACGUUGCAUGUGUAUUGCAGGUUAUGCAUAUGACAUUUCACACGUGCAAUGCACAUCGUUGGGAGGAGGCUGAGUGAGGAGCCAAGUGCAGCGCGGCUUCCUCUCUCAUGUUUGGGAGGAGCCAGCCAUUCAACCUCCUCCACCCCCUCAACAUUCAGGGGGCUUGGCCCCCUCCCAGCAAAUAUUGAGGGGGCCAAGGACCCCUCCAUUGCUAUGCCAUAUUCAGUUUUCUCUGUGCCCUAGCAUGGUUUGGGACACUGUCAGGACCUGCCAGGACUGGAAUCAAGAACCGUUAGCUUUGUUUGUUGAGAUACCAGAGCUAUUACCUUGGGCAAUGCAUCAUUGUUCGGCUACCAUGAGAUAGAUUGGGCUGAGACAUGGGCUUGUAUAAAAUGAUGGUUCUACUCAGAGUAGACCCAUUGACAUUAACAGGCAUGAUCAAUGGGCCAAUUGAUUUCAGUAGGUCUAUUCUGAGUAGAACGGACAUUGGAUGCAAUCUGUUGUGACUGAGAUGGGUUUUGAACCCAGGACCAGUCUAAAUUUUACACUCUUGCUUCUACACCUCCGUGCUUCUCUUAGAAGGCAGAGUAAUAAAAUACAAUAAUUUGCAUUUGCUCUUUCCUGUUUGGGGUUUCUAGAAAUUACAAGACAUGGGCCAAAGCUACUCAUCACUUGGCAUCACUUGUUUAGGGAAGCUUUUAAUGUUUAAUAGGUUAUUAUAUUUUAAUAUUCCGUUGGAAGCCACCCAGAGUGGCUGGGGAAACCCAGCCAGGUGGGUGGGGUAUAAUAAAUAAAUAAAUAAAUAAAUAAAUUAUUGUUAUUAUUAUUUAUUAUUUAUUAUUAUACUGAAAAAGACCCUUCUUCUCAUUUAGCUAUUGGGGGAUACUUGGGGUGGGGUUUUUUUUGGGGGGGGAGCAGUGAAGUCUGUUUAAUAGGCAACAGUUGACAUGGAAAAUUAAUUGGUUCUUUUCUAACUGUGGCACAAAUGUGCCACCUUCCUCCCCCCCAUUUGUACAAGUGGCACGUGCAUGCCAUGCAGGCUGCACAAUUAAGGUGAGCAUGUUAUGCAGCAUACUCACAGGGCCACUGUGGAUUUUUGAGGGGGCUGACCCCCUCCUUGAAAUUUUGGUGGUGCCCUUGCACCCCCUGAUGAUGCCUAUGCUGUGGUACCAUUUACACUAUACAUGUAGAGCAGUAUGGUGCCACACUGAAGAGAAUUCUGCAGUUCCCAGAGUGGCUGAACAAUUAAAGCCCUAUUCGCAGGAAACUCUGGGAACUGUAACUCUUGGAGGGGAAUAGGGGUCUCCUAUCAACUCUUAGCAAACUACAACCUCCAGAAUUCUUUUGGGGAAAGAUAUGGCUGCUUAAAGUGGUGUCAUAGUGCUUUAAAUGUAUGGUGUGAAUGUGCCCUGUAUGAUUCUUUGAUGCCUUCAUCACAGAGUGGCUGCAGUUCAAAAGACUACUUUAAAGGAGUGUUCAAAGACUGGCAUGCAUGGAAUUUUAGAUUCCACCUCUUUAACAGUUGUCUUUCUGCAAAUACUGUAAACUGAAUUCCUCCCUCCCCGAAAAUUCUCCUUAGUUUCAAAAGCAAUGUGGGUGGGACUGGACUUAUCCCAGACUGUGUGUCUAUGGAAAUUGCUGUGUGGUCCUAGAGGGGGGAGAGAAGUUGUUUUUAACCUUUCUUUAAAAAAGAAGAUUGUUUUAAAUUGUUUUAGAAGUUAUAACUGUAUUAGGAUUGACAUGUUUGCUGCUCUGAGCUCCUUUGGAGAAAAGUUGUGGAGUAGAAAUCGAGUUAAUAAUAAAAUAAAAAAUAAUUUGUCUCAUGAUUGGAGCAGAAAUCAAUCCAGCCAAUAUUAUCAGUAUUCACUGUUGUUGCUUUCAGUCUAUAAAUGAUACCUAAUUGAUAAUGUUCCCCAUUUGCAUUGCAUUUCCUUUAUAUUGAAGUGAAUUGGGUGUGUUGACAAUGUGACUUGCUCGGUUUGUGCAGCUUUUUGCAAUUACGUGAAAUAUGAUGUAUUUUUGUAGGUGGAAGACUAAUUUCAGUGGAAUGGGAAUGGUGCUUCUGUGUGACAAAUGUGGGGUGAAAAAUUACGCCUUGGAAUCAUAGAGUUGGAGUGCAGAAAUCACAUCCUUCUUAAAUCCCUAAAGAAUGGUACUUAGGAGCACAGUAGGCAGCCAUUCUGUGCUCACAGUAAAGCCUAGCUAAGGACAUUAUGAGGUUUUCAGGAAGCAUGGGCUCCUACGAAUGCACCAGAGCAAGGUCCACCUGAGAGAAUGAAUGAAAAAGACACUUUCUGAGCCACAGCUCAAGGAUGACAAAUCUGGUCGGCCAGGGGGCAUGGCUUGGGCUAUUUAAACAGCUGCAUGGCUGGGGGGCUCUCCCUUCUUGCCUACUCGUGCUUCGGAUCUCCCGCCCUCCCACCAUAUUUUCAUGUGUUCACCAUCUUGGUCUUGCUAUGGACCAUGAUUGGUCACCUGUUGAGGGGGGCAGGUAGGAAUUUUCCCACUUGGUAAAUUGACACCAGCCAUGUGGUUUUUGCCUGCCUCGUAGCAAUCGUCACAACUUUGUAAGGUUUGGUGGUUAGGCAUUGGAAAAACCUGGUUUAUGGGAGGGGAGGUGAAGGCCUUCACCUGCCCCUCCUCUUUAAGGGUAUUCUGUUAAAGGGAUCUGGUGUGUGUGGAUCUUGUCUGAAGCCCAACUAAGGGCUAAGGCCAUGCCAUGACCCCAUGAGGGACCCUGGGGGAGUUUGCAGUUAAUGGUCAUUGGCAGGUGGUUGACCCUUACUGGACCACCUGCAUGGCGGGCAGGAGUCAGAUAUAGUCAUUUCUAGUCCAGUGCCUAAGCCAAUACCACUCACAUCUGUAACCAAUAAAGUUGUGGCCUUAUUUAGCCCAUAAACACAAAAUUCUGGUGUCCUUGACAUGCAAAAAGACACUUUGCAAACACUUCUUGCCAUCUCAAAAUUAAGGCAAAUGUAACACACAGACAGACAGACAGUGGUGUCGCAAUGGGGGGCGGGGGGGGCAGUAUGCCCCGGAUUCCAUGUCUGCAGGGGUGACAAGUCACCCCAUGGGGGCUCGCGGUGGUGCGAGAGGCCAUUGUGCCGCCGCAGCUGCAUGUGGAGGAUCCUCCGUUCGCGGCUGUAGCCGCGAGCAGAGGAUCCCGGCGCCGGCGGCAAAUCGCUAAGUACAGCGCAUGUGUAGUGUUGCACGCAUGCACUGUACGUGGCGAUGCCACACAUGCGCUAUAUAGCGGUUUGCCACUGGCGCUGCUCCAGUGCCUUACAGAUGGUGCCGGGAUCCCUCCAUUGCCGCUAUAGCCAUGAACGGCUGUAGUGGCGGUGGAGGGAUCCCAGCACCGUCCGUACGGCACUGGAGCGGCACUGGCGGCAAACCGCUAUACAUGAGUGCACAUGAGUGCAACACUGCACAUGCGCUGUACUUAGUGAUUCGCAUGCAUUGUAUGUAGCGACACGGCACAUGCACCCUACAUAGCAAUGCCGCCCCGGGUCUCACGACACCUUCCUUCGUCCCUGCAGAGAGACAAAAGGAUGUCAUCAAAAUCUUCUGUCCUUUGUGAUCAUUUUUGAAUGCAAAUUGUCAUGUCUUUAACUGGGGGUGAAUGGUCUUAAACUGAAGGAAAAAAUUGGGCAUAGGACUACUUUAAAUGAACACAGCCCUGAUGAAAUAUUCUUGUGCAAAUAGUUCUGCUUGCAUAAAACAUUUUCAGAAGUAUUGUUGUUGGCUAAACUGGAGACCUCACACAUGUUGACAAAGUAAUUAUAAACUGAAUUAUAAAUACCACCCUCUUUUUUAAGCAGUUGUUUUGGACUGAACAAGGGAAAAGGACGUGGAAACUUUUUUGUUUUUUUAAAAAGAGGGAAUGUCCUUAUCUAGUUGCUGCGGUGACAGAUUGGUGGGAGAUACAUUAGCUCUAUAGCAACAGCGGAAUUAAAUUUUCUGCCCAAUAUUGAAAUAUCAGUACCUAAUUUCCUGUAUCUUCAUAAUAAAUCACACUAAUGACCUUGGAUAUAUAAUCUGGUCUAUGCUCAAGAGCUUACUUAGCAAAGGAUAAUAUGAAGGGAUUAACUCCUGUGCUGGGAGUGUUGACCUAAGCCUUGGGAUUUAAGGAAAUCUUGAUUUCUUUGUAAUGAAAAAGUAGAGAUGUAAGUGUACAAUGUCCCGUAGAUGUGCUUGGGUCUCUUGCUACAAUGUGGCAUAGUGAACAAAUAGAUUCUUUUUUUUAAAAAAAGAAAGAAAAGAAAAUGCCUCCUAAGUAUCUGCACACCAUGAAUGUUCAGUGUCAAGUAAUAGAUUUGGAUCUCUAUUAGCAGUGCCAUUCCUCAAGAGAACUACUUUGAGGUUGCAGUCCUAAACAUUCUUACUAGGGAGAAAGCCCCACAAAAGACAGGGGGCCUUACUUUCAGUAUACCUAUUUCCCAUUGAAAAGACAAGGAGGUCAGGUUGGAGGCUGUGGGUAGGAAGCUGGGGACCACCGGUUUGUGUGUGAUGAUAAGAGCCUGCUGGAUCAGGCCAGAGGCCCACCUAGUCCAACAUCACAGUACCAACCAGAUGCCUGUGGGAAAACAUCAAGCAAGACCCCAGCACAAGAACACUUCUCCCUCCUGUAGUUUCCAGCAACUAGUAUUCAGAAGCAUUUCUGCCACCAGCUACAUCACCAUGAUAGUAGCCACUGGUGUAGCCUUCUCCUCUAUGAAUUUGUCUAAUCCUCUUCUAAAGCCAGUCAAACUGGUGGCCAUCUCUGUCUCCUUUGGGAGCGAAUUCUGUAGUUAAGAACUGUUUCGACUGUUCUGAAUCUUCCAACAUUCAGUUUCACAUGAUGUCCCUGAGUUCUAGUGUUAUGAGGGAAGUUACAAACAUUUAUCUAUCCACUUUUCUUCACGCCGUGCAUAAUUUUAUAAACUUCUGUCAUGCCAGCCCCUUUUUGCCUUUUCUCUAAACUAAAAUGUCCCAAAUGCUGCAACCUUUUAUCAUAGUGGAGUUGCUUGAUCCCUUUGAUAAUGUUGGUUGCCCUUUUCUUAACCUUUUCCAGCUCCCUGAACCUCAAAGACACAGUGGUUCAGGCAGCUGCAUGUAUAUAAGCAAAGGCCGGAGUUUGUUUUUCUAACCAAUCCAGAACAUAGAAUUCCUCCCUGGAGAGCAGGGAGCAGGCUAAAGCUGAAAUACUAUGCACACAUAGUCCCGCUGAACUGAGAUUUAGUCCUUAAUAAACAUGCAUAAAAUUGUGCUCACAAGACAGGUGGUCCAGGAGACACCUGAGAGUGAUAGCAGCUCAUCAGUUGAGAUAUUAACCUCAAUCCAAGCAGUGCCACCUCUGAGAUCUAUGGCUGCUGCAGACAUACAUAAACCCAUGAUCAUUGUGGCAAAAAGAUGUGUUAGAGACUAGCAUGGACAACCUAAAGCCUUGGGAACAUAUCUGGUCUAAGGGUUUUUGCCUGAGGGGGAAAUCAUUUGGCACACCAAGUCAAUGGGCAAGCAACAAUACAGAGGCAAUGAAGGGUUGAACUAGUGCUGGUAGGAAUUCCAGGCCUUUCCUUGCAUCUCUUCUCUCAGUCAAGAAGUUGAGCACUUAAUUUAGUGGCAGUUUCUAUUAAGGCAAGGGUAGGCUGAGGUUCCACAAAGCAGAGCUGGCUAUAAAUUAUGAAAAGGUUAAGGAAAGCAGCCAGACAGAUGAUUCCCAAAGAAGGUAAUGUGUGUUUUAUAUGGAUCUCAUAUGCCGUCACGUGUAAUUAGCUGGGACUUUGAGGAGGGGCAGAUGUUUGACGCUCUUUCCCCUGCCUUUGUGCUGCUAGCACUAUUUAAUCAUCAGUGAUUAAUGGGGAGCUUUUGAUAACAGUAAAUUAAAGAGGGGAAAGUGCUACCAUCAUUUUAGCAAAGCUGAGUAUAUCACUAGCUCAUGGGCUAAACCCCAUGUCAGCUUGUUUUUUUAAAAAAUAUAUGUAACACUGAACCAAUCCACAUAUAAAAGAUAUGAUGCAUUAUAUAGUAAUUGCAUUUAUUACCCCAGGCACAGUUAUGUUAUUUGGGGAGCCAGGGAACACAUUGACCUGGAUCCAUAGAUAAUUGCUAUGUAGAACUACGUGACUCUCAUGAUUUUGCUGCUGGUGAGAGCAAUCCAGCUGUGUCUAUGUUUGAACCUGGAAUCUCCUGCAUGCAAAGCAGAUGCUCUGCCACCGAACUAUGGUCAAUGAUUCUCAGGUCAACAUGGACUGAUUCAAAAGGUACAGCAGCCACGGGCUCAAACACUUAAUUUCUCUUUCAACCUGAUUCUAUGAUCUUCUUUGAACCUGUCUGUCCUCUACAGACCUGGUGCUAGAUCCCAGCUGUUGUUUUGCCAAUGGUGAGAUAUGUUGCAUUGCUUCGUAAGCCUCUGAGGAUGUGAGUAUAAACCACUAGUAAAUAGCAAAUACUUUUGCUGUGACAUGUUCAUAGAGCCACAACUAUUGAUGUUUCUCACUCAGAGGACUAGUAAAAUCAUUCAGAGAGAGAAAGAGAGAAAGGGUGCUGUCAGAAAAUCAACUACCAAACCACUAAUAAUGCUAGUCUGGGGACCACGAAUAGAUAAGGAAAAAGACCACUUGGAAUUGAUUUCUCAUUUCUUCAUUCUUGUUCAUCUCUCAUUGGUAGGACUGACCCCAAAUUUUCCUCCCCUUUUACCACUUUAUUCUCCCCUUUUACCACUUCAGUGAGUUAAAUGGAGGGGAUUUCAUUGAUUUGGUGGCAGCAGUGUGAAGGGGAUGGAAUAGAUGAGCCUUCCAAAUGACCUCAGAUCCACCAUUUUCAUCUUCAAUAAGUCCUGUGCAAAGAACCUAAAGAACAGCCUGCUGGAUCAGGCCAGUAGACCAUCUUGUCCAGCACACUGUUCCACUAAGCAUGGGAGAGAAAUUCAACUUAUUUCACAUUUAAGGCAAACUGACUUAAUUCACACUUUCCAAGAAAAUGUGUGAACCAAAACACAGUCAUACUUUGAAAUUCACACAUCUCUAGAUUUUUCAGUAUGGUUCUCUGGUCAGGCUACUUGUACAAAAAAUGCAUACUAGGGUAAAGUGUGUAUAUAAAUGCAUGCUUGUGUGUACACAUACAUUUAAAGGCUAAAACACUAUAUUAGAGGAAGUUGCUUUGCAAAAUAAUGUGUAUAUUAGGAAAAAUUGCAUGUUAUUUACAGAGAAAGUCACAGUAAAAUUCUGAUGAAUUUUUCUGAGGACUUUCUGAAAAAUUACCAACUAAUCUGGAAAUAUGAAGAACCAAAGACUGGACAAAUGAGAAACUGAGAUAAGCUGAAGUUGAUACAUUUGCCCAUCCCUAGUUCUCACAGUGGGAGAAGGGAAGCCUCCAGUAAGGAUUUGAGCACAAUAGCACUCUCCCCUCCUAUGGCGUCCAGGUGGUAUUCAGAAGCAUUUUGCCUCUGACAGUGGAGUUAGAACAUAGCCAUCAGGGUUAUAGUAACCAUUGUACUGUACAAGGUACUGUGCAUUGCCAAGCAGUGUAAUUCCAAUGAAACAUCUGUGCAGAAAUUUUGAUUUGACAGGGGGCACUACUACCCUGCCACAGCAACCUUGAGGCACCUUCAUUCCUUUGACUUCCAAAAUCUGGCUAGAAAAACCUUGCCUCAGCCUUUGAGUCAGGGCCCAGCCAUUCCCAGACCCUGAACCUCAAAUCAGCUCCUUGGAAUCCCCCCCCCCAGUAAACUGCUGCAGAACCAGUAACUCCAAUGACUCAUUGUUCCUGAAGUUCCAGAGCACAUUGCCAAAAAAAACAAAAAACAAAAAACAAAAAACCUGAAAACAUAGUAUCUAGGGACUUCACAUGAAUUGCCUAGGCUUCCAGCUGGAUGCUAGACCUCAAUUCAUCACCCCAAGGCUACAGAAGAGGAGAUUAUGAUAUUUACUUUAACUUCAGGACCAUUGGUGAAGUCCUUGAGUGGCUACUGAAGUUACUAUAUAGAUACAGCUGCCAGGAUCAGAACCUCACUGAGAACUAAGAAGCGCCAGAGCUUACAGCUCCUAUAUAGGUUCUCAGUUUGUCUUCCACUGCCUCCCGCAGUUUGGUCAAACUCAUGCUGGUAGCUUCGAGAACACUGUCCAACCAUCUUGUCCUCUGUCGUCCCCUUCUCCUUGUGCCCUCCAUCUUUCCCAACAUCAGGGUCUUUUCCAGGGAGUCUUCUCUUCUCAUGAGGUGGCCAAAGUAUUGGAGCCUCAGCUUCACGAUCUGUCCUUCCAGUGAGCACUCGGGGCUGAUUUCCUUAAGAAUGGAUAGGAUUGAUCUUCUUGCAGUCCAUGUCAAGAGUCUCCUCCAGCACCAUAAUUCAAAAGCAUCAAUUCUUUGGUGAUCAGCUUUUUUUAUGGUCCAGCUUUCACUUCCAUGCAUCACUACUGGGAAAACCAUAGCUUUUACUAUACGGACCUUUGUUGGCAAGGUGAUGUCUCUACUUUUUAAGAUGCUGUCUAGGUUUGUCAUCACUUUUCUCCCAAGAAGCAGGCGUCUUUUAAUUUCGUGGCUGCUGUCACCAUCUGCAGUGAUCAUGGAGCCCAAGAAAGUAAAAUCUCUCACUGCCUCCACUUCUUCCCCUUCUAUUUGCCAGGAGGUGAUGGGACCAGUGGCCAUGAUCUUCGGUUUUUUGAUGUUGAGUUUCAGACCAUAUUUUGCGCUCUCCUCUUUCACCCUCAAUAAAAGGUUCUUUAAUUCCUCCUCACUUUCUGCCAUCAAGGUUGUGUCAUCUGCAUAUCUGAGGUUGUUGAUAUUUCUUCCGGCAAUCUUAAUUCCGGCUAGGGAUUCAUCCAGCCCAGCCUUUUGCAUGAUGGAUUCUGCAUAUAAGUUAAAUAAGCAGGGAGACAAUAUACAGCCUUGUCGUACUCCUUUCCCAAUUUUGAACCAAUCAGUUGUUCCAUAUCCAGUUCUAACUGUAGCUUCUUGUCCCACAUAGAGACAGAUGAGGUCUGAGCCAUGGAGAACACCAAAAGAGAUCCCCAGAGAUCUUGGUGGUUGGGUAGUUACUUACAAUGUCCUGGGUCCAAAUUUCUAACAACCUUGAACAUGGCUUGGCAAUAUGUAUACAACCAAUAACAUAACCAGUAGAUAAAAAUAGAAUCACACUCACUCAGGGUUUAGCUUUUGCUUCUAUACUUCUAAAUUGUGUGACAAUCAGAUCAAAGGACUGUGCUUUUUCUCUCUCGCACCAAGCACUACUGACCUGUGGGCCAACUUCUGUGUUCUUGCUUUUGCAAGUAUUUUAAAGGCUUCCCUGCUCUCUCUCUCCCACCCCCCUUCCCCAUCAUCUUUCCCUGCUUUCUUCCAUCAGCACACUUCAGGGCAACAGAGGCAGUUCUCUUAUCUCCCUCAUUAAUUGUUUGUGCCACACAACUGGUGACCUGAUCCAAGUGAAACUCUCUGAAGUCCUCAACCCAAGCUUCCCACUGUGGGAGGGACGUUUUGCUUGGGCAUAGUUCAGCCAGGGAUCUAAAACAGCAAGUGAGAAGGCAUUCUUCUAUUUCUUGAUGCAUCUCAUCAUGAUCCUCUCGGUCUCUUUCCUUAUAGCUAACAAUGUGCUGUAUAGUCUUGCCAACAAGCUUUGCCUCCUAGUUUAUCAAAGCCUAUUAGCAAACUUAUGUUUGGAACAUAGGAGUCUUCCUUGUACCAAGGGCUCAUCCACACUUACACUUAUUAUCCUGCUGCUUCCGCCAGGAAAACCUAUUGUUUACCACUGAAUCAGAAGAAAUGUCUAACUUUUUUGUGGUUUGAGGUUUUUUUCUGAUUCAGCAGUAGAUUGUGGUUUUUCCCAGGGAAAGCGGCAGGAUAAACCCAUGCCUAGAAAGCAUGGAACAAGUGGAAAACCUUUUGGACCUGUACUUUUUAGGCACAGGUGAAGUGGAAGUAUGCAUGAGCCCUAAGGGUGUAAGUGUAGAGCUUGAUGUGAUCUAUUGACUGUAAGUAUAGGACUGACAAAUAAUUAAAUGUUUCCUGUUGUGUCUUAGAAUUAAGGCUUUAAAAAUAUUAUUAUAAUUAUUACUAUUGAUUUAUUCAUCAUAUUCCAAACCACCAUUUGAAGGCAAUUCACACACAAGAUAAAAACACAAAAACAACAAAUCCAUUUAAAACAAGUGUAAAACCCUACCAAGUGGAAACUCAUGGUAAAGACCCAUUUACCAUGGGUCUUUUUACCCAUUUCCAGCUGGAAAAGCUUGCAAGAACAAAAGUGUCUUCAAUUGUUUCUGGAAAGUGCAGCUAGUGAGUGCCAGUCAUAUCUCAACAGGAAUGCUAUUCCACAGAAUAGGGGCAUCCACACUAAAAGCCCUGUUCUGAGUUCCUGCAGAGCAGGCUUCAGAGAUCUUUAGAACUUGCAGGAGAAACUCUGCAGUUGUGGAGGGAUGUUGUCAGUUCUUCCUCUCUGCACCUCAUACUAAAUUCAGCCUCAUCCUUUGAACACAGGACCAAACUGAAGUGAGAAUAAGGAAUCAUUUGCUGUGUCUGAAGGACGAGAAUAAGAAAGCCUAUCCAGAUGAGGCACACCAUGUGUUAGAUAAUUCAGCCAAGUAGGAUACCCUAUCAAUAAUUGCAAACACCUAGAAUCAUAGAAUCAUAGAGUGGGAAGAGACCACAAGGGCCAUCGAGUCCAACCCCCUGCCAAGCAGGAAACACCAUCAGAGCACUCCUGACAUAUGGUUGUCAAGCCUCUGCUUAAAGACCUACAAAGGAGGAGACUCCACCACACUUGUUUUUAAAUGAUUAUGUACCUACUUGUUUUUAAAUGAUUAUGUGAAUCCACUGAUGGUCAGGUUGCAAUUCACAGGCUCAUGUUAUACCUUUAAGGUCAUAGUUGACUUCCACACACCUCCUUCACUUGCAGGAAUCAUAGAUGAUAGGAUGACUAAAGACAGGAGGAAAAAAGAAAACAGAACCCACAACGAUUUUAUCUCUUGCUUAGAGGUAUAAUGUUCUCUGGCUUGCUGUCUGGGAAACCUAUUUUUUCUGGCAUAAGCCAAAUGGGUUGUUUUCUUCUUUUCUUUUUAUCUGUGAUGGAUCUGAGUGCUUUAAAUAUCAAUUUGCACACUUCAGAACUUCCCACAUUCCUUGAUAAUCUAGGAAAUUUCUCUGCAUCUUCCAGUAAGCACCAUCAAUCUUGUCCAGAAUACACAGACUCCUGAAAUGAUUUUAAUAUUUAAUAAAGUUUAAUAAACCUACUGAAUAAUUUUCAUACAAAGUUCAAGAUGUGUUAUUGUCUCAUUACCAUGAACUAAGCAGUGUUGCUAAUGCCAUUAAAUCAUUUGUUCUUUUGAUUUGCCGGAAGCAUUCACAUUUCAGGGAAAAUUAGACAACAAAGCAUGAUCCUGGGAAAGGAGCUUGCUUCAUUAAGCGAAAAGUUUGAUUUACUCCAGUGUUUAUCCCUAGAGUCUGUUUGCCAGUGAAUGUGCCAUUAUCUUGAAUUAUAUAUAAAAGAAUCUGUGAUCUGUUUUAAUGUGUCUCUGAAUGCAUGAAUCUUGGCAUAUGCGAGUGGGUGUUGUGGAUUUUAGUUUGGUUUCCCAUCCUAUUCUUUAACAAACUAAUUAUGGACACAAAGGCGUUGGGGAUAGCUUUCUCGAAGGAGGCAGCCCCUGCACUGUAAUGACCGUGAACUUAUUUUCCAAAUCCUAAGGGUGCGUGGAGUUCAGUAGAUGUUAUUCUUAGGAGCCGCUUGCAUUGCACUGUCUUAGCAUUUCCAUAUAUACUAGGGAGGUGGAGAUACCCCAACUGUCCCAUUUAUUGGGAACAAUACAGGGAUGUUGUGGAUGCAAGGUCCUGCAUUUUUGAUCCUGCAUUGAAAAUGAAGUUGGAUUAGAUGACCUCUGAAGUUCAGCUCUAACUUUGACUUCCUGUUUACUCAGGGGAAGGGCAUUCCAUUUCAAACCCUACUAAAUCAGAGACAAUGUAAGCAAGUCAUUCCCAGGUAUGAGAACUGUGGUCUUUGCACUCUUUAUAGAUGGGGUUGCACUCCCUCUGAAGGAGCAAGUAUGCAGUUUAGGUUGCCUCCAUGGCAAAGACCACCUACCACCAACUUUGUCUGGUGAAUCAACUGCACCCUUUCCCUGCCUCAAGGAUAACUUGGACACAAUGAUCCAUGCACUGGGAACCUCAUUUUAGACUACUGUAAUGUGCCAUGUGAGGGGCUUCCCUUCAGAGUGGUUCCGAGGCCUCAGAUUGUGCAAAUGUCAUGACAGGGUGUGGAGUCAUGUUCCUUACUGCACACAGAGCUGAAGAUCUGUACUAGCUGCCUAUUAGCACAUGAGCCAGUUUUAAGGUAUUGCUCAUUAUAUAUAAAGCCCUAAACAACUCUGGGUCAGGUUACUUGAAAGGCCAAGUUCUUCUUCAUUGCCCAGUGAAGCUUGUUAGCUGCAAAUCUGUCUGUCUUUCUGUAUCAUAUAUUAAUAAGGCCCUCCCAUAAACGAAGAACUAUGCUUGCAUUAUUCAAAGUGUAGAAUACAAAGCCAUUAUCCACAAAAGUUACACUUCUUAAAGUUUAAUAAUUUAAUAUCUCAGACUUUUCACAUAAUCUUACCAUUAGGCGUAAAAACAACAACGCUGCAUAAUAUUAUGGUAAACAGUUGUGUGUGUCUUGAAAUUAUCUCAUUUUUCAAAGCAGUGUGAGGAAAUACACUAUUACAUUAGGCUGAUUCUUAUAUCCAUUUUCCAGUGUAAUGGAGAGUUUUUUUGUGUGAGAUAUAUUUAUAUAUUUCACAUAUGAUUUAUGGUCCUACAGUCCAGGAGUGACGAAGACACUGACUCAGAGGCAUAGAUGCCAACUCCUAGGGGCCAAAGCAGAUAUAUUUUGGAGGGGAUUGGGCCCCCUCAAUUUUUAGAGACUGUUCAGCACUACCCCCGGCUCUUCAUGACAUUGUGUGAUGAUGUCAUGUUGUCUCCCACCCCAUCCUCUGAAGAAGCUGGUGCUGCUCGGAGGCUACAGUGUUGCAAGGUGGGGAGCCAGAUUGGUUAUCCUAUCUCUGAGCCUGAUGGUGGUGAUGAGGAGAGCACUAGGCACAAGUCUUCUGAACAAGCUCCCACAGGUACAGGGUUCACAGAACCACAACCAGGGCUCCCACAGAUACCAUUCCAUGGCCUGAAGAACUGCAUGCCUCUUGCAGUACCUCUCCAGUCUGGUGGCACAGGAAGCGCACAAAGUGAGGAGCCAGGGAAUGCAGGGGGCAGAGGGUUGGCUCUUUAAGACACUCCAGUUUUCCAGAAGGGGACACAGCCUGGGAGAUGAGAAAUGAAGCAAAGGCCUUAAUUCAAUUCCAAUCCCUGCCUGAGCACGUAGCUCACUUGGAGCUCUCCUUGGUCCUGAAGCAACUGACCUGCCUUGCCACAUGGGCUCCCUCAUUGGGACCAAAACGUAUUAGGGUUGCAUUUUGCUCUGUCUAUACCCUGAAAUACAAUGUGAAUUUGGGUUGAUUUGGUGGAGGUUCACAUGUUUUCCUUUGUUGAUGUUUUCAAUCAAUUUUAAAGAUGCACUUCUGGGUGUACUACCUACAAUUUAGCACUCUGAAGAGGCUCAUAUGCCUAUAAAUUCCAUAAACUUUUGCCUGAAGGAGAAACUGCUCUAGACAUUUUAGAUUGCUCGUUAUAACAAAUGGGGGAAACUCUUUCAUCAGAGCAGCUUGAAGAUGGGAGUACAGAUCCAAACAGAAAGAUCACCAAGCAACUUAGAAACAGAUCACCCCCCCCCCUUAUUGCACAAAUACAAUGUGAAUCUUUGGGGCCCUGCACACCCCUAUUAAUUAUCACUACUCAUUUUAAGUUGAAUUGUUUGAAUUAUUUGAAUUCGAUUAUUAACAAACUUGCAGACCUUGAGACUCAUUUCGUAGCUUUUGAACCGGGUUGGGAAAUCUUACGUAACUCAAGUGGUUACUGGAGUACAAUUCCCAUCCAAUCUCUGUGUUGAUCAUUACAUCUGUGGCUGAUUGGAUUUGGGGUCCAGCCAUUUAAAAUGUAAUUCGAAGGGAAAUGAAGCCACCUAAAUAUCUUCUUUCCCCUCUUUUACGGUGUCAGAAUAAUAGAAAAGCAACUGCAUUUUUUAGCUCAUCAAGCUUUCAGCCUCAUUUUGAGCCUUCAUCUGCUUCCUCCUGAUCCCAAAGAUGAAGCAUAGAGAGCAUAUUUUAUGCUGCAUUAUUAUUUCUGUAUAUCAAAUGCUUCACUAAUAUAUAGGGCGCUAAUGCAGAACUUGUAAUCCAAAGGGCUUUUUGAUAGGCAUUUUCAGUUUCCAAAGUUUCAGAGAAUGGUUGUUUAGGAAAUAUAUAUUCACAGCACCACUUAUAUGGAUGUAGCUAAUGUGAUCAGUGUUGAAAUUAAUAUUUUUGGAUAGGAAGCAUGGGGUCAAAUUCUACUGUGUGUAUAUGUAUGUUGGGGGUGUGUGGAUUCAGAGAUAGGUGACCCUGAUGGGGCUCUGAUGGAGUGGUUUGUGUCUGGCCACACCCAUUAGUGGUAUGUGUCCCCCACCCCCCACCCCCAAAAAAGGUUUUCUAUGAGCGAGUGGGUCCCUCAGGCAGAAAAAGAUUCCCCGCCCCAUAGGAUUCCUAACAUUCCACAGUGGUGAGCCCAGAUCCAUCCCUUCCAAUUGGUCUGGAAAGCUUUAAAGCCACCCAACUUUUUUGGUAAGUAAGCAUUAAAAAUAACCUGAGACUUGAUACUGAUUGUUCAGCCCACUAUUUUAUAUGACUAAUCGUAUAAAAAACCAAUGACAUGUUUCAAAAUGCAGGCAGCUUUCACUUACACAUGUUCAAUAUGUGUGUGACCAUGUAUGCACGCACUGCGCUGAACUCGGAAGUGACCUGGAAACAUCAUAAAGAUGUCACUGAAACGUCACUAAAAAGGUGGAAUGGGGUGUUUGCAGGCUUUUUCAAUGAGCUUCAAUUAUAUGUGAUUUCACCGAUGCACGCAGUGCCUCAGAACGUAACCCUGUGUAAACGGGGGGCUGCCUGUAUGAAAUUCAAAAAGCAUAUGAACACUCCAACUUCUUUGUCAGAAGACACUUCAGUUUUACUUGGUCCUGAUUCCAAUUGAUUUUUUUUAUUAUUAUGUGUGAGCUUAAAUUCAAUGCAAUAUCAUCAGUAGCACCCCCACUCCAAGGGUGUUUUAUUGGAAAAAGAUGCAUAAAUAAUGCAUCAAUGGAAUGAGCUACUUAGCAGAUCGAAAAUGCUGAUGGACACUCAUGACAUAAGGAUAAAUGACCAUUUUUUGAAUUGUUUGAAUCAAGUGAAUUGUGUUUCUUUUAUGGUGAUGGUGAGAAAUGAAGUGUCAAUGCUACUAUCGACUGGGUACUUUGGACAGUUACUUUCCCAAUCAAUAAAAAGGCUUAUUUUGAUGUUAGUUUUAAAAGACCAGUGCAAACAAACAUGAGACGUAACACUUGGCAUCUGGGCUUCACUUCUGAUAAUGCUGAUGAUUCCACUGGAUUACGUAUCCUUUUGCCAAUUGCAUCUAUUCAUCAUUAAGCAUGGUAGUGUCGUGCCUCCCACGGCACCACUCUGGAUGGAGCAGCUAUGAAUGGUUUGGUUUUUUUCAGCCAACCCAGCAUAAAAAGGCUAAAACAAACAGAAAACAGCCACCAAAGGUGCAUAAAGUCUAGCUUAGGGAUGGCUAAUGUAUGACUUUCCAAAUGUUGUUGGACUUCAGCUCCAAUCAUCCCUUACUAUUGGCCAUACUGGCUGGGGCUGAUGGGAGUUGUAGUUAUACAACACGAAUUGGGCCACAGAUUAGCCUCUCCUCCUCUAACCUGUGCUAUCCAACAAUCUACAACAUAGGGAUAAGGUGAUGUUCCAUAUCCUAAGAGCCUUGUGACUUUGGGUGAAAACUUUAUUUACUCCAGCACCUUGGGUUUCUUUUCAACAGGGACCAGUCAGGUGCCUCUGGCAAGUCACAAGUGAGACAUGAAGGCAAUAGGCACUUCCUGCUGUUGCUCCCCAGCAAUUGCUAUCCAGCGGCAUACCAGAAGUGGCAUAUAGCCAUCAGGACUAAUAGCCUUUCUUAACUCAAACCACCACAAAUUUGUUCAAUCCACUUUUAAAUCAAUUACAUCUCAUGAUCACCAGCAUAUAUUGAGGGAGUGAAUUCCAUAAAUCAAUCAUGCAGUUAUUUUUUUUAAAGCACUUCCUUUUGUCUGUGCUGAAUGUACCAUCAACCAAUUACGAUGAACGAAAUCCUUUGAAAGCCCAUGAUGCUUGAUGAUAGAAAGUCAAUGGCAGGACAUUCCAGGUAGUGGCAAGUAGAGUUGUCAGAGAAUUCAGAGAAAAACAGAAACGAAAUGGGAACUAGGCAGUGUUCACUUAUUCAUCCCAUGUUUGGAAAAGAAUUCAACCCAGCAAAUGCUAUUGAGAUUCAUUGUUGUUUUCUGUCCACGAAUGAUAUGUAGUGAUGAGUACUUGAAGGCUCCCCCCACAAGUUGUGUUGUGUUUCCUUCACAUUGAAAUGAACGAUGUAGACUAAAGUAAUGACAACAUAAUUAAUUACACAAAAUUUUGCCGUAGCAGACAGUGAAACCGGUAAAAUAGGACAGAAGCUGAACUGCAGCAAAAUGGAAACUGUGUGGUAUGCAAUGAAUACAGGGCAGAAUGGAAAUAUUGUAUCCCUAGUGGCUGGUUUAAAUAACCAUCUAUUUCAUUUUCCAUGAUUCUUGCAUGCAGCAAGAAACUUAGCCAAGUUAACAUUCCACCAUAGCAGGAGGAGACUUUAUCAGUUCUCCCAGCAAAGGCCUUUCCAAACGACUUCAGGACUGUAGCGAGAAUUCUGUCAAAAUCACUGAAGCACAUCUUGACUUCUGGAGUCAAAUAGUCCAUCAUUCCACAGGGAUGCUCAUUUGGGGAACUCAUUAAUGGCUCAUCAGUUGCCACUGCUGAAAGACUUGAAAAGUAAACAGAUUCCUAUUUUUGAAUUCUAUUUUUGCAUUUAAUUUUUAAUGAGGCAGUUUGCAUUAAGCGUGUGCACACGCAAGUGUAUAUGCACCACCAUCCGUCAUAAAGAUUAUUUUAGGAAACUUUUCGUCCCCCUUGGCAGUUGCAAAGCAAAGUUGAUUGGCUUUUUAAUGAACUCUUGCAUCAGUUAGAGAAAGAGCAUUAUCUAUCAAAGUGAGGGGGGGAUGAAUAUUUUUAAAGUAAAGAUGGUGAUUUUGUUUUUGUUUUGAUUAGACCUGAAACAAGUUACACCCAACAGUAAACCCUCAUCAGGUAUCUAUUGUAUCCCAGCAGGGCUUCACUAGUCAAAUGACCCACUUUACAAAAGGCAGACCCUUAUCAGCACUUGUGUCAAGCCUCAAUCAUUAGUCAUGGUUCAACAGACCACAUAUUUCAUUUUAUGUGUAAUGCAGGUUAGCUCGGCACAGAAUUUUGAUGUCUCUCUUUUUUGGCAGCAGGGCAUAGAUACCUUCCCACUAUGCUAUGCUAAAAUCCUGAUUGGUUGAGGCUGCUCCAAAUCUGUCUGGGGAGUAAUGGGAAUAUUGUGGUUGAUUUCAGAUCACAGCUGAGCUAGUCCUGCUACUUUAUGAAGUGCUGGAUUAAGAGAGGAUGGCUUGGAACUUUGCAGAUUGAAAAACACACAGACUGCUACUUAUUGACCUGUUUCCUCCAAUAUUUGAUGCUUUUUCUGCACAUAGCAUUGCAAGAAAGUGCAAGCUCCCCUGGUUAUCCAGAGCUUAUAUGAUCAGUGAGUUUGCACAAACAGGAAGAACAGAGAGGGACACUUCUUUACCGAGGUCGAUUUUCAGCAAAGAAGCACUAAACAUAAAAACUUACAGUCUUAGUCGCCCAUAGCAAAGCAGUCAUGCUCUCUAAAAUUCAAAUCGAACACUCAGAUAUGGGAGGAGGAUUAGGAAAGGAUUAUCCUGGGGCUUUUGUUCCAGCCUUUUAUUUCUAUUUCUUUCUUUCUUUUACUUUUGCAGAUUUAUGGCUUCUUUUAUAUAUAGCUUUUUACAGCCCUUUAAACCUCCUAUUUAUUGUUAUCAUAUCUCGCUAUAAUAAUAAAGUCUCACCAGCUCCAGUAUUUCAAACGAGUUUAGUCAGAAUGUUUCAUAGUUCAUUGUACCAACUGAGAAAGCAGCAGUCCCCCAAUGAAGGAUAUUUUCCCUACAUGCACACUGAUGCAGUUGGGGCAUUUGUUCAAAACCCAGUUAUUUUGUGAUGCCUUUGUUGGUCACUAAUAGUCCAUUAAGGGCAUUAAAAUCAACACAGAGAACCUGGCUAGCCUUAGCAUUUCCUAUCUGGUUGUGAUGAUGCAGAGUCAGAUUUUUUCACUGCUGACAACAGUGUUGCAUUUCAGCAGGGAGAGCAUUCUACAAGAGGCCCUCUCUUUAUUGGCACCCUGCCGGCUUUUGAAAAUGCCCCUCUUUACACAGGCAUUCCCUUGAUCUAUUCAUGUGGGUCUGGUGUUUUAAUUUGUGUGUGGAUUUAUUGCACAUUUUAAUUAGGGGCAUUUCUGCUUUAAUGUUUUAACAGAAUUGUUUUUAUUAGGGGAAAGACUAGAUAUUAAUAUUGUUAUUGUUUAGUCAUUUAGUCGUGUCCGACUCUUCGUGACCCCAUGGACCAGACCCCAUGGACCAGAUACUACUAAUAUUAAUAUUAGUAGUAUUAAUAAAAGCAUAUUUUAAUUAUGGCAUGUUUUAAUGUUUAUAUUAACAAUUGUAUACUUCUUACAUUUGUAGACCACUUGGAAGUCAUCUUGGCAUCAAGGAGGUCAGACAUGCUCCUCACUGUUUCUUAGCAUGCCUAGACAAAUGUGGUCCAACUUUUUAGACCAAGUGGGCUGCAAGAGAACUUUGACAUGGAACUCAUGGGCCGUACACUGCCUUAUCACGUGGAGGUGGGGAGGAGUGAGGCCAAAAUUUUACACCCCUCCCCAGCCUUCACACUCCCUUCCCAAAGCUGGCUAAGUGAAGCACUGGGCUUUGGGAAGGAGACGUGAGGCACUGGCUGGAUCCCCAAGCUGGGGAAGUGCUAACUUGGCUUUGGGAAUGUUAAGUAUAAUUGAUAUACAGUGGUAUCUUGGUUCUCAAACUAAAUCCAUUCCGGGAGUCCGUUUGACUCCGAAACUGUUCAAAAACCAAGGUGUGGCUUCCAUUUGGCUGCCUCGGGCUGGCAUUUUUCUUAUGAAAUUAUUUGGAUGCAUCUUUGAUGUUUCUGUUUUGUUUUGAAGAAAGUUCUCCAAGUAAAGUCUUAAUUAAAGUCAAGGGCCCCGACAAUGUGCCCCCCCGAAAGAAGUCAGUUUUCAUGCAUCCCAGGAGUGCCAGCUUGGCUCCAAGACAGUGGGUGCCUGGGGCCAUGGGUAGCAUGCAGUGUGCAUAGCCCUGGCACCAAAAUUUGCAGGUGCCCAUCCCCUUCAUGGGGAAUUUUGUGGGUGCUUGGGCACCCAGGGCCCCAGAGAGCCGACACCCAUGGUGCAUCCAGUCACUUCAAACUAUGCAAUAUUAAUUUUUGCAAUGGGGAAGGAGGCAGGAGGACUCUACGACCCUGUCAGAGCCCUCACACCUCCUUCCGCUUACCUGGCUUUGGGAAGUUAGAGCAAGUGCUGGGGGUGGUGUCAAAUGUUGCUAAAGGUGAUGUUGUGGGAUUGCUACAUGUCUCAGAAGUGGAGGGGCAGCUGGCCAAGUCAGUCUCGACCCAUCCUCCUGAAAGCAAGCUUCACUUGGUAGCUGAGGAGCCAGCUGGCCAAUUGGUACAACUGACUCGAUCAGAGGUGGAGGGAGAACCAGAGGGCUGGACUUGAGUCCAAUCUUCAAGGAUCUACCACCUUCAGCACAGGCAUGAACAGAUGUAGAUCUCAGCCCCUGCGAGUGCUCAGAGGUGGGCAAAGUUUUCACACUUGGAACAAGAACCAUAAAAAUGACUAGGCCCAUAUCACAUUUUAGAAGUUCAGUGGCGGGGGAAGUGUCAGGAGUUGGGACAAUAUCUUUGCUUUUGUCUGGACAUGACUAAGAGCUGGGAAAAUGGGGUUCAAAACUCCACUCUGCCAUGAAGCUCACUGGGUGGCUUUGGGCCAGUCACUCAAUCUAACUUACCUCACAGGUUUGUUGUGGGGAUUAAAUAGGGAGAGGGGGUAAAACCAUGUACAGCACCUUGAGUGCCUUGGAGAACAAAGGUAGGCUAUAAAUAUAUCAAAUAAUCAAUCAAUCAAUCAAUCAAUCAAUCAUAGGCUUUGCUGAUGUACCUUUUGAGCUGUGCAACCUACAGUCUGAAGUGGUGCUAAGACUAUGUGUCAAUUUCUUUUAUACAUCUUUCAGGGGUUUUCAUAGCCAGCAGUCCAUGUGUUUUAUACAAGGGUGGGAGCAGGGACAUCAGGGGCUAAAUGAGGAGACUUAAGAGAGUGCAACCAGGUUUGCGGGCCAGUGGUUCCCUACCCCUGGUUUAUCUGAAAGUGGCUUUUAUUGGUAUGAACCCAUUGUCUAGAAGACCAUUGUAUUAUGUGUGUUUUAAAAAGAAUGGAGCCUUAAUUAAGGUACAAUGUUAAUCUUUCCCAAGUGCGAAAGUAAAAAGAAGAAGAAGAAGGGGGGGGGAGCCAUAGUAAAGAGCAGAGUUUUCUGCCAUAACAUUAGAGGGGCUAAUAAUCUUGAGAUUUAUUGUGGAUUUUGAGCCUUUAUCUCUGGAGAAAUGAGCAUAGAAGAAUUAGGAGCGAGAAAGUGCUGUCCGUUGUAGUGAGCAAUUAUUCCAGCCCUCAUGUUAGGGCAUUAUAGGGCUUCGGAAGUUCUCAUUAAUUCAGAAUCAGUUUAAAUAAAAAGGUUUAUUUAAAAGAGGAAGGGGAAGGCAGAAAACAAUUGAAAACACAUUGCCUAUAUUUACUCCGUGUGGUAGGAAGUUCUGAGAGAAGCCUCUUAAAGGAUUGCUAGGGAUAGGGAGGAGUUUGAUGUGGUUCAGAUUUAAAUGAGAACCUACCCACUUCCUGAAACAACUUGUGAUCCAAAGCUCAGCUCUCCUUCAAAAUGUUCACCUCUCCAAAUUUUGUGAUGCAGUUCCCCAAAUAAUGUACACAGUAAUGCAUAUAUUAGGUAAAGUGUGCAUGAAUGUGCAUAUAUUGAUGAAAAUGACCCCCAACACCCCUCCAUUAUAUUAAAGGGAAUGCUUCACAAAAAAUAUUUCUAGCAAAAUUGAAUACAACAGGGAGUAUAUUAGGAGAAAUAUGCUCUAAAAUGCUGAUGGGUUUUAACAACAACAACAACAACUGAUGCAGAGAUUUGGAGAAUUAAAUGUAGGACAUUGAAAUAGAGUAGAUACUAGGAGGGUGUUGUAAGACUGUGAAUAAAUGUGUGUGUGUUUGUUGAUGUGUAAGAAAGGAAGUAUGUGUGUGUGUGUGCUUAUGCAUGCAUAUGUAGGAAUGGUAGGGAAUGGUACUCUGCAUUUGUCACAUGCAGCACUGUUUCCACUCCACUGCAGUUCAUUUUCUGCCUUUUAAAUUUUUUUACAUUAAAUGCAAAAUGGGGGUUGGGAACUGCAAGCAAUUAUAUAUGUUUUGGGGAGAUAGAAAGCCACAGCAAUACUAAUCACAUUCCCUGGAUUUCUGUUCCAGACAUGGGAGUAGUAAGUAGUAAGGGAAGUUUCCACUCCCAUUUCCAGUUCUGGCUCAAUUCCCUGACAUAACUAAAGAAUGAGUGUGUAGGACAUUAGCGUAUAGGAGAGCACCUUGCUCACUUUUGCAUUAGCAUCACUCACACCCAACCCUGGCCUGCAGACCUCAUGAAGGUUUGCCGAGCUCAUGCUGAAAAUGCUCCCGCUCCUUGAUCUAGAGAUUACAAUAGAUGUACGCUGCCUUUUGCCACAAACUGUUUGGGUCCAAUGUUGCAUGCUGAACAGGUAGACAGCAUCCCUGCAGGGAUGAUGAUGAAAAUCCCAUAGGUUGCAACAUUAAAGCACAAUAUUAAAAACAGUUUGAAACAACUUACAAUCACAAAAGUGAAAUGGGUCCUAAAAAUAUUAAUUCCAGGUAUCAAAAUAGCUGCGUGUUCACAAUUCAUCAAACGCUGUAUAAUGAAGAUGCCAGACACACCUCUCUAGGGACUGCCACAUAGCAAGCCAUCUGUCAGGCCACACCACCUCCAAGCUUCAAAGGCUGGUGGAACACCCAAGGGAAUGAAGUGGUCUUUCAGAUAUUUGGGGCCUUAGUUGUUUAGGGCUUCGAACAUCUUGAAUUGGGCCUGGUGACAAACCAGCAACCAAGGCAGGUGUUUUAAAUGUGAGAACUCCAGUCAAUAAUCUCACAGCAUUAUGGACCAUUUCAAGUUUCCAAGUCAUCUUCAAGGGCAGCCCCAUGUAGAGCACAAUGAAAUAAUCUAACCUGGAAGAGCAUGGAGUAGAGGGCCAAGUUAUUUCUGUCCGAAAGGGUCUGUAGAUUGUGAACCAGUUAAGUGCAGACAGUGCUGUUGUACUUGGUUCCUGCUUGUGGGCUUCCCAUAGGCACCUGUGAGGCCAGGAUUCUGGACUGGAUGGACCUUUGGCCUUAUGCAGCAAGCCUCUUAGGUUCUUAUGAUAUGAUUCCAGCGCUUUAAGAUACCAGAACUAGGCUCUGGCAAGAUCUGAAGGAUCACAGUUUCCCCAGCCCUGGAAUUCAUAACUAAAUGUACUUACAGAUAAAAUACAGAACUCCACCUUUUGCUUCAUCAAAGACUUACGGUUUCUUGCAUGCUUAAUAUUCAGUAUUACAACCCUUCCCAUUACUGACUGUAAAUAAUAGCAUUAAAAACCAGGCAGCAUAUUUCUAACAUCAUAUCAACAUAAAGUGCCUUUUAAUAUUCACUAAAACCAAUUUAAUGUGAAUGAGUUUACUGAUUUAAUGUUUUUUUUAGCUAGCAAAUGUUUAUUUAGUACGACUCUCUGAUGUGAAUUAAAUAGUGUUUUAGAGCAGCAAAAGUGAGCAUUUAUUUAUAUUACAAAUGAUUUGAAAAUGAGAAGGGAUAUGAUAUAUAAAGGGGUGGAAAUUUUUAUGAUACAGAGUUGACCUAAUUUGGGCUCUUAAACUUGCUUUUUGCUACCAAGUCACUUCACAUAGGGAUGUGGUCUUGUGACACCAUGCUGUUUGGGUGAAUAUUAAUCAGGUUUGCAGUAGCAAAUCGAAAAUGGCCAUUGCUUUCUUGGAUGCAGACAGUGCAGUGGUCCAGGGGUUCAAAUGUCACUGACAACUGCAUAUAUCCAUAAGGGUCAUUUAUUGUUGCCAUGAUCACUGCUUCAAAAUUCUGCCUUACUGGUGAGACAAGGAAACUGUUCAGUAAGUCAGGGAUUAAGGUAUCAUCCAGCAAAGGUUUCAGGGGAAGUUCACUGGGAUAAGGUGUUGCUUCAGCACUUUGGUGUAGGUGAGCCAGUGUGGUGUAGUGGUUAGUGGUUAGAGUGUCAGACUAUGACCUGUGAGACCACGGUUCAAAUUACUACCCAGCCAUGAAGCAUGGGCCAGUCACUGCCUCUCAGCAUAUCCUGCCUCACAGAGUUGUUUGGGGGAUGAAAUGAGGAGGGGGGGAACCAUGUACACCACUUGAAGCUCCUUAAAGAAAAAGGUGGGGUAGAAAUGGAAUGAAUAAAUAAAUAAUGAAUUGAACUGCUUGGCUCUGCUGCCAACUUUUCAUUGGCAUGUCAGUGUCCUUGCCCUCAUAGCCAGAUGAAGAACGUGAACUCGGGUUUCUGUUUCUGCCAAAUUCUUUGGAGCUUAAAUCUGAGCAAUACAUAGGUAAGGCAAGAGCUAAAGGCACAGCAGGUGAAUUGCAUGUCUAAGCUCCAGUAGAAAUGCUGACUCAACAAGCUUCAUGCCCCCUACCUCUUCCUUUUGAAGAGCAGGGUGGGCACAAGCCUUAGUGUGGCAAAUGACAGGCAUCUCUGGUCUGGGAAAGCACUUCUGGACAUGCACUCUGCAAAUGGGUUGGGCCUGUGAAGUUUGUUUGCACCAGCGCUGGCAACACCAUGUCCUUGACGAUGGAGGUGCUGGCACAGUAUCUGACUUACUCUCAGGUGCCUCCCCACGAGGCUGCUGCUAACUGACAGGAGUGAUAGGAGGGACUGGCAGUGGCCCUUCCUGAGGUGUCUGACUAAAGGUGUCUCUUAUCACAGGGGUGGGACACAUCUAUGACAACCCACUUGAACCUUCCUCAGGACCGAGCUCCUGACACUUUGGACCACUGGCCCCCUUCUCCAGCUCAGACAUAAUUUUGACCCCCUCAUCCCUCUCAGACUCUACCCCUGGUCAUCUCUCCAACUCCCUCCAUCUUCCUCCUCCACCUCAGAAUCCACUCAUCCCUUCCAUGACAUCUCCACUGGGCUUAUGACACUCAGGAAGGCUCUGAUCUACAGACCAUGGAAGUCAUCUGGCUUCCUCCUCAUGAGAAGGGAUGGAAGGUGAUGUGUUAAAUACGGGACCAUCUCUCUGAUAUUGGUCUUCUACUCAGGCACUACCACUGUCUCUGCUUCUGAGAUAGGACCCAUUUGGAGAUCCUGGAGGGUUUGGAUCUGGUAGUGGCACCAGUAAGGGCAUAUGGAUUGCCCCCCACCCCCACCUCAAGCAGGGUAUCUUCCCAGGUGGUGUUAUUAGGGUGGUGGUGGUCUGUAUCUUCUGACUCCCCUUGAACUCUGUGUGUACUAGAACAGGUGAUAGGGUUAUUUUCCUCCUCAAAGAUCUCAUCUGGUUAUAGGCUGUUCCUGAGAGAAAGCUGGUGGAACAUAGAAUCAUAGAAUCAUAGAGUUGGAAGAGACCACAAGGGCCAUCGAGUCCAACCCCCUGCCAAGCAGGAAACACCAUCAGAGCACUCCUAACAUAUGGUUGCCAAGCCUCUGCUUAAAGACCUCCAAAGAAGGAGACUCCACCACACUCCUUGGCAGCAAAUUCCACUGUCGAACAGCUCUUACUGUCAGGAAGUUCUUCCUAAUGUUUAGGUGGAAUCUUCUUUCUUGUAGUUUGGAUCCAUUGCUCCGUGUCCGCUUCUCUGGAGCAGCAGAAAACAACCUUUCUCCCUCCUCUAUGUGGCAUCCUUUUAUAUAUUUGAACAUGGCUAUCAUAUCACCCCUUAACCUCCUCUUCUCCAGGCUAAACAUGCCCAGCUCCCUUAGCCGUUCCUCAUAAGGCAUCGUUUCCAGGCCUUUGACCAUUUUGGUUGCCCUCCUCUGGACACGUUCCAGUUUGUCAGUGUCCUUCUUGAACUGUGGUGCCCAGAACUGGACACAGUACUCCAGGUGAGGUCUGACCAGAGCAGAAUACAGUGGCACUAUUACAGGAUAGUGGCAAGAUCCCACUUCUGCUCUCCAUGCAUCAACCUAUUCUGUAACUCACAAACUAUGUGUGCAUAUGCACCCUGAAUAUUGGCAGGCUAUAGAUUUCAUACAGUGAGGGUAUUAAUUUAAUGCUUGCACACGUUAUAUAGAUGAGCUAGUCAACAUGUGAAUAUCAGGAUCAGAACCAACAUCAACACCUCUUCCACACAUUUAGGGUGCAUUCAGAUGAGGGUAAUAUUGUGUUAGUUUUCCUGAUUCUAAUACUAGUAAUUAUAAUCCUUCUGCUAGUUUUCUAACAUUCUUUUCACACUGCAGUAGUUGUUGUGUUGUGGAACUGUGAGGUUUUUUUAAUCGAUGUACCACCAUGUCAUGCUAAAUUUCAUUCACCCCAGUGGGCAUGGUACGAUACAACCAUGAACAUCCUUGGACAACAUUGCUGCUGUACCUGCAUCCUUCUGUUUCCCCUUAAAAUGGCAGAAAAGAACUGCUUCAGAUUUCAUCACUUUACUCCCCCCAUUUUCUGGGUCCACGGGGUUACAAACAGAAGAUUUCUGGAAUCGAUUGCACAUGGAAAUGAGUGUUAAACUUCCCUCAUGUGCUGCUAGGUUUCCAAAACUGCUUUUUGCACAUGUGAAAGCCCAAAUAUAAUGAAUAAAUUACCAGUUAGGGAAACAGAAUAAACUGCCCUGUCAGUGCUGUCUUGGUUCCAGAUUCCAUCUCUAGACAUGUCCUAUUUUGCCUGCUGCUUGUUUUAUAAUUCAAUCUUCCAUUGGCCACUGUCUGUGUGCCUCUUGGUGUUACAAUGCAAUCACCUUAAGAGCAAUGCAGAAUAAAUUUCAAGCACCACACCUGUUUAUCCAUCUUUCCCAUUCUGGAAGAGCAGCAACCACAAAGCCUAUUGAUUAAAACGCUUGGAUGUGCUGCCAUUUUAAGCUGAAGUGCAGGGACAAUUUCUGAAUAAAUAUCGCACGAUAACCUAUCAGGCAUGCCAUCCCUUCCUGUUUUUUUAGAUAUUCACAUUGGUUUCUCCUUGUUCCUUACUUUGUAACCAGAAAAAUGUGCACCCCCCCCCAAAAAAACCCUCAUUGGAUUCCUCUCUUUAUUGCAAGAAAAAAAGUAGGUGUUUUAAUUAAUAAUUAAAGUAUUAAGGGCUUACAAGAUUUAAAAGUUCAAGGUGUUAAAUUGGUCCAGUGGACCAGCUGUCUGUCCUUGACAGUAGUGUCAUUAUCUUGUCACCAUCCAGACCUGUGACCUCUAGAUAAGUUACUUAUACAUGGGGGUGGGGGAAAAUCUUCCUCCCAUGACCUUCAGUACAUGAGCCAUGGAUUUGUUUCCUAGGGAACUGGUAACUGAGAAAAAUCUAUAAUUAGAUCUGUGGGUUAUAAGCUACAUAUGGGAACCGGGUGCUAAGUGUUUCCCUGCAAAAGUAAAGCAUCUAGAUGUAAUAAGCUAGAUCCAAGAUGAUUUCAAUUAUGAGAGAUUCAUUUGAGAAAUUAUAUCAAGUACUCUGGAUUUUCUUCUCACCUUUCUCCCUACCCCAACCCCACCUCUCUAUGCCGCAUGAAGUUUUGUGUGGGAUGAUGUUAUUAGGAAUCAUAUCUUGUCGGAAACAGUUGGAGUCAGGACCUGAUUGCCCGUAGUGAAGUCAUUGGGAGAGGAUGAAUUCUGUCAUUUACACACACACACACACACACACACACACACACACAGCUGUGAUCCUUCAGGUUUCUAAUUUUGUGGUCCUCAUUCAACAAACCUGUCUGACUUGGAGAUGCAAGAUUAGGAAUGUGAAGGCAAAAUAAGGCACUGUUAUGCAUGUUAAUACCUCCAAAGUAUUUCUGUCCUCCAUCUGUCCUACAUCAAGGACUUAUCCUCAUCUCGGUGUAUUUAUCCUCAUGACAAUUUUGUUAAAGUAGAUUUACGAUGUGGCAUAGAGAUAACAACAUGCCCGAUCCUACCUGAGAUUUGAACCUGGGUCUUAACAUUAUGUCAGAAGCAGCUUUCCAAGGCUUAUAUUUUCAAAAUGCUAUGGUCUGUUGUAGAGAUUUUCUGAUUUUUUCUUCCCUUUGGGUUUUGAGCUAUAUGAUUAGAUAAAUGCAUUGUUAUCCUCGCUAGUUUAUAAAUGCUAAAGAAAUGCAGGUUUAACUCCCCACCAAAAUACCCAUGCAAGCUAUGCAGUGGGAUGGUUAGCGCAUUGGACUAGGACCUGGGAGACCAGGGUUCAAAUCACCACUUGGACAUAAAGCUCAUUGUGUACCCGUGGCCCAGUCACUGUUGUGAGAAUAAAAUGGGGGGGCACAUGUAAGCUGAUAUGAACUCCUUGGAGGAAAGGUGAAAUAUAAAUCAAAUAGUGAAGGUCUUGUGAGAUUUGCAUCCCACAAAUUUUGCAUUGCAAAAGGCGUUGACCUUUAUGUUGGUUUUCAUGUAAUUUUUUUGAACCACAAACUUUGCAAACCCUAAUAGUGCAGCAACAACAACAAAAAAGUGUUUGGCAUGUGUGUAGAUUAGUACUACUCCAUGGCCUUGGAUAUCUGUGCAGAUUAUUGAGCAUUGCUGCAAAUGAGGCAAUGAAAAUUCACAUGUGGAUAUGGCUACUGUUUUGAUUUUAAUUGGAUUGUAAAGGUAAAGGACCCCUGACAGUUAAGUCCAGUCGCAGACGACUCUGGGGUUGCAGCACUCACCUUGCUUUACUGGCCGAGGGAGCCAGCAUACAGCUUCUGGAUCAUGUGGCCAGCAUGACUAAGCCGCUUCUGGCGAACCAGUGCAGCGCACGGAAACGCCGUUUACCUUCCGGCCAGAGCGGUACCUAUUUAUCUACUUGCACUUUAAUGUGCUUUCGAACUGCUAGGUUGGCAGGGGCUGGGACUGAGCAACGGGAGCUCCCCCCGUCGCGGGGAUUCGAACCACCAACCUUCUGAUUUGCAAGCCCAAGAGGCUCAGUGAUUUAGACCACAGAGCCACCCGCGAUGGAUUGUAUUCAGAUUCAAAUCGAAAUGAGCAUUACUUAGCACAGAUACACAUGCAGAUUUGGAACAGGAAGGCCAGAUUGUCAAUCUAUACUCAGGCAUGAAACUCACUGGAUGAAUUUUGACCAAUCCCUCUCUUGGGGCUCAUCCACAUUCUCCUUGGACUAAACAGUUUUCCCUUUGCCCCUCUCCUUUCCCAGGGAAAGCCUACUCCUUAUCUCUAAAAUGGUGCAAACUUCAAUCUGGUGAACACCUGAAUUGCUCAUUUGCUUUGAUUGAACACUAAAGGAUGGUUUUCCUCGGGGGGAAUGCAGAGGGACAAGAAGAAGUAUGGUAUUCAUAGAAUCAUAGAAUCUUAGAGUUGGAAGGGAGCCACGGGUCAUCUAGUCCAACCCCCUGAAAAUCAUAAGCUCUCACUCAAUCUAACCUGCCUUGCAGGGUUGCUAUGAGGAUAACUUUGGGAAAGUUGGAAGGGAGAACCAUAUAUUCUGUUUUGAACUUCAUGGAGAAAAUUCUGCUGCAUUUGCAACAAGAAUAACAAUGUGUUGCAAGAAGGCCUAGCUGCAGCUGUGCUGUAAACUUCAAAAUACCUCUAGGGAAGCUGGAGAAUUUUGUUCAAUCUGCAUUUAAAAAUGAGCUGACCUAAUUUGCACUUACUUCCUGAACUAAUAUGGAGACUGGAAUGCAGUUUUCCUAUGAAUUGUGCUGUUCACUGAGUUUUGCAAUGCAGGAAACUCCCCAUUUACGUGCAUUCAAGGCAUGCACAUCACACCACCUGUCCAUCCCCCAAACGUAAGAAUGGGAUAUAAAUGCAGUAAAUAAGUGAUGCAUGUCUUUAUUCAGUCACCAUUUCUGCACCCUAAAAUGCAAAGCUUUAGCCCAACAGUCUAGUGUCUCCUCAGUCAUACAGUGGUACCUUGGGUUAAGAACUUAAUUCGUUCUGGAGGUCCGUUCUUAACCUGAAACUGUUUUUAACCUGAAACACCACUUUAGCUAAUGGGGCCUCCCACUGCCACUGCACGAUUUCUGUUCUCAUCCUGAAGCAAAGUUCUUAACCCGAGGUACUAUUUCUGGGUUAGCGGAGUCUGUAACCUGAAGCGUCUGUAGCCUGAAGCAUCUGUAACCCGAGGUACCACUGUACUCAUAAAUAACUUAUCAUUCAGAUAACUCCCCAGAGUCUUUUCUGUUCACCCCUGUUGGUAUAAGUAGAACUGAAAAAUGACAAGUCUAUCUAGGUAUUUGAUGCCAGCCCCAUGAAAUGUAAAAUCCUAGGUGCCCUCUGAUGCUUUUGUCUGAUAACUGUUUAAGUGCUUCCUAUAUUCCUUGCAAGGGAGGAGGAUGGGAAGAAAGCCAGAAUAAGUUGACUCUGCCUGCCAUUAGCUGUUCUGUCCCACCAGCUUCGGUGGUUACCAGCCGCCACGGUUAUGGGGUGCUGUGAAAAAGCAGCAUCUUCUCAAUUAUUUUGUUUAUUACCGUUGUGGGAACGCCAUUUUGAUUUUCUGCCUGAGGCAUCAAUGUGUCUUGGCCCGUCUCUGUUGGAUAUAUAGCCCUAAAGCCUGCAGGAAACCACAGCAACGCUUUGAGGAGCUGCAUUGCCCAGCAGAUAUUCAUUUUAUUAUUAUUAUUCUGCACUUAAAAUAGUAAAAUUAGAGCAGCAUUUCUAGUCACAUGCAUCUCCCAAUUAAAAUUGACCCUUGGGGAUUUGACAUCAAAUAGAGGAUGGGGGGGGGGACUAAUUAAACCUGCAAAAGGAAAUAUAGCAAAAAGUUAAGAGCCAGACUUAGUUUUCUUUGCUGAAUUAAAUUGUGCCUGUUUAUUUGCUAGUGUGCAACUUUUCUGCCUGUCAGAAAAAAGGAAACAUUUAUUACAGUAAAGAAACACACAACCAAAACCAAAAAAGUGCACUGCAAAUACACACACACACACACACACACACACACACAUUCAUAAUCUGUACUGCUGGAUUCCUGAAAAAAUUAUGUUCAAGAGAAAGGAGGUGUACAUGAUUGUUGUUCUGUAUCUAUUUAUCUCUUUUUGAAUUACAUGUUUUGGUUACAUCCACGCCAGAGUACUGUAAUGUGACUUAAAGAUGUUUUGGACACUUCGUAUAGGGCAGAAUGUGGCAGCUGAAAUGCAUGUUGGCAUUGGGACUGCAUUACACUUCUUCUGUGGUGGUACCACUGGCUGCCAAUUUUCCCCCAGACCCCAUUUAAGGUGCUGGAACUGACCUUUAUGUCCCUAAACUGUUGGGGACCAGGCUAUCUGACGGAUACCUAUAUAAUACCCACAUGAAGGAUACCUUUGAGUUCAGUUUCUUUGGUCCUGAUCUUUGACUCGCCACAGAAGCUGUCUGGUUGGAGCACACCAUAGGCAGGACCCUUUUUGGGUUGGCCCCACACUGCUGGAGUGCCUUCCCAGGGAAAUGGACAUUGCUCCUUUGCUGUUGAUUCUUAGAAGGUGCUUAAGGGCUCCCCCCCCCCUUUUGAUCUGCAUUUGGAUAAUUUUAUUGAGCUCUGUUUAUGCUGAUAUUUUAAACACCUUUUUAGCACUGAUGUUCUGUGCUAUUUGAUUUUUUUAAAAUCAUCUGGGAUUGUUGAUACAUUUAAUAAUUUCAAUGAUAAUUUUAUUAUUUGUACCCCACCCAUCUGGCUGGGUCUCCCCAGCCACCCUUUGUUUUAUACACACACACACACAACAAUAUUUCUCAUUAUAUUUAUAAUACUUUUUGUUAUGGUUUGCUGUUGCAAAUGUAAGCUGCCUUGUGAGGGUACAGAUACACUGGGAACAGGGAUAGAAAUCUCCAGAACAAAUAAAUAUAUAGUAUAUAAUCCAACCCUGUCAAGUAGGCGAAUGUUGUUUUUAAUUUAUACUGUGUAGACUUAAGGUCACCCCCCACCAUGCAUCUAAAACACUCUUACAGCACUGUAUCACUUUAAGAGCCAUGACUUCUCUGAAAGAAGUCUGGGAACUGUAGUGUGUUAAGGGUGCUGAGAAUUUUUAAAAAACCCUUAACUAACCAUAGUUCCCAGGAUUCUUUGAGGGGGUUGUGAGUCUUACAAUUGAACGAGAUGAUGUGGGUGCCUGGAAUGUGUAGAGCAGGGGUAAUCAAUGUGGUACCUGAACUACAAUUCCCAUCAUCCCUGACCAUACUGCCUAAGGUUGAUGGAACUUAUAGUGGGCACAUGUGGAGUACACCAUCUUGGAUACCCUUGGUAUAGAGUUUCUGUUAAAAUCCAGGUACUUUUGUGUUGGGAAAUGGAAAAUUAUUUUGAGUGCAACCACAUACCUGCCUCUGAGACUAAAGGAUGUGCAGGUAUACUUGGAGUUUGGGGGGGGGGAGAUAGACAGUUAUUAAGUAACAUCACCUCUGUGGUUGCUAAGCUGGAAUAAUAUUGUCAAAAGCAAAAUUGUUGUGGUUAUAAAACUACACACACACACAAAUCCUCUCCUGGGGAUAUUGUGGGCUGAUGUUCCCUCCGCCUGGGUCCACUUAUCUAUUUCUUUCUCACUCCUUGGAAAACGCUCUGUGAUUUACUUCUGUGAUAAGAUCAGAACAGCUGAGGGAUCAUACUGUUGAAAUGAGCUUAGCUGGAAGGGACAUGGUAACACCAGUUGAAAAAUGGUGUUGGUGAAUUUCUUCUGGCCAGAAUUCACUGAGUGUAAGGGACUUCUAAGUAUAGUUGCCCAUUUGUUUUAUACUGCUUGUAGGAGUUUAUCAGCUUUCGAAUGCCAUUUGCCUUAGCUUUGAUUUCCCUUAUGGAGAAACCUCAAGGGAUGCAGUCUUUUCCUGCUUCAGAAGUGCUCCUUUUCCUGUUCAGAAGAUUUGAAUUAGGCCUGAAUCUCACAAGAACAUUUAUUCACAGGGGGUGUUAGAGAGGGCAAAAUGGGCAAGGAGCCAAAACCAACCCCUGCCCAGAUUUUUCAUAGUUUAUUUUGUGGAAGCAAUGUAACUUCUCUUGGCUGGGGGGGCACCUUAUAAUCCCCCCGUAAGUCCCAUUGGAGCAAUGGCACAUCAUGGCACAGAACAGCCACCUGUAAACUGGUGCCCUCCAGAUAUUUUGGCUUACAAUUCCCAUCUUCCCCAGAGAAGAUGGCCAGUGAUCCAGGAUGAAGGGAAUUCUUGUCCAAAACAUCUGGAAGGCAGAAAAUCAGGGAGUGCAGGAAAAGAAUCAUUGCAAUGGGAAUUAUGGGAAGAAAUGGGGUUUGUUUUCUCCACCUGGCUUGGGGCGGGGCCUGACAGGCUCCAUAAAGGAGUGCUGCUGCUGCUGCUGCUGGGCAGAGAGGGCUCCGUUUUUGUUUUCUUUUUAAAAUUGCUUUUAUUUUUUAUCUAUGUCAUUUUAGAUUGUGAUUGCUAUUAAUGCUGUAUUCUUAGUUUUUAGCUUUUAUGAAUUAUGUGGAAACUGUUUUCCAUUUCGUUGUGUACUUUCUGAUGUGUUUUAUUUAUUGUUUAUGACCUUCAUUAAGUUGGUGAAUAUGUAAAUCUUGUCAUGCUGUAAGUCGCCUUGAGCAUUGUUUCAACUAUGGAAAGGCGGCAUACAAAUAAAAUGAUGAUGAUGAUACACUGGGAUAAUGAUGAUGAAGAAACAGAGAUGGACUGUGGCCAACUAAGCCCUACUCAGAGUAGACCCAUUGCAGCUAAUGUCCUUUAGCUUCAAUGUCUCUACUCUGUGUAGGGCCAGCAUUGGAUACCAUUUGAUGAAAUGUUCUAAAGAUGCCAGAAUGGUGUUGCUCUCUUAUUUAUUUCAUUUAUAUCUUGCUUUUCCUAAGAGGAGCUCAGGGUGAUAUACAUGCCUCUCCCUAUCGCUAUACUAUCCUUGUGUGGUAGGCUACUCCGAGAGCUGGUGUCCAAGGUCACCCAGUGAGCAUCAUGGGCAAGGAGGAAUGUGAACCCUAGUCCCUCAGGACUUAGUUUGACACCUUAACCACUAUGCCACACAGGUUACUAUUACCUGGACCCUCAAAAACAUGGCAUUUUGAUUUCUGCCAAUCCCCCCACAACUCUACAUUCUUCGGUGUUAUCAAAACAGGAGUGCCAACACACUGUGGGAGCAGAUAAGCCCCGUCCCACAUAAUUGAUCACAUGAUAUGGUGUGCGCGCACACCAUUUGAAUGGCAAUGCCCAUCAACUUUGGGGGUGGGGUAGGGUGGCCCCCUCAAAUAAUUUAUUGGGGGUGGGUGAAGGGACCUCAACCAAAGGAGCACACAUUUUGAAUUGUGUCAACAUUCUAUAGGCAUCAUGGUUUUCCCCAAAGGAUUCUGGGAGCUGUGGUUUAUUAAGGGUGCUGAGAGUUGUUAGAAGGCUCCUAUUCCCUUCCCGGAGUUACAAUUCCCAGAGCAGUUUGACAAUCACUUCCUAUUCACAGAGGAUUCUGAGAAUUGUAACUUUCUGGGAGGAGUGGGGGCCUCCUAACACCUCUCAGCACCUUUAACAAAUUGCAACUCCCAGAAUUCUUUGGGAUAAGUCCUGUCUAUUUAAUGUGGAAUUAUAUAUGAAUGUCACCUCAAUUAGAAGAGGUCCACAUUUCUGUCAUUUUUGGGAGUACGUAGCUCCCUCUUGUGGCUAAUUAAACUUUAAACAAAGUAUCAACUUAGAAAGACCUUCUUCUGGGUAAUUGUCAAUGUCGUCAUUCCAGACUUUAAAAGAGCAGGUGCAAGGAUAGACUCAGGGAUGGGCAGACAUAAUUGGAUCUUGACUCUUGUGCUUAGUUUUCAUUGCAGGUGUUUUGUUCUGAACCAUAUCUAGGAGGGUUUUUUAAUGUUAACUUUAUUUGCAAAAUUUGGAGGGAGAAUGACUAGAGGCAACAGCAAGCUUUUCAGGGGGAUCUGAAUGACUGUCCUUCAGAGCAAUAGAAUGACUUUCUGGAAAACAAACUCCUUUGUCUUCUGAAGCACUCACUUUGACCACAUUCACUUCAUACAUUUAAAGCACUAUGAUACCACUUUAAUAAUAAUAAUGGCUUCGUCCAAAUAUUUCUGUGAACUGUAGUAUAUAAAGGGUGCCGAGCACUUUGAUUGACCUCUAUUCCCCUCACAGAGCUACAGCUCUCAGAAUGGUUUAUCAAUCAUACUUUCUUCAUAAGAAUCAUACUCCUGUGAGGAGGAAUAGUGUUCUCUUAACAAUUCUCAGCACCCUUAAAAAAAAACUUCAGCUCCCAGAAAUCUUUGGGGAAACCAUAGCUGUUUAAAGCAGUAUCAGAGUUCUUUAAAUGUAUAGUGUAGAUGAGGCCUUGAAAUGUUGAGAGGGUGCUGUGGACAGCAGUCAGAACCUGGACUUCCUGAAAACAAACUCCUUUGUCCUCUGAAGUGAUCGCAGCUCUCUCAUGUGGAAGAGCUUUGCUGUUCACUUCUGACACCAUGUGCAGAAUUCCCUCUUUGUUUUAGUGAACUGAACAACUCUCCAGUUUCCAGUGAGAACCGGUGGCGUUGCUUGACCCAAAAUGCAGCAACUGUACACUUUGCACUAUUUCCUUCUUGGCAGUGCCACUACCACCCUCAGAUAUUAAGGGGAUGGUUUUCCAGCAGAAGGCAUUAUCUGUAGCAGCUGUAGAAUUCCCUCUCCCCAGAGGCACACCUGGGACCUUUAUGAUGUAGCCUCAUUGGAUGCUGCACACACACCUUUUUACCCUCACAUGGGUGGGUAAGAAAUAUUAUGAAUAAUAAUAGCCAGCACCACCAUUGUAUAUAUAGAGGAAACAAUAUUUCUUACAUCAUGAAUGUUGCCUCAUAUUAUGGAUAGAUGAACUGUAUUGUUUUAUUGCUACUGUUGUUGCAGGUUUGUCAUGGUCAUUGGCUAGAACAAUAAACUUAUAUUGAAUUGAACAUCUUUAAAGAGACAUGGCAAGAGCCAUUAUUAUUGUUUAACUGGCAGCUAACAUUGAUGGCAAAUCUCUCUUACACACACACACACACACACACACACACUCACCCCCCCCAAAAAAAAAACAGGGAAGGGGCACAUCGAAUUAGUGUCUGCUAGGUUCUGUUGGCAUCAGGUUACACCUAGGAUUCUGGGGGAAGGCAGGGAAAGCAAUGUCCUGAUCUCCAUUGCUGAAAACAUAAACCCCAGCUGUUACCUAGACCUGUCUCUUGCCUUACAUGAGGCCCCAUCUGCACUAUACAUUUAAAGCAGUAUCAUGUCACUUUAAAAAGUCAUGGAUUCUCCAAAGAAUCCUGGGAACUGCAGUUUGUUAAGAGUGCUGAGAGUUGUGAGUUCCCCUCACAGAACUACAGUUCCAAUACUACCCUAGGAAGAGGGAUUGAUUGUUAAACUACUUUGGGAAUUGUAGCUAUGUGGGGUGUAGGAAUCAUAAUAUAGGCAUGCUACAAGAUGAUAAAUUGUUCCUAAUUCCUUUUUGCUGCUUCCUUGGCUUGUAUCCUCACUACUGUGUUUGCUUCAUACAGGUGGUAGACAAUGACAGACCAGAGGGCUCCAAAUUUCGGAUUUUUGGGAAAGGUGUGGACCAGGAGCCAAAGGGAUUUUUCAAAAUUGUCGAGAGCACAGGAGAGGUCCUUGUGACACGGUCUCUGGACAGAGAAGCAAUGGCCACAUACCAG